AUGUUAACCACAGUCCGUUUGGUGAGUCCCGACAAUUCACCGUCGUUUGGACGUGUUGAAGUCCAGUUUAAUAGAACAUGGGGAACAAUUUGUGGGAACAACUGGGACUUAAAGGAUGCUGAUGUGGUUUGUCGCCAACUUGGAUACGAUGGGGCUUUGUCAGCCCUUAGAGAUGCAGCAUUUGGACAAGGAACAGGCCCGAUAUGGCUGAAUAGGGUGCAGUGUGGAGGAUCUGAGAAAUCAGUCUCACAAUGCACGCACGCAGGAUGGGGAGGUCAUAGCUGUGGGCAUUACAAUGAUGCUGGCGUGGUGUGCCACCAGAUAAAAGGUAAAUUCAAUGAUGUACGCGGUCUUAUCUCAGUAAUCUUAAUUCAUUCUACUCCAUGGUAGGGAUACUGAAAAUAUUCAAGAAAAACUUUCGUUGAGAAGAGUUAAAGACAGCAUUUUUCUAAAAAUUCUACGCCUUACAAUUUCUUGUAGCACUAUGUAACGCGCUGGGACUUUCAUCUUUCAUUAAUCUUCGUCCUUUUCACUUCUUCUUUUUUCUUCUUUUGUUUAGUUUUCUCAAUUCUGCUCUUUCAAUCGUUAUGAUAUCUAUUAUUGGAAGAGCUUGCGUACAUGACCGACGCAGUGUUUAUUUAGGAAUAUUUAUGAUGCUAGUGUUAACUGGGAAGAAACUGAAUACAUCUUCAUAAUACGCAAAGGAAUGGACUUCUCGUCUAAAUGUAUUGAUAUAGAUGGCCUUUUUUAAUUUUUAUGAUUCGGCUUAGGCCAAUCAGCACGUUAUAGGUCUCUUUUUUUAUCAGUUAAGUAAAUUUAAUAAAAGAAAUACAAUCAAAUACAAUCAGGGCGGAUAUAAUUUUAUUAUUUAAUAAUUGCUUGCACAGUUUGCUUAAUGGCAAGAGAAGAUAACCAUUUUCAUUUCCUAAAAGGCCUUUGAUAUCGAGGUUCACCACGCCAUGUAAUAUCCACCUUCACUGAGAGAGCAGUUCUUCAUUCACCUUUUUUGCUUCUAGGUGCACCAUCAGCCACCCAGGCAAGCGCCAUUAUUAAACUGGAGUUAGGAGAAGAUAGGUUUAUUGGUUGCCCUGUGGACGUUGGAAACCCCCCAGCUGAUAUCACGUGGUACAAAGGAAAUGAUACCAACGGCAGAAAAAUGACUAACUGCUCAACUCUCGAGGUUAGGAAUGUUGCUUCAAGUGACGAAGGAUGGUACACCUGUUUUGCAAAAAAUGAAUUGGGAAAUGCAACCGUCGGGUUUUUGCUAUUUGUUGGUAAGUUAAAUAGGUUUAAGUAUGAUUACUGACAAAUCUAAGCUACUUUUUGAAUCUGGGGCCGACGUAAGUCAGCAAUAUUGUCAGCAAAGUCGUUAGCAAAGUACAAGGCCUCAGUGAAUUAUACUAGUAUUCAUUUUCUCUAAUGGCAUGUUACAGCUCUCUUUCCUUCAACAUACUAUCAGCAGAAGGAAAGAGAACAAAGGAAUUUUUUAACCCUGUAAGAGGUACUAAUGCGUAUUGAUCUAAAGAAAUUUUGAAAAAGCAUUUAUGCUAUAACGCUUGUUAUUCUACAAGGGAAGAUAAUUUUUCAUACGUAUACAUGCAUACAUCCAUAAUUGCAUUAAACAUUCGUCACGUCACAUUGUUUCAAACUUGACAUUACAUAAUCCACGACCAUCGAUUCCUUGGAAACCAGUUGACUUAAUUUUCCCUUUCAUUCUUGUGCUCCUCUGGUUAACGCUUGGAAAUAAGUGUUGUUCUUGGAUUUCUCAGACAAUUUUGCAUCGCCAUCGUUCUUACACUUUUAUGUGGCUUUUAAUGGUUAUACUAGUCCUAGAAAAUUAUCGCGUAACGCAGGACCACCUUAAAACUGCUUCUGCGAUUGGAGCAUCCUGCUGAAAUAUUGUAUUUAUCAUCAAGGGGUUCGUAAUAAUAAUAAUAAUAGAUUAAAAAAUAAUAAAAUGUCUCGUUUUAAAGUCCAAUGGCAUUUUUCUCCAGUUAAACCAGCAUCAAGUACAGUUACUACAUCAUCCCAAACAACUCCCACAGGUGAUUGCUUUUCUUUUUUAUACAUUAAAAAUUAGAGAUCGUAUUUCGAUGUUACGAACUGAAGCGAAUAAAACAUUAUGAGGUUAAUAAACUUGCUCUGACUGUAGACUGUAGACCUCUGACAAGUCAUUUCAAGGGUUAGGUACCGUAGUCGAGGCAAUCGUAUGCAAAGUUUCAUGCCAACAUCGGUUUUUAUGUCAAAAUUUCAAACCUCUCUUACUCUGUUUUACCUUUCCACAUUGUCGACCUUGUUUAAUCUUUAGUUUUAAAGGAAAUAGUUGAGAAAAAAACGUUACGUUGUUUGUUUGCCUUUUUCCUUUACGGGACUCCAAUAAAACCGUAAUAACUGAAGUAAGAAGUAUUCGCUUUAUUCGCACCAGAAACCCAUUCAAUGUAGUGUUUUUCUAGACUUCAAAAUGAGGUUCGAUCCAGGUAUAGUCUUUAGCCAUGUUUUAACUUUCCUGUAGCAUGCUGCAAGAGAAGACAGAUUCGGUGAUUUUUUAAAGUCGAUCCAGACUCAAUAAAUAGAGAAUAAUAGGUUGGGCGCGCGUAGAUAUGGUAUUUCUCUUCAAGUGUUUAACUCGAUAGCUCACAAGUAAGCACAGCGAUACGGAUUUUUUAGCGUUUUAGCGUUUUAGCCGCCAUAAUCCGAGAAAGUUCCGACAAACGACCUUGGAUUGAGAAUCGUGAAGGCCGUUCAUUCGAAAAGCGAGUAACAUGUCAACAGCUGAUUGGCGAUAUCAAACAUACUUGAAGAAUAUCGUAUUUUUUUACGUGAGUUGUUGGGAUUUUUCUCAGGGCUGGAAAUCCUUGUAUAACACCAUAGUUUAUAUGAUAAAACAAGUUUUGACGUCUGCAGAUGGAUUGGGAAUUGCGACCAAAGGUACAUGUUACAAGGAAACUUUUUCAGACAAAAUUAAAAAAAAACAAAAAUUAUGGAAAUCUUUAUCAGUGAUUGCCUUGUCUCCUUUUCUUGGUAUAGCCAUUUCUUUGAUGGAUAUAUAUGCUCAUUAUUUUUCGCAGUGUUGAUUCAUACAAAAUUUUGGUUCCCAAACAGGGAGGGUAACACCCUGUUUUGCCUUAGUAUUUAGACAGUCAUAGUGCGCAUUCUUUCGUUCACGUGCCUAAGCCAUGUCAUUAGAUCAGUAUUUUAGCCAGGAUCAGGAUAAAACAUUGCUCGAUUGUUGCUUCAUUAAGCCUCAUGAAACCAAUCAACUUAGGUCCUGAAGAAUGCAAGUGCUCAAGUAACGACGUCAUGUUAAGAGCGUUUAUUGGUAUUCCUGCCUUCAUAACCCUUGUUCUGAUUAUUUACAUAAUCUGGCUACACAGGAGAGGUGAGUAACAAUUUCAUUACUUACGUUAGAGUGGUGAGGCAGGAUCCGUCAUGAAGCAAGACAAACUUUUUUACCCCUACCCAAAGAAUUCUGAUUUUUACCUUUUUCCCUUCCUUAGGCGCUGUAGAGAAACAAAGGUAAGAAUUUUCUCACACGUGGAAUGGUUUGAGAUUAUUCUUCAGAUAUGGUAUCAUCUUAAAAUAAAAUGAAAAAAACUGACGAAGUUCAUUUCCUAAAUAUUUUUAUGUUAGCGCCAAAAUGGCUGCCGUGAACUUUGAGCUCUCGAGAAUUUUACUUCGUUCUCUUUUUAAAUAGUUUUCAUUACCCGAGCAUUUAUUCAAGAAUGCUUGGAUUGACCUCAAGUCUAUCUUGCCAUAUCAUAAUACUGUUUACCAUGAUUUUGGGCGAGAUCAUGGCCCUUCGAUUGCUUAUAUACGCCGAAGUCUUGAAUUUAACUUCAAAUGUUUCGUCGAAGAUUAUGAAUAAUUUAUUCUUAUUAAAACUUACUUUUCGAGCGAGCUUAUGACUAAGUUAAUCAAUUAUCAGUGACUUUCCCUCCUAGAAGUUCUUAGGUUUUUAUUUUGUAAAUUCACAUCAAUGCUUGUUAUCCUUACCUUAGCUUCAUAAUUUGUCAUGCACAUAUGAACAUACUUGUAUGGUAUGCGCGCAAAGUAAGUUCUUUAUUCACUAUUAUUAGUAUUACUAUUAAUAUUCAUUAUUCUUGUGAUCUUAUUUUUCUUAAUUGUAGGACUUAUGAAGAAAAAAGAAGUGUUUACGACGUAAGUUACAGCUAAGGCAUUAAGGUUGCAUCGGUGCAAGGAGAAAGUUCGUGAUAUUACUUUUAAUGUGCUACAUUUACAAGACAUUCAAAAUUUUUGAACAAAGAGGAAAAGGAUUUUACUAAAAACACAGAAGGAAUGCAUUUAAAAUGGGUGGUAGAUACCAUGUGAUAAAUAACCCAUAACCGGUUAUGAACUCUGUCGUGGAUGUUCUCGGUUGUUUUAUUAGAUUUAUCUAAAGGUCUGCUUUCGGUGAAGAUUUGCUUUUCAAAUAAAUCUUCAAAUAAUUCCAUAAAUCUCGAUCAAUCCGCUGACCAUGAUUCUUUUCAAUGGUGGAGAGCAUACUUUUUAUUGAUUUUAGUCAUGACAAAGGAAGAAAAUAGCAUAAGUCCGAUGCAAAUGCGUGAGCUGUUGUUGCCUAGUAUAGCCUGUUGUUGACUUCAUUGUUACAAACCCAUUUUCCAAACGGUUGAACGGGUACAUUGAUUUAAUAGAAAGUGGUGACGCUACAAGAAAUCGAACCAAGUCGGCGCCAUUCAAGCACAGUCAUGCAGCCUUCUCCGGAAGACAUGGAUCUCAAAGACCCCAAGAAAGAUAAUAGAAAAGUACAAAGUACAAGUCCAGGUCACGCGCCUCUUCAUCCAGCAAACUGCUCAUGGGAAGAAAUCGAACCAAGUCAGCGCCAUUCAAGUACCGUCAUUCAGCCUUCUCCGGAAGACAUGGAUCUCAAAGACCCCAAGAAAGAUAAUAGAAAAGUACAAAGUACAAGUCCAGGUCACGCGCCUCUUCAUCCAGCAAACCGCUCAUGGGAAGAAAUCGAACCAAGUCAGCGCCAUUCGAGUGCAGUUAUGCAGCCUUCUUCGGAAGACUUGGAUCUCAAAGAACCCAAGAACGAUAACAGAAUAGUACAAAGUACAAGUCCAGGUCACGCGCCUCUUCAUCCAGCAAACCGCUCAUGGGAAGAAAUCGAACCAAGUCAGUGCUAUUCAAGCGCAGUUACGCAGCCUUCCUCUGAGUACAUGGAUCUCAAAGAACCCAGGAAAGAUAAUGGAUUUGUACAAAGUACAAAUCCAGGUUACGCGCCUCUUCAUCCAGCAAAACACUCCUGGGAAGUUCCAAGACAUAAUGUUACAAUCGAAAAAGUAAUUGGCAAAGGUUCUUUUGGACAGGUUGCCAAGGGAACGGCAGUAGGACUUCAAGGGAGACCUGAUACGACUACAGUGGCCAUUAAGAUGCUUAAAAGUGAGUCAAGUAUUGAUUUCAGAAUAUUUUUUUACCUUUUUUUUUUCCUUUUUUAGGUUUUUGUUAUGCAUAUUAUAAAUAUUUGCAUUUAAUUCUCCAGCUAACGCUGCUGAAUCGGACAAGAGAGAUUUGAUGAAAGAACUUGAAACGAUGAAGAAGCUCAAAAAACAUCCUCACGUCAUCAAACUUCUGGGAUGUGUUACAGAAUCUGGUAUGUUUUGGUUGUGUAGGUUUUGUUUUACCAUACGCAUUUUCCUUGUAAAUUUACCAUCUAAGACUAUCUCGUCAAUAUCAUUUGCUUCAAGUUUUAGGAAAACGCUUUCUUUUGGUUUUCAGAGGAACCUCUGGUACUGAUUGAAUAUGUUCCUUUUGGAGAUCUGCUUGGUUACCUGAGAAAGAGCCGUGGAUUAAAUGACACUUAUUACAAAGACCCGGAUAUUAAACCACAAACGAAUCUGACGUCACAACAGUUGAUGAAGUUUUCCUGGCAAAUCGCCGAUGGCAUGAGUUACCUGUCCUCAAAAUCUGUAAGUCACAAAUACGAAAGGCAUAAUAUAAUUGUAAAAAUUCCUUGUGGGGCCUCUGUCAUGGUAAGCUUUUCCUUCAUGCAUACUAUUUGAUAUCUUAAAAAUACACCUCACAGGAGCAAACAUAUUCUUACUGUUUGGUUUCGGACUUUUUCUGUAGGGUGCACCCUCCAAUUUUCAAUGCUAUCACCCAUGUUUUUUUGUUAUUAUCAUCAUUUUUCUAUUUUCGGUUGGCGAUCGUCGUGCAGCCUUGCAGAUGUACCUCACUCUCGACUUAUUUUGGUCUCAUUGACUCCUUUAAAGUUUUCAAUUGCCAAAAGUUCACUGAUUAUCGAAAGAAAAUUUUCUCCCUUUCUCUUGGAAACUGUAUCAGUACUAGCACAUUUAAUUUAUUAUCACUUAGGCUUAUAAGAAAUACGCACGCUGUUGAUUUCGCUAAAUAUGGCCUUUUUUCAGAUCUGAACCUUUUUUCAGUUUUUUUCCUCUUUUAAUCACUGAUCUUCGCUUCCUUCACAAUCCAUUCCUUUAGAUCAUCCACCGAGACCUUGCAGCCCGUAAUGUGUUAGUUGGAGAAAACGGAACAUGUAAGGUAACAGACUUUGGAAUGGCCAGAGAUGUGCAACAGGAAAAUAUUUAUGAACGAAAAACAAAGGUAAUACAAAAAUGGGGAGUACUCAGUUAUAGAACAUUCAGCAUAAUCACCUUACACAAUAACUCUCGUGGCAGAGGUGACAUUUUCAUGGUUUCGAUCAUGGAAUCUCUGGAUUGGACCUGAUGAGGAAAUAACGGAUACUUAUAGAGUACUAUUUCAUCUGUAAAUGUCGUUGAUUUCUCGCUUACUAUUUUUGUUCUGUUACCCAAAUCUUUAGGGCCGUCUUCCAGUGAAGUGGACAGCUUAUGAGGCGUUGCUCUAUGGUGCAUAUACCACCAAAAGUGACGUGUAAGUAUACCUGAUCAUAACUCUUAAAGAUGGCGUCUAUAAAACAAAUGGUUCAUGCUUAGUGUGCGUAAAUGGAGGUAGGGAUUGGUAUGGAUGUUUGUGGGAAGUUUGAAGAGCACAAGAAAAGCGUAAGAAUAGGAGCGGCUGACAGCAAUUCUUCGUUCGUGAGCGCUCCCCAGGCUUUCCAAGUGCAUCCACAACUCGAUAUACGCACAGUUACAGGCAUCGACCAAUUGUUGUAUGAUACAACAGACACAAUUUGUCCACGAUAUAAUAAUCGCGUGCUACCUGAAAACUGAAAAUAAUAAUUACCGAUCCGAAUAAGAGUCCAAAUGGCGCAAAGCCUCACUUGAAAUCAGCAAGUUAGUUAUCUUUUUCCAACCAUUACCCGUAUCGCGUUCGGGAAUCGAAAUAUCGUUAACUCUAAAGCUAAUUUCGUUGCCUCUAGAGUUAAAUGUCCAUUCAGUUUCCGAAUCUCAUGAUAUUUGGCAUACUUACCUUUUCACUAUAUGCCUCAAAUUCAAUCUUUAAAACGAUUAAGACCCGUGGUUAAACUGGAAGGGAAAUUAUAGACCUUGUACAGUGAUGACUCAAUAGUUACCAAUAAGAUGACAGAAGAUAAUAGGUUAUAAAUUUCCAUUAUGUAAAUUUUAAUACUAGAAAUAAGGAUUAAAAACUUUGUCAAACAAAAUAUUUCGUCUGCCUCAUAAAAUGUGUAUGUUUUCAACCAGCCAUUUUACUCAUGUUUUCUUUGCCUCCCUGCAGAUGGAGUUAUGGAGUUGUUCUUUACGAGAUUUUCACCAUAGGUAACAUUUGAUGUUGUAUAUAGAAAACGAAUACGAGGGUUUGAUCGCGGUAUCCAAAUAUUGAGAAACAAAGGAAAGCAUGAGGCCGCUUCGACCGAGUGCCUUUAUUUGUUUCGUGAUGUUUGGAUGCCACCAUCAAAACCCGAAGCACGAGGUUUAGAUUGCUUCUUAAACUGCCUACAUUAUUUACCACAUAAAAUCGUAACACUAUUGUUACGUUCUUUUCAUUGGUUGCAUAAUUUUGGAAAUCAUUAUCAGCUAUCAUACAUCUGUUUUCUGUUUGGGGUUUCUUUGGGUAAUUUAAAGUGUAUGCUUAGUUUAUAGUAGUUUUGCUCAUUUAGUUUAUAGCUCCAUGGUUAGUCGGAGCUUGAUUAUGGCAGAAAGUAAUGCAGUUAGCCGUUUUCGUGUCCCAAAAAGCGGUGAAGAGGAAAGUAAACUGCUAAAGGAAAGUGUUCCUAAAUCAAUCACUAUUGAUCUAGAUAUGCGUUUUUAUCAAGUAUCUAGAUUCAUGCACGUGACGCAAUUCUUUCCCCUCAUUGGAAGAUAACCUCAUGGAUAAUUAAUUAGUUUGAGAAAGAAAUUUAAGAGAUUUUGUGGAUUUUUUUUGCCAUACACUUCUUUGAAUUGAGCAAUUGUGUAACCGAAGUAAUUGGGCUCAUACUUUUAUUUAAAAUAUCCAUACGUCAUCGUUACUAAACUUGAGCAAGGAAAAUACAUAAAAGGGAACUCACAAUAGAGGAGAAGAUUUUACGUGCAUAGCUAUACAGGCAUUUAAAAAAAACAACAAGGCUGCCUCUAAAAAGUGGACAUAAACGUUGAUGCACAGGAGUUAAUUUAUCCACAAAACUUGACAAAUUACUCGACAUAAAAUACGUAGUAUUAAGCAACGAUAUAAAUAUCAACCACAAGUACACAAUACAGCUAAUAAAAUUUACAAACACUCAGAGGUAAUUAACACGCAAACGCAAAACACAAGGGAACUCCGGUACGGCAAAAAGUUUCGCGUUUAACAAUGCAUUUUCUUCAAUUAGAUAAACUUCCCAUGCAAAUUCAUACUCCAUCGAAUGAUAUGGGUGGUGCUUUCAGUGAUGGUCAUUGUUUAAGACAUUAACAUGCCGAUUGACUUGUUGAUCUCUUUCAGGCGGUUCACCUUACCCAAGAAUGGAUGGAAAAAAAAUUGCCAACUUACUUGGAGAGGGCUACAGAAUGCAUAAACCACAACACGUGGAUAACGAAUUGUAAGCUUCUAUCAAGUCUUUCUCCUUCCUUACAACAGGAAAUAUUAUAUAAACUCUUUCACAUCAACUGAUGUUUGGUGUUCGCAAGAUGAAAUAAUAUCGUAUUCCAUAUAAAAAAUUCUAGGUAUCAGAUCAUGAUGAGAUGCUGGCAAAAUGACCCGGAUGAAAGACCAGCUUUCACCGAAUUAAAAAAACAGCUUAAAGACAUGGAAAGUCUACACAAGGUGAAAAUUAUGGUGGAUAAUUUUCUUUUACGCUGGAGUAUCUUUAAAUUCAUAGAUUGUCAUUCAGAUGGCCUAACUUGAUAUUUCCUCAUCUCUUCUAAUUUGUGCGAAGUUUGAAUUGCUUCUUCCUGUUGUUUCCUUGAAGCAAACAAAGUAAAGGUUAUUAUCGGUUAUUAUCGGUAUGCGAGAAGCAAAAUAUAAUGUUCCAACAACAGAAAAAUCUUUAUAGUCAUUAUAUAAAAGAUGAUAAGACUACUGCAAAAUUGCACUGAGAUGCAAAAAAAAAAUAGCGAAUGAUGACGUUCUGUAAUUCUAAAGAAUACUUGUACCUGACAGUUCAUGUGGAUAACUCGUGAUAUUACGUAAAGGGGGAGCACAUUCAGUUUCAUAAUGUUAUUGCUUUCUUUUUCUUUUUAGAGGCUGAUCAACAUGAGAAUGUACGACAAGAGGUUGUACGUAAACGUCGAGGAUUUGAUAGUGUAGUUAAGUACACGUCCUCAGUGUUUGAUUGGCGAACUGUUUGAACAUUUUGCCGCAACAAGCUCUAUGGAAUGACCAUCCUCGCUUGAAAACUCUUUUGCCGGGAAAACCAAAGUUUCCUUUUUUCUGGGGAAGCUGUCGAACAUUUCUUUUUGCUUUUACUUGGACCGCCAAUACUGUUGAUACCGAAGGCAAAGACUCAGGCACUGAAAACUGAGCACAAGUCUCAUUAUGCGGUUUUUUCUAAGUUGUUCUUUUACUGUCUCUACUGUUUAAAAGGUGUACAAUUUGGCCGAAGAGCGCGAUAGUUUCGUACUUUCCAGAUACGACUACUCAAUCAGCUGAGCCGAUGGAUCGUAAUUAAUUUCCUUCUGAAGACUGACCAUAGCCAUAUUUUUCGUCUCAUCUUUGUACCGUAGGUUAUCCACUAAAUAAAAAUAUUGAAACACAACGACAACCUAAAGUGGGGCUCUGUCCUAUCCCAUUGCGCUUCAAUACGGUUGUCAAUUAGAGCAAAUUCCGAAGUCUAAGGUGUUACUGACUGUGAGUUUUCAAAAGUCACGUUAUUUGAUGCAAUUGACCUUUCGUCCCUUGAAGUUCUUUUUUCGAAACUGAAUUACAUCUGCAUAAGUUAAAAAUCUCUGCCAUGUGUGGAACCCGAGUACUCCUUUGUCACCUUGUAAUUUUUGUAAGUGAACGUCGCCUCGUUAGAAGGAAUCUAUCGAGUUGUGCCUGUUUGUUUUAAAAUUUGCGCUUAUUACGCGAUAUUAAGAAGGGGCCAGCAAGGUGAUAAUGCGAUUCCUUAUUUUUCACUUUCACGUCAUACGGCAACUUUCACCUUUGCGCGUUGAAGUCUACCUUUGACUUCCUUCCUGACCCUUCUCUAGAAGUCCGAGUUUAUACUUCUCUAUGCUCUACAAGAUAAGAAGCGUAGAAGCAGUCUCUUCAAGAUGAAAGAGCAUUUUGUGUUUGUUGCAGAAGAAGGGAAAUAUUUGCUUCGUUCAUCAAGCCGUAACAGAUAACACUCAAAAGAAAACCUCCUGCACCGUAAAUAGUAAGCGGUUCGUAAAUAUUAUUUCACGCGCAUUGCAAAACUCGAAGGAUGAUUAACACAUUAGUCGCUAUUUGGCGCGAAAAUAUGCUCCUACAUUUGUCCCUGGACACUACCUGUUCCUUGAUGCUCACAAUUUUCCUCGAGUUUCGCUUUCAGAAAACUGUUCGUAGCUUGAAACAGAUAAUGUCCGCGGACAAAUAUCCGUGCCUAUUUUCGCGCCCAAUAGAGGCUAUUGUCUAUAUAUUCCCCAAGUGACAUUCUCCAGUUUCAAAAGCUUAUGUCCAAUACGAUAAUUCUGCGUUUAAAAUUUCAUUCAAUGUGACAGAGAGUUUGGAGAAGAGGAGAAAUAUUUCUUUGUCUAUAAAGUCGUACCAGAGAACGCUGAAAAAUGCGGAACAUCCCACACAGUAAACGUUAAGCUGAUCGUAAACAUUUUGUCCCUCGCGCGGCAAAAAUAUAUUAACGAUAGCAAAUACAGCUCAAAAAUGUUUUUUCUCGGAACAGAUCGUGUCUGCGGGAAAAUAUCUGAACAUAUUUUCGUGCUAAAUAGGAGCAACGGCACAUAUGUCAUAAGGCGGCGCAUAGGAACAAAUCAGGGACUUGAACCCCUCGAAACAUGUUUAAAACAGCAUAGUUAUAACUAAAAGCAUGAUUUCGAUUGUAAUUUAGUGUUAAUAUGCACGAGUAAAUCUCACUCGCGUUUUAAAAGGCAACGAAGUUUCAAGAGCCCGUAGGGCGAGUGCGACUUUUAGUCUUUAAAAAAUUACAAGUGCUUAUUUACACCAAAUUGCACGAGAAUUGUUACUCGUUAAUAGUUUACACGAAAAAGGCAUCACAGAUAGUCAAGACAGACGAAAUUUUGACAGUCUUGUUACAACUUUGCACUCGUUUUACAGGAAAAAUGCAUUCGUUUUCGGCCAAUCAGAAGCGCGUAAUGUUUCUAAGUAUAUUGUUACAUGAGUUAUCAGGGUCGGUAACCAGGGACAGGUUUUACCAUACUGUUUCUUUUGGACUGUUAUUGAUGUGAACCAGUUGAACAAUUUCAUACAAUUUAUUCUCGUGGAAGGCUCUGAAGGGUAACCAACAUUCCCUUUAUUUUAGUUGUUAGCUUUCAGUCGCUACAAACUUCGUAGCCAUGUUACGGAUGCUCUUACUCAGCCCCUCAAUUCACACCUACUAGUGCAACAUGUUUUUGUUGAGUGAGAUAUGUGACGGAGGAGGUCCGACAUAAAUUUUGGUUUCAGCUUAUUCCACCAAAAUGAAAACUGACUAUGGGAAUUUAUAAAAUGCCACCAAUAUGCCUCAACAGUCUUACUUUAAAAAAAUUGUCGUCCCCAUUCCUUUGCAUGCAUCAAAUUUCUCGCUUGUUACAUGCAUACACACUCAUUUUGCCGCUGUGUCACCUUAAAAGGGAGCAUGCGCGAAAGCUGACUUUACCAUCACCACAUGCAUUUGUUGUGUACUUGAUCUUACAUCACUGUCACCCAAUCACAAAACAAGUUCUCUCAAUCAAGUUCAAAACAAGUUGUCUUAAUCCGUCAUCAUAAUUAAACAAUUGGUGUGCAGAAAUCCCAUCCCACUUAUCGAUAGCCUCGGCCGGGUAUUUAUCUCGACACUCCCUGGCGAAAAAUCCUCUGAAGGGUUCGUUUAAAUCAAGUAGAGAAUCGCAAGAACGAAAACUUACACUCUGACUAAACAGGAGGGACUCCAAACAUACUUUCUCAGCUUUUAUUCUGUGGGCCAAAACCUUUAGCUCUGGUUUACUUCACUUCAAGCAUCCAUAUUGUUCUUUAUACAUUUCUUAGGGUGCUCACAAGGACAACUUUUAUAACAAUCAAGGUCUUUUUUCAGCAGGUGAUCAUUUCCUUUCAGGGGUUGGUUUUUUUGGGGGAGAAAUUUGAUGCUAGUCACACUACUCUACAAUUCGUUAACGCUAUUUCUUGUGAACACAGUUUAGACUUUUUGCUACUACCGUGUCAACCUCAAUUCAGGAAUUAAGUUUGAGGAAAGCACGCCAGAAGCAGGACGUCUGAAUCAAACUUAAACUAAGUUCGGCAUGGUCUGCCUUGCUAAACGACUCUGGCGCGACAGCGAUUCAAACGUCGUGGCUCUGCUCUACAAAACAAAAUGUAUAAAUUAGGCUAAUGUAUCUGGGUGGGAUUGGGUGUUCUUAACUGAGCCUUUGUUGAGUUUACAGGGAAAAGCGUGAACUAAUUGUCGAUUAGUGUCACCCCUUCUGGACAGAGAUGUUUUUCUUAGCUUUUGCUUUUGGUUGAGUGUUUGUAUUUCAGAUUGGUAAAUAGAGACAAUACAUUAAGAUAAUCCUAUUGUCUUUGGCUGUAUGGCUUUUUCCAUCAGUUACUCCAACACGGGCUUUACAAGUAAUAUCUGAAUUUAAUACAUCAGAUAUAUUGUACUAUCAUAAACUAUUGUCCAGUCACUGUAAUGUUCACCUUUAUGGCGCAUAUAGUUCAGAUUUUUCAAUUCUUACUCUAUGAGGUUUCGUUUGAGUGGUCUGUCAUGCCAAACCUAAUAAAAAUCCAAUAAAUCUUCUACCAACGUGAACGAAUCAUUUUUCUGCGGCCUACCUUGCAUCCGUCAGUGGGUUCACAAACUCGUUAGCCACUUUAAUCUCCGAUGUCUUAACAAAAUAUAGUUCACAGUCGGGCUAAGCCACCGUUAUUUGGUUUUUGGACACGAAAGUUGAUUGAUUCGGCAGUAAAAGUCCGUUUAUAACUAUCCAGAGAACAACCUUGGGAUGACAUGUACUGAGCACAAAAAUAUCCCGAAGAAAUUUAUUUCAAGGAAGUGAGACAUUUGCUUCCCUUUUUUUCAAAAUAUAAUUAUUCAGGGCAUCCUAUUGUGUAAUUCAAAGGCACUAGCACCGAAGCUUUAAUUCUUAUGUAAAAUCCACCCCAUCAUCGUUUAAACGAAAGAGACAAACAGUCUGAAGUCUUUGCUAUGUAUUGCGCAAAAGUAAACAUCUCGCUUGUAUUUGAUCACCUAAGCUUGUCAUAAGGUAAAACAUUUUAGAUGAUCUCCUCGAUAGUUAUAAUAUGAAAUCAGCUGCCUUAUCAACAUUUCAAUAGCAAGUCACCAGGCAUUGAUUAUUCGUAAUUCACCAUGGAGUUACCAAAACUUUUACACUAUGCCUGAUUGCUCAUUUGAAAGGGUUGCAUCUUAACUAGUUCUUUUUUUUUUAAGUGAAGACUUGUACUACAAAUGGGCCAAAAACUGACAACUGUAAUUCAAAAAUUAUACAUCGAUGCAUGUUUCCUCGAUAGAAGUACAGAUUACUUCGCAGAAUCGCUACUUUAAGGAUAUUGCUCCGGUUUCCAAAAUUCUAUCUGGUCAUGCAAAUAGUGCGACAAAAUUAAUUUGCUGAAAAAGGUUAAAUAAAACUUCCAUCUUCGGACCGUCUUAGCCACUGGAAUUCAUGACCAAGCAUGGCAGUGAUUUCACCGGAAGAGCAGUCGUCUCCCACUGGCAAAUAGGGUGGUGAGAAUCGAAGGCGAGGUAUUUGUCGGUGUGGGUAGGUUUACGGUAGACAUUUGUCUCUAAAUUACCCUGUACCCCUCUGGACACAUUUAAAUCAACCACCAUAUAUGCCAUAAAAAAGUCUCUAGCCAAAACUUUACUUAGGAGGGCUGACUGUCUACCAUCUUCACACGAUUCGAAGGCUAAGGAGAGGAAAUAUGUUUCCAAUGUCCUAAAGGCAAACGGCUAUACAAAAACUUUUCUCCGUAACUGCCAAAAACCAGUUACAAAUAGUAACGCUCUUGAUGAAAGGGAACCAGCGACUGGUUUUGCUGUUAUUCCUUACAUACAGGGUGUUACGGAACCCAUCAAGAGAAUUUUGAAUAGCCACAACGUUAAAGUUGCUCAAAAAUCUUUUCAGACUUUGGGGCAUAUUUCAGCCAAACCUAAGGAUCCUGUCACGAAAGAACAACGAACCGACGCCAUUUAUUCUAUUCCUUGCAAUGACUGUGACAACGAAUACAUCGGACAGACCAAACGUCAGUUUGGUACACGGUUAAAAGAGCACCAAAAAGCGGUUUUCCUUUGCAAAAAGGAAAAUUCAGCUUUAUCGGUGCAUACAUGCCUAACUAACCAUACAAUUGGGUAGGAUAAUUCUAAAAUUAUCACCACUAAUCGGCGUUACCACCAGCGCCUUUGUUUGGAGGCUUGGCAUAUUAACUCCGCCCACGCUCCUUUAAAUCGUGACGAUGGCGGUUUGCUUCCUGACGCCCAUUUACACCUCGUCAGAAAAAAGGCCGCUAAUAAGUGAUCAUAGAAAAGGACCUCUUGUUGCAACGUUUAGAUCACCCCUGAUGAGGGCACUAGACAGGAGUGUCGAAACGUUGGGUCUAUGAAUUGUAACUUCUUCGGUUACAUUCAUUAAAUCUACAAACCAGAGUAGCAUCAAACUAUGUCUGAUUGUCCACCUGGUUGCCGUGUGAACUUUAAUGUAAUGAAAAAAAUACUUCCAAGUAAAACGUAUCACAUAAAAGGGUCUUGAUAUUAGCAGGCAAGUCAGGAAUUUAAAGAAAGCCAAAAAACUUUUGAGUUUGUAAAACAUGUUUCGACAGAAACUUCUGUCACCUUCAGUUAAUUACUGUACAAAGCGUUGAAAGUUGAAUUAUAUAGUAAGUAGAACAAUGCUAAUUAGGAUGAAUAGUGACAACAAGAAGAGAGGUAAAGCAUGCAGGUGUGAGAAUUAAAAAGAUAGUUUUAGAUUUACAUGGUGUAAUUGUUGAUUCAAAGAUGGUUGUUCUCUUUGAAUAUGAAUAGCCUCUUUUAUCUUAAGCUGAAAACCGGUAGAGGCGUGAUCUAAAACAUGGAAGCUGACGGGCUCCAUUCACAUGUGGUUUAUAAGUUUGUAUGUGCUGGCUUUAAUGCCUGUCACGUCGGUGAAACCUGCCGGCACUUUUCCACACGUGUUAGAGAGCACUUAUUCAGUGACAGAGCCUCUCACAUUUUCAGGCAUUAGAAAGAUUUUCCGCACUGUCGCGCUUUGUGUUAAGCAGAUAACUUUUCCUCGGAAAAAAUUCUAAUUAGCCACUAAUGGGUGACAAUGUGUUCUCGCGUUCAAAAGAUCUUAAAUUAAAUCACGGGAAUGAUUCUUCAAAUUUAUCUCGUUAAAAUAACAGAUAUGAAUUUUGCGGUUUUCUAAUAAUUAUCUAGAAUACCCAGUUUAUCAGUGAACAAUACCCAAGGUCUCGGUAAGUGUUAUUAUCACUGCACUUAUCUCGACCGUGAUUUUUGCAUAUAUCACAAGAGAAUGUAUGUAUGUUCGAAUAAUGUUUGCUGAGCUAGAGCUGAGCUAAAGCUGUCACGCCAUUUGCCAAAUUGCUCUGUCCAAACAUUUUCAGAGCGAGUGUGAUCAUGCUAACGGAUCCAUCGCGGCUAGCUAAUCAUGGCGAUCUCCGGUCAUCGCAGUUUUUUAUAUCCUUUUUUCAGGUAAAUUAUCAAUACGUAACAAAAUGAUUUCGAGUUCAAUUUGAUGUAAAUAAGCACUUAUAAAUCUAUCAAAGACAAUAAAUUGCACUUGCCCCAUGGACCCGUAUAAUUUUGUUGGCUUUGAAAAAUUCUCUAGAUGGCUGAGUUUCCUAAUUUCCCCAUGCUCAACAAUCUAAGAAGCAUUAAAGAACUGUCAUCUGAGAGUUUGUUGGGACGGGAAAAUCUUGUAAUUGUUGAUUCAAACAAAUUACCUCUCGGGUUAUGGUUUGAGUAGCAAUAGCGUUUGCAAAUGCAACAUUAUCCAAUUUGGUACAAGCUAAUACAAGCUCUAUCUCACGUCUAAACCGACCAUUUAGCUUGAUUUUUAAAUGCCUUUUUAUUGACUCUGAACAAUCAAAUUGCUGAGCGAGUUAGAACUCUUUUUCAGAACCAUAAGAGAAAUAACUGCGAGCCCACCCGAGGGAUGAUUACUAGCUUUCAACGAAAUCUUAAGCUAUCGUAUUUUGAUUUACGUUACAUUUUUUAUUUCUAAAACCGAGGUUGUCCUAUCUUCUCGACAAGUUUAAGCGAAUAAGACACUGGCUUAGAACAAGCACACAAUACAUUACUUACUCAAUACCCUCAUUAUGUUUUUCAAACAAAAUAUUUCCUUCUGAAAUCUGCUACUUUUAAUUUCAUACGCCGAUAAUAAAUAUAUCGUCACAAAGGGACUGAUUUGCAUAUGUUACAGACGUUUUAAGACAAACAUUGGUUCCACUGAAGAUUAAACAACAGUCUUAUUAUUGUACGCCCUCAAGGCUGAAUAAGUCUGCUGUACCAGGAAACUAUUGUGCAAUGCGACUUAUCAGGAUCUUCAACGUAUUCGGAAUGAAGCUUGGAGUGUUUAUGUUUCUUCUUGGAGGUAAGCAAUUUUUUCAUGAUAACUUCUUCUUGUUAAUGAAUUUUAAACAAAUCAGUUUGUGACUCGAGAUGUCCAUCGCAUGAUCAUUGUAAUGAAGGCGAAGUUUGAAUAUGCUAUCACGCGAUAAAAAUUAACUUUGAGCUGAGAUCAAACUGCCUUAGUGCAAAUCCACUGCACGUUCAUCACCCAUCAGCAAUACAGGCUCAUCUUUUAAUUAGUUAAUUAGCUAAAUCGUACCUCGGACAAACAAAUUAUUGAAAGCUGCGCCACAUUGUAUUUUCCCCUGUGUACGCCUUUGAGUUUCAUUCAAGGCUCACUGAAAUCGUCAUUAACUCGAAAGUGGAACGAAGGGCCUUCUAGGAAGCCAACUUCUGUUAAACAAGUAGAUAUUUAUUUACCAAAAGGUUGCUUACGACUGACUGGAACAUGAUCGAAAAGUGAGUGUCAUGCGGCUUACAUAAUGAUAGGGUGCCACAGCAGAAGAGGAGCUUAUCAGUGAAUUAGCGAAAUUAUUUUCCAUGGACAGUUCGAAAACGCGAAAAUUCGACCAUUUUGACAACAGUAACACAAUGUUUGGCUCUCCCCUCUCUCUCGUAACUACUGAACAAUUUCCUUAUUUACUCGAAUAAGCACCGCAGGCGGUGCAUGUCUGGGCAGUUUUAAGUGGCUGACUCCUCAAUUUAUUCGUCUUUCUUUUAUACUUAGCUCCCGCUUGUUUUCUUGUCAAAGUCUCUAUUUCCUCGAGCUUCCGUAACAAGCUCGAGAACCUUUGUAGAAAGUACAGAAGAAUACUUGAAUGGAAGGAAACGGGCUUCAAAGUCUUUAAAUCGACAAAGCUGUCUCAAACGACAGAUAUGGAAAUAUGUUGACGCGUGAUCUCUGUCGUGUGAUAAGAUUAAUGACAAAAGGAAGGUAGAUAAAUUUCGCAAUGAUAUACUGUAUUCACAAAGGGAAACGUGAAGCAUCUGUUGGGUGAUUCAUGCUAACCAGUGAGUAUCAUUUAGCACUAACACAAGUCGACUUUGAGGGCAUACGCGUGACCCAACACUGGAGGACCGAAAACGAGAAUUGGCGAUAUUUUCAAUAACAAUUUUAGUCCAGUGUUUAGGUACCGGUUUCGCAUUCGUGUGACAAAAAAUAAGGAAAGGCUACGACCCAGCGCAAAAAUUUGGACAUAAAAAUAGUUAGUCGAAAAUCCGCUCAAAAUAAUUUCUGUGAUCUAACAACAACUCUAUUAAUCAGUAGCAUUUGCGAAUACAACUACCUCCUACCCCUCUCGCCUACUUAAAGUUCGUCCUCCACCCCUCCCUCAGUAACAACAGUAUGCCUCCCACCCUCCCUGAGUACUGAUAGACUGCAUCCCACCCUCCCUAAAUACUAAUGGUCUACCUCUUUCCCCCCCUCCCCCGCAAUAAAAUGGUCCAAACAAAUGGUCCCAAAAAAAUAGUCCAAAUAAUAGUCCAAUAGUCCGGGGGUCCAAUGGUCCAGUCUAUAUCUUAUCCUAUGCCGGGAAACAUGAGCCUUUCAAGCUAGCCACUCUUAAUUAUUAUUAUACUACUUUUGUUAUCAUUAUUAUUAUUAUUGUUAAUAUUACUACUUGUUACCAAAUUGUGCUAUAGCAGUAGCCAAAUGUAGUCCUAAGCUGUCUUUUUUAAUGAUUGUCUUCAUGCUGAUUUUCGCGUAUCUAUUUAGCUGUCAUAUGGCUAUAUGUUACACAUAUAGCCAUGUUUUAGGGUUUUAAAGGUUUCAUUUUAUUUUACCUUUUUAAGCAAUUUUAUUCUUUCUUUGAGUUUAUUUCGCGAACCAUCGUGGCUAUAUUUUACAAAUAUUUAGCAGCUCAUUUAUCAUGUUUUGAGAUGCACAGAUUUCAUUUGAUUUGACCUUACUUUUCGUCGCGCACCUUGUGUGCGGUGCGCUCCUGAGGCAUAAAUCUAUUGCGUCAGCCAUGCGCCUGAAGUCUUGAGGGUCGUGGGUGACUGAUCACAACUUGAGUAGUCAUCAGUUUACUGAAAGAACAAAAGCAUACUGUAAAUCAUGGACUCGACUAGACUGGACUGAACUAAAUUAGUAAAACGAAGAUUAGUAAAAUACGAGGACUGGUAAAACACGGAUGAGCAUAGCUCGGAUUAGUAAAACACAGACCAGUCAGACGCGACGAAAACAUUUGUCCUUAUGUAAAUGAUCAUUCUAUCACCAAAGAACGAUAUCAAUUAAAUGUCCUAUAUUAAAAAAAAAACCAGCAGAAUUUCAUCCUUCGUAUGUGAUUACGUUCUCCUAGGAUCAGAAUCAUUCAUGAUUACUUUCCUAGAGAGGAGCAAGUUCAUUUUAUCAACAUUUUUAACAGAAACACUAUUAAAAGUUUUACGAGUGCAUGUGCAACUGAAAUAAAUAACAUUAGAUCCAUUCAGGUCAUCUUCUUACUAAAAAACAUUACGUGUAAUGAAAACAAAUUUUAUAAGAGAUGCAUCAAAUAUUUAGCUUCUAAAAUGUGGACGGAUAGGCAAAACUACGUUUCUUUCCCUAUUUCUGUUUUCAAUAUAUUUUUUCAUUGUUUGUCUUAAUAUCUGGUCACUUUAGAUGUGGAUCGAGACGUUUCGACUGCAAACUGCUAGUCUUCCUCGCGCUAUGAGAUCGAUUAAGUACGGGUUAUAUUUAUUUACAUGCUGUUUUUCUCAGCUGUGAUUGGAUGGAAUUCCAUGGUGCAUCCGCUGGUAAGUUAACCCAUGUAGGCAUUUGAAGACCAUGGUGGCCUUUUGUAUGUUCCACUGGCGGUCAGGGUUUUCCAUUCCUAACAAUUGGCCAGUGUCAGCGUUUUAAGUGAGAACGUCAGAGCGCGAGCUACUCUAUUCACAAUUUUUGCAGCUUUUCUUGUAAAGUUACACGUGAGGCUGUAUUUAAGCUUGAUUUGUAAGAUGAAAGGUCGCCUGGGGAACCAGGUGUCUAACACAUUUCAUGGCCCCGAUUCCAGAAGCCAUCUUUUUGGUUAGUUUUUCGAUGUGGCAAUACCGGCUGAGGUUGUCUUCUAUUGUUACACGAAGUGAUAUGGAGAUAAAACCUGUUCCACCCGAGCACUAACCAUUGGGAAGUAAGUAAGAACACUUAGCAUUUGGCCAGAUCCUAUUAGCAUAAAUUCGGUUUCAUUUAUAGAUAAAGUAAGUUUGUUUGCGUUUAACCAAGUAUGUAAUUCAACAGGUCUUCACUAAAACAUGAUUCAAUGUUGCCCCCGUCAUAAUCUGCAUAUGCGAGAUGCAUGUCAUCGGCGUACAUCCUCCGUUCACAGUUUGAGAAAUAAUUUGGAAGCUCAUUUAUAAGUAUAAUAAGAAUAACAGUAAAACGAGGAUAGUUCCCUGAGGGACACCGCUAGUUAGUACACGCUGUCAUAUAAGGACCCACUAACUGAGCACUGUUGUGUACAGUUCUCCAAAUACGACUGAAACCAUUUUAAUAAAUUCCCAGAUAUACCAUAAAGGUCAAGCUUACAUAGAGAAAUUUUGUGGUCGACCGUAUCGAAAGCUUUCUCUAGAUCUAGAAAAAUAACCCGGUUGACCCUACCAACGUCUAUAUUAUCUGCCCUGGAGUCACUUGCCUCAAGCAAAGCUGUAACACUUAAGUGAAUAGCACAAAAUCCCGACUGAUGUUUGCAUAGUAUAUCGUGCUCCUCUUAAUAGGCAUAUAAUAGUUCGUAAACUAUUCUCUCCAAUACCUUGACCACAACUGACAUAACCGAGAUAAGACGGUAAUUUUUUACGUUGUCUCGAUCACCUUCCUUGAAAAGAGGUGUGACUGUAGCAGAUUCUCAGUCUCCUGGGAGUUUACUCUGUCUGAUAGUUUAAUUUAAAGUAUCGCGAGUGAGGACGGCGUACUCACGAGAAAGUCUCGCAGAUAUUCCGUCUAAGCUAGUUACCUUAGAUGUGUUUAGCUUGUUCAUCAGUGAAAAGACUUUGUUUCCAUUGGUUGCAAGGAGAUGAAAUCGUGUAUCUGUGCAUGUGAGAUAUCUUGCUUAGUCUCAGCCAUCCGAGUAAAUCUCACGGGUAAGUUUUGGACCAGUGGUGGAAAAGUGGUUAUUAAACCCAUUUUAUAUCUCCCCCGGAUUAGUUAUCGUCAAUUUAUUCACUUUUAAACGUGACGUAACUGGAGUUUUCCCAGAUUUCCGGGAAAUUAACUCAUUGAUUGUUUGCUAAGUCUUUCGAGAAGCACCCGUGUGCUCUGUAAAGCUUUUUUGAUAGUAUGCUGAUUUGACUUAUCGUAUUUAUAUUUUAGUUACAUUCCGCUGUCAUUCGUAUAACACCCAAUCAUGGGAAGAUUUUUGAGUUAAUGGCUUUAAUUUUUAAGAAAUCUCGUUUAUACUUUGAACCUUUUAUUCCUAAUGUGAUUCACGGAGAACCACGCAAGCGAACGCGCUUUGUACUCAAUGGAGCGGAUCUGAUAGCUGUUAGCUUGGAUAAUGCAUAAACGUUCUCUCUAGAUUGAGAUAAGAUGUCAUUUAGAAAGCUUUGUGUGUCAAAUUUCCGAAAAUUUCUUUAAGUUACUGUAAUAUCUCCAUUAGACAUCUCGUUCAGGGCUAGUUUUCUGCAAGCAAAACCAUAAUUUGAGUACUGAUCCCGGUGUGACAAAUUCGAAAUCUUAUCCGUAAAAUUGGCAUAAAUUAGAUCGAUUAAAGUUGCUGAGGUAGGUCUAAUCCUUGUCGGUUCUGACAUGAGUCGCUGGAGUCCAUAAACAUCAGAAAUACUCAUCAGUUUGAGAGCGUUGUUGUCAAAUCGGGUAGCAUGGGUAGAAGUCAUUUUAAAGUUUAAAUCUUCCAUUACGAAAUACACUACAUUUUCACCUACAAGUUUCCCGAUUACAGAUACGAAAGGCGAAAAGAUACCAGUAGGAGCGUUUGGUGGUCUAUUCCACGUGACAACUACAACCGGUUUUGAUCUGGGCCUUCCAGACGCUCCAAUUUCCAAGCACAGGUUUCUCAGGGCAUGCAAAUAAAUGUUAUGUGAAUGAUAACAUUUAUAGAGUUUGUGGCAUAAAAAACCGUGAUUCUGUCACCACGAAUUAUCUCGUAUCCAGGGACGUGGACUUCAUUACCAAAUGCAUUUUCGAGUUUGGUCUCGUUUAUUGACAAAAUAUCCAUAUAUAUCACUAGAAGCUAAGAGUAUCCUAUGCUAAUUUCAGACCGCGCCGAGGAGGUAGACUUUGGGUGAAGUCUGCCCCUUCCCCCCCCCCCCCCCCCCCCAUAAUUUGGUACCCAAGAACUUCUAUUUCUGUAUAUUCUGUAUUUAUUUAAUUAAUUUAAAUAAAUAAUAUAUACAUAAUUUAAAUCUAGAUGUGCUUGAAAACUUAAAAAACUGUUUGUUCUUUCAGGUAUUUUGGUGUCUCUCACUAAAGCAGCAAGUGUUACUGGUAAGUGCUAUAGUGCAUCAACUCCGGCAUUAUCAUAAUGAUUUGCCCGAAAGAUGAGUAAACUUUUUACCGUUUGGUCUCAUCGUCAGGAUGAGGGUAGACCUGAGAAGAAAUUUUGUCGUUAUCAGAGACUGCGUUUCGAAAACCUCGACGGUGGUCACCAUCAGAGUCGCAUAAUUUUUUGUCUUUCAAGUGUUGGUAGUCCGUGCGUGCAAAAUAAUUGAUCAUGUUUGCCGUUAGCCGUAUAUCCUUGGCUGUACAGAGCCAAUAAUAUCACGGCAAAAGUGACCUAUCAGUUUAGGUUUACCAGCUCCUGGCCAUUGUGAUAAAAAAAUUAUCACCGGGUCAAAUUUAGCCAAGAAAUUAAGAAGUUGGACAGGAGAGUAAUUUCAGUUAUUUAAGACAGUUGUAUAAAGGGCGGACAACGCUGUCAAACGGAUAAAUCGCUAUCUGGCGGAUAAGUGAUAGAAAACCUAUAGCGUAGUCCACCGAAUAGAGUUUCAUCCAGUGGAUAUCUCAUCAAACCUCUGAACAACCGGGACCUGAUGUAUUGCUCGCAUAUAACCAUCGAAGAGGUAGUUGUGAUUUACCUUCGAGAUUAAUAUCCCAAGAUUCAUCGUAAAUUUUUAUACUUUCCGUACCUAUAAUGGCAAGCUGUAUUGAUCACUUUUUAAACUUCACGCGUUAAAUGCCCCAUUUUUUAAUCCAAUUUACAUUAUUAUACUUGGUUACAGGCAAUUACAUUUAUUAAAAAAGAGAGUAAAAAGUCUAUAAGUUGUCUUCGUUGGAUUUUCCUUAUUCCUAAGUGAGUUUUUAAAUCACAUAAAAAGCUCCCUCACUUUGCAAAUUGAAUUUGGGUACACUCUUAACCAAAUUCGUCCCUUUUCAAUCUAAUUUCAGCGAAUUUAUGCAGCAUUUAUUCUUCGAAUGGUCCUAAACAGUUCCUUAUUACUAACCCAUUAACUAAAGCUUUGAAAUUCUAAUUACCAUCUCUUUGAUGGUUUGUGAGUAACCCAUACUUCUCUUUAGAUAGCCCAAUGAACAAACGACUUGUGUUUUCAUCAAGCAUCAGCAAAAAAAAAAUUAGCAAUGGAUUAUUACCGCGCAGGAUUUCCCUGCUGUUGUGCACGAACAGAUUUCUUUGUAGAGUAGCCGUGUUACCCUUGUUGGGUUUACAUGCAAGUGGUUUGACCUCUUUCACAUACAAUAUAUAUUCACAUCGUCGCCUUCAGAACGAGGGUCAUCGAGCAGUGUUCUUAUUCAAACCAUUGCCGAGAAAAUGGGUAGACAUAUUUUUCGGAAGUUACGCGGUCUUUGUAUUGGAGAACGUUCUUUCUGAUUGCCGGAGUGAAACCAGCAAAAGAUGCAAGUGAGAUCUAAACAUUGAACUUUCAUCAAAAACAAUGUUGAAAUAGAGUCGUAACUCGAGGUUGGUCGACCAUGUGCUUUGUCCGUCUUCCAGUUCGUGGUUUUCCAUUUUUUUGGGUUCAGGGGACUCCACGGCUCUGGUAAUGGUUUGGUUGCGUGAAUUAUGGUUAUUCAGUAGUUUUUUGGCUGGACUGCUAUCUACACCUCGUGUUGAAGCAUUUACCAUGUUUAGUAAGACGAGGUAUUUUCUCAUCCGGAGUUAAUGGGUUUGCUUUACUUACGCAUCGCUAUCGUUACACAGAUUCCACUAUGCCACUAACCCUGAGUUGCUUACUGAGAUGGUUAUGAGCUGGAUGCCUCAGGUCUUGAUGAACCUCCAAAUUUCGCUGAACACUUACUACAGGCCAUUUUUACCGACUACUUGCUUCAGUGUUCCAUAGCAAACUUAGCUUCCGAUGACUCUUGAUAACGUAGAAUUGAUAAGCUGAACUAGCUUUACUUUUUAACUCAAAGUUUGCCAUGUAAGAACAGGAGCAAGAUAAGAUUUGAUGUUAGGCCAUCAUUUCUGUAUAAUUUACCUAAGUUUCGUAACUUUGGGUCUUCGCUGGCGCUGGGCUUAAAUUCCUCUAGCUCUAGGUCGUUUCUAGGGAUGUCAACACCUCUAAGAGCGCCUGUAAGGAAUAUUUCUUAAUCAUUGAGGGUUGAGGUUCAGGUCCAAAGGAGGGACAGUAUCUCUCCCAUGUUAGCUAAACAUUUCCUAUCUCAAUGGCCACACGUCUUAUAUCAAUUUUGUUAUGAGUGCCACUGUGACACACCAGUGGCUUUCUUUUUCAGGGGAAUACGGUGCCUUGAUCGAAAUUUUCUGCCCAAAAUACACUGAGGCUUGAUUCACGACAGCGUUUAAAGAUCAGGGGUAUUCGGUUGUCGUAUUUUCCAUCAAUGCAACACUAUGAAUCCAGUGGACUUUGUGAAGAUUUUCCAUUGCCUAUUUCGGCCGUUUUUUAAGUUCUCUCAUAGAAACUACCAGAAGAGGUUAAAAAAGUGGUUGUUGAACGUGAGGAGUGGCGAGCUUAUAGCGGAGAUGGUGUCACAGACAGAGUUUUGGCGAGAAGUUCUUAAAGGCAGUCAAUUUUUCAUACUCAUACCGCUGCACUUUGUUCAGCGCUUUUAUAAUUAUGGAAAUGCUGCACUAUAUACUCCCAGCGACAGAAAUUUAACUGACUCAGCAUUUAUUACAGUCCAUGUAUUAACAAGUCGCUGAAAUUCACUUUUGGCUUUGUGUUAACUUUAGUCUGUGGUGGUGCGUGCUCAACGACUUCCAGGGGUAACUGCUACAACUGUUGUUAGAUACAACAUUUCGCCAGAGGGAAUUUCAGAAGCUUUCCGAAUACAUAUUGACAGCAUCAACGGUUAUUAACGCAUUGCAAUUUAUUGUAAUGAGAUCCAUUUUCUAAAAAAACAUAGUAGGGGGGUCAUUUACUUUUCUGCGAAAGAAAAGUUCAUUUUGCAUUCUAGCUAUAAUAUAUGACUCAUUACCUUCGCCAUAAAUUAUCGCUGAGGGCUGCAAGCAGGGAUUUUAUAUCGUUAUUCUAUUAGAAGAGGACAACUCUGCCCUUAUUGUUCCGUUACUCUUUCAUUGCCCUUCAAUACCUAUACUAAUAAAUUAACUAAUGGGUUCCUUCCUUACUUAGAUCAGAAGAAAAUAGUGUCCUAUUAUCAUGAUUGUCUCUUGCAUAGAUUUAUGGUUCACAAUUUAUUGGUUGGUUCUAUUCAUGCAGAGAAUUGGCUAAACGUUUAUGAAGUUCAACUACUUAGAAUAUUCUCUACGUAUUUGUUGUCAACAGUCCGUUUGGCGAGUUCCGCCAGUUCGCCAUCCUCUGGUCGUGUUGAGGUACGAUACAAAGGUAUAUGGGGAACCAUUUGUGACUACUCUUGGGACUUACAGGACGCUAAUGUAGUUUGUCGCCAGCUUGGAUACGAUGGAGCUUUAUCUGCACCAAGAAGAGCAAUAUUUGGACGAGGGGCAGGACAAAUAUGGCUGAGUCAUGUGCAAUGUGUAGGAAAUGAGGAAUCGAUAUCACAGUGCCGUCACAUGGGAUGGGGAGUUCACUACUGCCAGCAUAGUUAUGACGCUAGUGUAGUUUGCCGACCCGCAGGUAAAGUGAUGCAUGUACACGGAAGCAUAAAAAUCUCAAUCAAAUUAGAGAAACCUCAUUUAUUCCCCUCACUUUUGAAUUGCUCCGUCCAUAUCAAGGAAAUGACGCUUUUCGCAAUCAACCAACGUGAAAAAAAUUCAGUGCAACUAAUAGUUAUAGGAAAGCACAAUAAUCACUUGUCUUCGUUCCCUUUCUUUCACCAAGAUUCCCCCCCCUCCCUCUAGAUCUCUCUCCACGUACAGUUUUCUUUCAAUGAUUGUGCAACACUAAAUGAUCGUAGGGGAGUAUCUAGGCAAACCGCCCUAUAUUUUGAAUUUGAUUUUUGCUGAACAUUUUCUGAUAUUGGCCAUAUGAAUGUUAUGUGUCGACUGGCUUUAUCAUGGAUUUUAGCAAACUUGUUUUCCCACACAAACAGUUCGUCUGGUAAGUCGUGGCCCUUCGCUAUAUUCUGGUCGUGUUGAAGUGCUAUACAAUGGUACAUGGGGAACAAUUUGCGACGACUCAUGGGAUUUACAGGACGCUGAGGUAGUUUGCCAUCAGCUUGGAUACGAGGGAGCUUUAUCAGCAUCUGGUGAUUCCGCAUUUGGAUAUGGACCUGGCCAGAUAUGGCUGGAUGACGUAAAUUGUGUAGGAAAUGAGAUUUUGAUAUUGCAAUGUUCCCACAGAGGAUGGGGAGUUCACAACUGUGGACAGAAUGAUGACGCUGGUGUUGUGUGCCGACCCGCAGGUACGUAAACAUUAGAUUAUCAAUGGUUGUCAUAGACAUAAACGAAAUGCGGCAAUUUGUAAAGGAAAUCACAUGAUUUCGAGUGCAAUUUGGAAUAAAUUAGAACAUCUCUCCAAAGGGGUAACAUGUGAUAGUGUAGUCUGAUCGUCCGAGUAAAUGUAGUCUUGAGAAGGACUGUUGUCGGUAAUGGUGACUGACGUUUCAGCAACGAGAGCGGAAGUCAUCAUCAGAGUCAAGAGAAUGUUCUAAGACCGGUAAUCGGUCAUGAUUGGUCUGUUUCGAUCCUUUGGUAAAGUUACUGCCACGCCUCCUACAUCGGAGAGAUUGGCAGAAACCUCACAACAAGAAUGAUUGAACAUAAGCGGGCGACGAGGAAAGGUGAUGUCAACGAUCACGUUUCUGAACAUCAUCGACUUAAGAAACGCGCUAUUGACUGAGACUCUGCGCAAUGCCUAGCCUACAGCACCAACCAACUUCAACUACUGACUCUGGAAACCUGGUUUACUAACUUAGAACAGACUCCUCUCACCAGGUGUCAACAACUACCAGCACCAUACAAACGAGUUAUUCACGACACGGACAUUACAAAUGAACAGAACGACCCACCUAACUCACUAACUAAAUUGCACAAGCAAUUAGGACGAAUGCAGUUUCUUGUCUAUGAAAAAAUGCUUGUGUUCAUUUACCCCAAGUUGCAAGAGAUAGAUCAAAUGAUUAUUUGUUAAUAAUAUAUGUGGAAAACAACGACUCUGUAUUCGUCUUUCGUCGUGUCUAUUUCGUGUCAUGGCUCGCUGGUUCCGUUUACAUUAAGGUUAUUGUUUGAAAACGACACCUUGUUUUUCAAUGAAUGAUGAUAUUACUCGUUAAAAACUUGUUUAUUCUAAGAACUCAUCUUAUCAAUGUUUGUAGUCGAUUCUAAUUAAGACGAAUUCGAUCAAAAGUUUGAAGCUUUUCUAGAGAUAUAUCAGAAAUACCAUCCGCCUCAUAUGAUGUAGCUAGAUGUGGCUUUUCAGGAACAGCUGUGUUUCCCAUGUUGAAAGUGACUUGGCAAUGGUAGAAAUAGUUUAUGUUUAUGAAACACUGACGUUACUCAUUCUGGCCAGAUAAAUAACUUGUCAUAUGAAACCCGAAAGCUGUUUGGUUGAAGUUGUGACUGAGGCUCGAGCUAGCGGAAUGCUGAUUUUUCGUGGCUGAUAGCGUGAGAGAACUGCUGUUGUGCUCUUUGAUAUUCUUCCUUUAAACCAUCAAGUAACUAUUCUUUUCUGUGGCCGGUUAUUUUUACGAUUGACCUUCGCUUUAGGCCUGUUGUCUUCAACUUAAACAGAUUUCCUGGCGCUUUAGUUAGAUAAGGAUUUCACUGAAUCUUCCAGGGUUGUUCCUCUAAUGACCAACUUCAUCACGUCCUUAAUUUUCUUCACUCCCAUCGGCUGCCGCUUACAAUAAUCUUGCAAGGACGAAACUGGCUCACAAGACAGAUAAAGUGGACCAGUUUUACGCACUUUGAGAGGACAACGCCAUAGAAAAUCUUUGAAGAUUGUAACGGGACUUCCUUCUUCUCCAGUUGCAAACAUUUUUGGAAGAACGCCUUUGAGUUUUGCGAACAGUCCUGACUAGUGUGUUUUUCUCGGGUUCCUUAUGGAUUCAACGAACUCUGUUUUGUUUUCAUCCAAUCCAAAUGAAAAAUCUCGAACUGUCAAUACCAAUACCAAAAUGCUGGGUCAGGAGCCCCAAAACUGUGAGGACAAGUACUUCAAGACUUCCCUUUCCGACUUCUUUUUUCCUUACGGCUCAUUUUCCUGUUAGUUUGGUUUAGUUAGUUAUUUGUUUCAGCAUGGUUUAGUAUUUCGUUUAUAUUUCGAAUGAAGUGACUGUAUGAACUCGAAUUCCGAAGUUAUUUAGGUUUAAGCUGUCCGUGAUGAGUUUCCUAAAUGUGACAGUGUCGGCUAACUUCCAUAAAUUGACGUAUUUAGUUUGUCUACUGGCAUACCCACUCAUAUAUAUCAAUGAUGAAUAUGUAAACAGGGUCUUUUCCUAGCGAACAUGCUUUGACCUUUUAAACUCGAGCUCUUUGUCACGAAUAAUCGAGCUUUUGCAUUCUUUCUCUAUUAGGUAUAGGUAAGUAGUAGUAACAUUACACAAGGGACAGGACGCUCGAAAUGUUCCCAGUCUCUCUUACAAACGGUUGUGUAAAACUCCUCGAGUACUUUGUACAAGGCCUCUGUUUGGUGUUUUUCAAUACUUUGGUCAUAGUAUUUUGCACUUUGUUGGGUGUUCUUGUUCCUUGCUUCUCCUUCUUUUUACGAUAUUUACAAGAAGCUUGAUGGGAACUUAUCGUGAUUGUCAAAUUUUUUUUUUUCUAGGUAAAUUUUGUAAUGAACGAUUCUAAAAUAAAAAGAAAUUGGUGUUGUUUUUAGAAGUACAGUGAUAUGACAUCGAUUGUUCAUAGUCUGAGACAAGUGAUGAUGGAAAAGUGAUUUAUGUCAAAAUUUAAGUUAGUUCUCAGGUCUAAAGGGCUUUUUAAGGGCACGGUUUCUAAUUUGCUCAUUACCUCAUCAGAACUAUGUGGAAAGACAAAUUAGGAUUACUCUUUUAUUAAGCCUUUUUAAAUGCUCCCUUCUAUUUACCACAUAAAUCUAUGACUGCGUUCUUUUUCCACUAACACAGCUGUUCGUUUGGUGAACCCUUUUAAUUACCCGUCUUCUGGUCGUGUUGAGGUGCAACACAGUGGCACAUGGGGAACUAUUUGUCGCGACUCAUGGGACGUGAGGGAAGCUGAAGUAGUAUGCCGCCAACUUGGAUUCGAUGGCACUUUAACAGCGUUCACAUGGGCACGGGCAUCAUUUGGAAAAGGAGUAGGCCAGAUAUGGUUGGAUGAUUUGCAAUGCCAAGGAAAUGAGACAUCAAUAUCAGAAUGCUCUCACUUAGGAUGGGGAGUUCACGACUGUAAUCACUAUGAUGACGUUGGUGUAGUUUGCCGACCUGCAGGUAAGGCGUCAAUACACCUAAACAAUAAAUCAUUCAAAGUAAAUAUACACUUUAGCUGUAAUUGAAAGUUCACUUAAAAGAGCGUUUUAUGGGGUUCCCCAUUUGCUUAUUGGUAACUGGUUAAUAAUUAAUUCCACAAUUAACAGUUAUUCGGGUGUUGGCUAUUACGAUUAUUUUUCUGAUUUUGACUGUCUUGUCCAAUUUCCGCAAUGUUGUAUUUUUUCUCAAGCGUAGUGAAACAAGAUUACCCGCCUCUAUUUCUUGACAACGAGGUCGUCAAAGACGUUGAAUCUCACACUCACUUAUGACUAACUUUGCAGAGUAAUAUGUCGUGGAGAAAUCGUAUAGUUAAGAUGUAUAAUAAUAUACAUGAAAAAAUUACUCGGUUCUGAUUGGUUAAGAUCAAUGCAGUUUUCAAGUAAUUCAGUGCAGAAGAGGGUUAAUUCAGUGCAAAUAAAGUAAUAAAUCAGACAUUCUGAUUGGUCAAUAAUCAAAGAAACUCAUAAACAGCCAAUCAAAUGCGAGCCUUGGAUGUCGCAACAAAAUUUGCGAGCGAAACAAUGGCCGGCGUUUUAGGUAGGUUUUCUUUCGCCACCGCGGCCGAAAAACAGCGCAAACAACGAAAAUACUGUUAAAAGCACUGGUUUUUUGUUGUCGGUUUGGAAAAAGUAGUGUUUAGAGAAGGGAAUUGUUAAGGAAAUCGAAAAUUACGAACCGACCCAGCUUAACACUUUGCUCGAGCGAUCCAAUGCCGAAAUUAAAAACAAACAUGGUUAAACCUCGGAAACGACGAUUCCAUUUCAUCGAAAGUGAUUCGGACACAGACUGAAAAAUUCCUUGAACUAUUUAGCCGGACUUUGAACUUUUUUGCGCCUUAAGGACGUGGAGAUAUCAUUACAUAUUAUUGUUUUGAUCGUACGCGGUUGUUUUGACCGAAUGCACGGUUUGAAUAGAUUAUUUUUGCACUUGAUGCACGCGCUUUGCUUAUGCUUAAUUACGAUAGGUCAUCUCGUAUUUUUUCAUGUAUGUUAUUAACACGUAAUCACAUGAUUUUUCUCGUGCAAUUUGGAAUAAAUAAGCACUUAUUAAUUUUUUUUAAAGACCACGAAUUGCACUCGCCCUAUGGGCUCGUACAAUUUUGUUAGUCUUACUUCUUACUUCUAAACGAUUAAAUAUGCUGAAAUGUGUUAAAUACAAAGUUGGUAGAUCCACUUUAACAUGCUUGUCCUAACCUGAUUAGACCACUCAUGGAAGUGGGGAUGUUAUCUGGAACAACUGUCAUAAUUGUGAUUUAGCUUUACUGGAUAACGUUCAAUACGAAGCCGCAAGGGUGGUAACAAAAGCCAUUAAAGGAACUAGCUCCGCGAGGUUACAUGAUGAACUCGCUUGAGAGCCUAUUAGUAUCAGGAGAGAACUACAUAAAUUAAGUCAAUUUUACAAAAUAGUCAAGAAUCUUGCUUCACGUUAUUUAACUGAAAUAUUGCCCAAACUAUCAAGUGAACGUACUCGCUUUCGUCUCAGAUCGAGAGAAAACUUCACUCAACUCCGUUGUAGAACUUCUACGUUUCAAAAGUCUUUUCUUCCAUCAGCAAUCACUGACUGAAAUUCUCUGGACCUAGAUGUCCGAAACUCAGUAUCUCUUCCCACUUUUAAAGCGAAAACUCGGUCAAUUCUCUUUCUGCAUACUUUCAAUAGGUUAUAUGAUUGUUCUUUUACAAGGCGUGCAUCUGUUGAUUACACCCCCCCCUCCUUAGACUUGGGUUUUCUUAUUUAACGGAAUGUCUCUUCAAAAUUAAUAGUUGUAUGUCGCCUAUUUGCGGGGGCAGUUUUGACUCUGAAUCGGUGAACACUUUUUCUUGUAUUGCCCAAGGUAUGCUGCUCGUUGUGAUAUCCUCCUUACCUCUGCUGCUAGGUGAAACAUGGUCAUUGAGUAGUGAUGCUAGGAAACUAAAUGUUUUUUGUAUGGUGUUGAGUCUGUAAAUUACGACGUUAACUGUGCUUUUUUUCGCGAAGUACAAAGUUUUAUAAUUAACAUUAAUAGCUUUUCUGUGGCCAUUGUUUGAUUGUUUAAAUAAUAUAUUAAUAGCAUAGUAAGUUUAACUCUUUGUUAUUGCAACUUUUGUGUGUUGUUUAGGUGUCUGUUUGAGAGUGAGCCUGAAUGAAUUGAUUAUAUAUUUGUAAUACUGUAAUCCCCCUCGUUAACCCUAAGUGCUUUUGGGGAAAACAAUGGUAAAUAUGUUUAAAUUAAAAAAAAAAAAGUUUCCGCUAGCGGUUGUGAUUAGCUUGUCCAAAGACCUCCUACCGGACUAACACUUAAGUUCUUGUUUUGACUUUAGCACUCAAAGAUUAAUUGGUAGAUCAGCAGCAUAAGGUUCGUUGUUGUUCAAUAGUAAGAUCCUGAUGAAAGAAUUUGGCUUAAAGCUUUAACGCGUAGCGCCGAGCUGCCUAUAAACAGACUCGUGUCCAACGACUCCGAAUUUAAUAAUUGUUUCAUUGUAUCUCAUCAAAUUUUGAACGUGUUAACAUCUGGAGCUUUUUCAGCCUCGCAACAGGUGGUGCAUUGCAUUUCCAUAUGAAGUGACUCGGAGUAUGAGCUUAUAACCGAAGUUAAGAGAACCAAUCAGAACACCAGGAAUGCAAUAUUCGUUAUUGAAAAUUUAAUAAAUGUAUAUUAAAGUGUUUACUGCAUAGUUGGUAUCAAGCGUAUCGGAGUAGGAGUGAGGUUAAAGUUCUACAGUGUCGGAGUUAGUUGGAGAUUUAAUAAAGAGAGGAGAAACGAAGGGUGAAUAUCCUGCGAGAGAAAGUUAUCGUUUACAGUGUUAACGAAGAACUAAAAGAAUAUUUACAGAGUUCUUAGCGCCUUCAGCCAAGUAUGGCACGCUCUUUAGAUGGUUUCCCUAAAACACAUAGUAACAAAGUUUAUUAGCCUGAGUAUGAUUGUAUUUUUACAUCAACAACAGUACGUUUGGUGAGUCCCGCCAAGUCACCAUCUUCUGGUCGAGUUGAAGUGUUUUACAAUGGCACAUGGGGAACCAUUUGUGACAACUCGUGGGACUUACAGGACGCUAAUGUAGUUUGUCGUCAGCUUGGAUUCGAAGGAGCUUUAUCAGUGUCUGAUGCCGCUGCAUUUGGACAAGGAACCGGUCAGAUAUGGCUGGAUGGCAUUAAAUGUGUAGGAGAUGAGACAUCAAUAUCAGAAUGCAGCCACGGCGGAUGGGGAGUUAACAACUGUGGACAUAGUGAAGACGCUGGUGUGGUGUGCCGCAACGCAGGUAAAAUGACGAUCUAUGCUCAUUAUACAAUGAUAUCUCUAUUGUUCCUUCGAGGAUAAAUGUUAAAAUAUAUGGAGAAUUGUUCCAAUUUUUUCAUUUCCUCGUUUAUGAGUGGUUGCUGAAUAUAAUCCAGACUAACGUUAUACAAGGGUGGAGGAACUUCUUGAUAAACGUCCUAAGAGUCACAACUUGAUCGCCUUCAGGAAAAAGGCACUCCAAUUGUGGCAAAUUCGACAGUGAUAUCUUUUGUAAGUUUCAAAUGUUCUUCAACACAUGUGCCCUCUUUUAUAUCGUAACGAAUAUAUCGCUUUACAAAAACAGUUUGACCAGAAACUGUUUCUGCCGCUGGGGUCGCAUCAUCUGCGAGAACUUCAGAACCUACUCUACAAAGCCUCAGAGUCGUUUGGCCACCAAUUUACAAAGCACACUUCAAAUUUAAGUCGUCAUAAAUCGAAGAUUCUAUCCGAAAUCCAAGCAAUUAUCGAUGUUUUUUACCUAAAACACAACCCAAUCCAGCCGGACAAAAUUCUUCUGAGUCCAUAAUCUGUUAUUUUCACGACGUAGAAAACUCAAAAGUCUUUGUUCCGCGCUCUUCGACGGUUACACACAAUGAAUAAUCUAUCAAACCUAACAUAUAACUUAAACUAAAAAUAAUGAUGGUUUAAACAGCAAGAAAAAAAUAAAUUUCGUCCAAUCGUUGGCUUAAUUCCUGUAAGAUAGAUUGCCAUUCAAAUAGCAUCAUAUCAUUCUAUUGUGUUCAUCUAGUUAAAAUUUGCAUAGAACAUGUUGUAGAAUAGUUGUGAUUGCCAAGCUGUGAUUGGAUGGAAUUGUUCAGAGAGGUCUUUGGUAUAGGGCAGGACUGAGGUGGACCGGAACUCGGCAAGGGGUUCAGUGCUGGCGGUCGGUGCCCUGGCUUUUAUUACCCUCUGCACGAAAGAGGAAGAAUAACCAUUAGAUACAAGAGCAGAUGACAGAUGUUUCUUCUUCUUGGAGAUAACGGAGGGUUUUUUUACGAGACGUUUCGCACGCACCUUUGGCACUUGUGUCGGCUUCCUGAAUACGCCGAUGCUUAGGCUGCUGACCCAUUGCACUGGAAGUAAGUAUCUCUCAAUGCAAGGUUCAGGGAGUCUGUGAUCUGACUGGGUGUUUGUGUCGUGCGGUUAGGUAGGCUAGGAUCGUUUCCAGUUUUUGCCGAGCUGCUUGUACAGCUAAGUCGAUGGGAACUUCGUCGAAGAACAUGAUAAUCUCGCUUUCUUUAAUACUUUCAAAAUUGGACAGAGUUGGCACCAUAAAUCUGAGCUACCCGUUAGCGGAGAUAGGAUGUUAGCUUGAUAAGCGGAUAAAUCAUACGCGAAGGUAUGACACAAUUGGUUUCAGAGGUAUAUCAGCCUUAUGAAUCCUCGGUAAACCGUAAAUUUUAGGCGGCUGUUUGUGUCGUGGUCUGAUCUUACUGUAGAUGGCCUCUGAGAGAAAUCUGCUUCAUUUUAAGGUUAGCAGUUAGCAGUUUCUCAGACAACUUACUCGUCAGAAAGUCUGUUGGAUCUUUGUUCAAGCGCUGGUACGGUCCGUUAUCGAUCAGGGAGGACAUCUUGGUCUGGUACGUGUUGGCGUCUAAGACUGCAUUAGCUAGUCCUUUGUCCGCUGGUAGUACCUUGAUGGACUAGUCCUCUUUUAGGCGAAGAUGCAUGUGACAAGUGCAUUCGAAGAUGCUACAAUCACAGCCGUGGAAUUCCAUCUUAUCACAGCUGAGCAAUACAGCAUAUAGGUGACGGAAACUCAGUCGACCUCAUCGCCAAAACAAGACUAGCAGUAUGCAGUCGAAACGUCGCGAUCCACAUCCAAAGUGAUUACAUUGUGAGACAAACGAUAACAUUUCUUUAAUGAAAAUUAAACGUAUUGUUGUCGUGAUCUGCAUCCCGUGCUGGGCUGUUGACGAGAUUUGUAUGAACCACAUUAUAUUCCUUUAAAAAUCAGAAAAACUCCAGUUUUGUACACAGUGUUAGAUGAGAUUUCUAACAUUCUUUUACGAUUGAAACUUUCUUUAUUGCUUCUGUUAAUAGCUCAAACAGCUUGUGAGCUCGGGGUGUAGCACAUCAUCUUCAGGAAAGUGUCGGUUUCCAAUUUAUAAAGGUGGCAAUUAGAAAGCUGUCAAUAUUUGACCAACGUCACUAUUUCUCACUUCACUAGCGUAUCACGUUGAGUUAUGCAUAACAGCUCCCGCAUACUGAGAAUGCAGGACUUUCUACUUUAAAAUUCAUAUUUUUGCGGUUAAGAUCGGCCAAACAAAAACAAGAUUGAUAAUAUAAAAAUUAUAAAGAAACCGUUGCGUAGAUUAGAAUUUCAAUAAAAAGAUCUCUAAAGAGAAAUCAACCCAUAAAGCUUGUUUCAUAACAAACAGAAUAAACAGAGAAUUCGCGGAAGAAAGGGCGUACCCUAAGUACCGCUCCGUAAGAGAACUAUUUGCCGUUCAUAUGAGUCAACUGAUUAUAAAUUCAGUGCGGAAGAUGAAAAGUACAAAUUGUAUACAUCUUAAUCUCCUUAUAGAAAGAGGUGUUGUACGUGCUAAAUUAGUAGCUAAGACUUACUUUCUUGAUCGAGAAUUCGAUAUGAAAUUAACCUAAAAAACGAGCCUGAGCACUUGUUUCUUGCUUCUUCUUCAAUCUCUGAAUUAUAACGUUGCUACUUUCCAUCUUGCCUUUGCGAAUCUCCCGUGAAUCCCUUUAAUUGAACUUUUUGCACUCAAUUUCAACUUUCCACACCGUUUGGCUGACUAGUUCUCAGCUAAUGAGCAUGCUGGAUUUUUGGAUGCAUUUUAUUAUUGUUCGUGUAACUGAGACAUGAUAUCUGCAAUGCGCAGAGAGCGUACAAUUCAUGUCUUCCAACAUGUGCAGAUGACAUUGUCGUCUGGGAAUCUGAAUAAAUCAACUUAGCGUUCUUGCUCUUAGCGUGGGCCUUCAUGCACUCUCUUUGCAAUCUCUCGAAUCGGAAGAAGUAUUUAUUCGGUCCCGUGUUUCUUAGGCUUUCCAACACAAUAGAGCGGGUUAGUUACCAGGUAUCAUCGUUAUUGGUGGAUAAAUAUCGAAGGCGUCCGUUCCCUAGCAAACCAUCAUCCUUUAUUUCCUCACAGCCGACAUUCGCGAUCUUUUUCCGAUAUUUACAAGAAGCUUGAUGGGAACCCAUCGUGAUUGUCAUUUUUUUUUUUUUUUUUGGGAGGGGGGGGUAAAUAUUAAAAUGGACGCUUCUAAAAUAACAAGAAAUUAGUGUUGUUUGUAGAAGUACGAUGAUAUGAGAUCGUUUGUUCAUAGUCUGGGAAAAUGAUGUUGGGGACGCGAUUUGUGUCAAAAUUUAAGUUAGUUCUUGGGUCUAAAGGGGUUUUAAAGGGCACGGUUUCUAAUUUGCUCAUUACCUUGUCAGAACUAUGUGGAAAGGUGAAUUAGGAUUACACUUUGAUUAAGCUUUUUUAUAUACAUCCUUUUAUUUAUCACAUAAAUCUAUGACUGCGUUCUUUUUCCACUUACACAGCUGUUCGUUUGGUGAACCCUUUAAAUUACCCGUCUUCUGGUCGUGUUGAGGUACAACACAGUGGCACAUGGGGAACCAUUUGUGGCCACUCAUGGGACGUGAGGGAAGCUGAAGUAAUUUGCCGCCAGCUUGGAUUCGAUGGCGCUUUAAAAGCGUUCCUACGGGCAUGGGGUCUAUUUGGAAGAGGAGUAGGCCAGAUAUGGUUGAAUGAUUUGCAAUGCCGAGGAAAUGAGACAUCAAUAUCAGAAUGCUCUCACAUAGGAUGGGGAGUUCACGACUGUAAUCACUAUUAUGACGUUGGUGUAGUUUGCCGACCUGCAGGUAAGGCGGCAAAACAACUAAACAAUAGAUCAUUCAAAGUAAAAAAAACUUAUAGUUGUAAUUGUAAUUUCACUCAAAAGAGCGUUUAAGGGGGGUUCUUUAGAGCUUAUGAGUUUAUUGUUAACUGGUUAACAAUCAAUUCUACGAUUAAAAGUUAUUUGGGUGUUGCUAUUAAGAUGAUUUUUCUGAUUUUGACUGUCUUGUCCAAUUUCCACUAGGGGUUGUAAUUAGUUUCUGAAAAGACCUCCUUAUGGACUAACAAUAAAGUUCUUGAUUGGCUUUCGUACUCAAAGAUUAAUUGGUAGAUCGACUGCACAAGGUUCGCUGUUGUUCAUCAGAAAAAUCCUCGAGAAAAAAAUUGGCUUGAUGCUCUAACGAAGGAAGCGAAUUUCCUGCCAGGGGAAGGUAUUGUUUACAGUGUUAACGAAGAACUAAAAGAAUAUUUACAGAGUUCUUAGAGCCUUCAACCAAGUAUGGUGCACUCUUUCGCUGGUUGCCCUAAAACAUAUAGCAACAAAGUUUAUUAGCCUAAGCAUGAUUGUAUUUUUAUAUCACCAACAGUGCGUUUGGUGAGUCCCGCCAAGUCACCAUCUUCUGGUCGAGUUGAAGUGUUUUACAAUGGCACAUGGGGAACCAUUUGUGACAACUCGUGGGACUUACAGGACGCUAAUGUAGUUUGUCGUCAGCUUGGAUUCGAAGGAGCUUUAUCAGUGUCUGAUGCCGCUGCAUUUGGACAAGGAACCGGUCAGAUAUGGCUGGAUGGCAUUAAAUGUGUAGGAGAUGAGACAUCAAUAUCAGAAUGCAGCCACGGCGGAUGGGGAGUUAACAACUGUGGACAUAGUGAAGACGCUGGUGUGGUGUGCCGAAACGAAGGUAAAAUGACGAUUUAUGCUCAUUAUACCACACAACGAAUAAUAUAGCAAAUCUGACAGGUUAACUUGGACUAAAAACAAUGGUGGUUGACACAGCAAGAAAAAAAUACUUUUGUCUAAUCGUUAGCUUAAUUCUUGUAAGAUAGAAUGCAAUUUAAAUAGCAACAUAUCAUUCUAUUCUGCUAAUAAACGUAACAAGAUAGGUUUGAUAGCUAAGCUGUGUGUGGCGUGCCGCAACGCAGGUAAAAUGACGAUUUAUGCUCAUUAUACAAUGAUAUCUCUAUUGUUCCUUCGAGGAUAAAUGUUAAAAUAAAUGGAGAAUUGUCCCAAUUUUUUCAUUUCCUCGUUUAUGAGUGGUUGCUGAAUAUAAUCCAGACUAACGUUAUACAAGGGUGGAGGAACUUCUUGAUAAACGUCCUAAGAGUCACAACUUGAUCGUCUUCAGGAAUAGGCACUCCAAUUGUGGCAAAUUCGACAGUGAUAUCUUUUGUAAGCUUCAAAUGUUCUUCAACACAUGUGCCCUCUUUUAUAUCGUAACGAAUAUAUCGCUAUACAAAAACAGUUUGACCAGAAACUGUUUCUGCCGCUGGGGUCGCAUCAUCUGCGAGAACUUCAGAACCUACUCUACAAAGCCUCAGAGUCGUUUGGCCACCAAUUUACAAAGCACACUUCAAAUUUAAGUCGUCAUAAAUCGAAGAUUCUAUCCGAAAUCCAAGCAAUUAUCGAUGUUUUUUACCUAAAACACAACCCAAUCCAGCCGGACAAAAUUCUUCUGAGUCCAUAAUCUGUUAUUUUCACGACGUAGAAAACUCAAAAGUCUUUGUUCCGCGCUCUUCGACGGUUACACACAAUGAAUAAUCUAUCAAACCUAACAUAUAACUUAAACUAAAAAUAAUGAUGGUUUAAACAGCAAGAAAAAAAUAAAUUUCGUCCAAUCGUUGGCUUAAUUCCUGCAAGAUAGAUCGCCAUUCAAAUAGCACCAUAUCAUUCUAUUCUGUUCAUCUAGUUAAAAUUUGCAUAGAACAUGUUGUAAAAUAGUUGUGAUUGCCAAGCUGUGAUUGGAUGGAAUUGUUCAGAGAGGUCUUUGGUAUAGGGCAGGACUGAGGUGGACCGGAACUCGGCAAGGGGUUCAGUGCUGGCGGUCGGUGCCCUGGCUUUUAUUACCCUCUGCACGAAAGAGGAAGAAUAACCAUUCGAUACAAGAGCAGAUGACAGAUGUUUCUUCUUCUUGGAGAUAAUGGAGGGUUUUUUUACGAGACGUUUCGCACGCACCUUUGGCACUUGUGUCGGCUUCCUGAAUAUGCCGAUGCUUAGGCUUCAAAAAGAUUUUCUUCUAACUGCGGUGUUGAGAAAGACGAGGCUAUUGUUACUUAGCGUCUCCAUGGUGAAGCGGAUGGAAGGCUUUUGGGGUUUUAAAUGCUUUAAGAAGCUUUCUACGCUGUCAAAGGCUAAGAUGGUGAAGGUUUCGUCUACUUAUUAUUUCCAAAUCAUGGGCUUGUUGAGUGAUGCGUUGCUGCUUGAUCUUUUAAACUCUUUAUGUGGUGGUUAGCCUCCUGUCUGUUCGUAAGCUGACCCAUUGCACUGGAAGUAAGUAUCUCUCAAUGCAAGGUUUAGGGGGUCUGUGAUCUGACUGGGUGUUUGUGUCGUGCGGUUAGGUAGGAUAGGAUCGUUUCCAGUUUUUGCUGAGCUGCUUGUACAGCUAAGUCGAUGGGAACUUCGUCGAAGAACAUGAUAAUCUCGCUUUCUUUAAUACUUUCAAAAUUGGACAGAGUUGGCACCAUAAAUCUGAGCUACCCGUUCGCGGAGAUAAGAUGUUAGCUUGAUAAGCGGAUAAAUCAUACGCGAAGGUAUGACACAAUUGGUUUCAGAGGUAUAUCAGCCUUAUGAAUCCUCGGUAAACCGUACAUUUUAGGCGGCUGUUUGUGUCUUGGUCUGAUCUUGCUGUAGAUGGCCUCUGAGAGAUAUCUGCUUUGUUUCAAGGUUAGCAGUUAGUAGUUUUUUAGACAACUUCCUCGUCAGAGGGUCUGUUGGAUCUUUUUUCAAGCUCUGGUACGGUCCGCUUUCGUUCAGGGAGGACAUCUGGUCUGGUACGUGUCGGUGGCUGAGACCACAUCAGCUAGUCCUUUGUCUGCUGGUAGUACUUUGACGGACUGUUCCUCUUUUAGGCGAAAAAGCAUGUGACGCAUGGUGUAUCUAAAGAUGUGGAAUUCCAUCCAAUCACAGCUGAGCAAUACAGCAUAUAGGUGACAGAAACUUAAUCGACCUCAUCGCCUGAAGAAGACUAGCAGUAUGCAGUCGAAACGUCGUGAUCCACAUCCAAAGUGAUUUCUCUACUGAAAAUUAAACGUGUUGAUGUUAUGAUCGGUAUCCCGUGCUGGGCCGCUGACUAGAUUUGGAUGAACCACACUAUAUUCCUUUAAAAGUGAGAAAAACUCCAGUUGUUUUGUGCACUUUAUGCCGGACGUGACAGUUGCAUAUAUUUUGGAAGAAGAUGGGUUAGCCUUGAAAAUUCCUCAUAUGUACGCAUAUGAAGAUGAGAAACUUGUAUGUUUUGGAGUUUAAUUCACAAGCGUGUAGGUAUGAAAGGGGAGACAGAGACGGAAACAGGAAACGUUUGGCAAACUGUUAAGUCACAAUAUUUUUUAAUGUCAAGAAUAUAACUAUCAUGGCCAACGAUAACGAUAACGACGCCGAUGGCAAUGCCUGUGGAAACAGCCACGGUCAUGGCGAUAAUAAAGAUAAUGGCGAUGCCUCUGGCAAUGAUGGCGAUAAUCAUGGUGAGGGUGAGGGUGAGGACGAGCAUGAAGCUUAGCGUGUGGGUGAGCUGAAGAUGUUUAUGAUGGUGUUGUUGAUGAUUGAAAUAUGGUUGUUGUUUCAUUAAAAGAAUAUAACUAUCUUUCUUAUGUUACAUGAUAUCAAACCAGGUGUACUCUCUGUAAGACCCCCUCAUUGACUGAGCGACACUUAGGCAUUUAGCAGGCCAAAAGGAGGAGCCUUUUCUUUCUUUUCAUUUGCUAAGUAUCGUUUGAAAGUUUUUGUUUUCGUUUCUUUUUCCUUAUUUCGUCUGGCACAUCUGCUUACUUGCUCUCGUUUCUUUCUCGGGUAAUUACUGAGACCAUAGUUGUUAAGACACAUAGCUGCUCUGAAAUGAGCUCAUCUUCUCUUGAUUAAGAUAACGUCUGAUACCUUUCUUAAGUUUUAUCAAAUCUAUCACAUACCCGUCACCAAAUCACUCAAAAAUGUAGAGCAAAACUGUUAUAAAAAAUAGUAGUGUUAAAAUGAUAGUGCACAUACAGCCAUUCACCAAUAUCAUCCUUCCUAUCCUCCUUUCAUCGACCUUUUCUAAAAAACAAUAAUUUUAUUAUUCUCGUCUUAGAUCUUGCCUCUCCAAUAUCUUUGAUAAUUGAAAACGUAGAAAUUCAUAACCGUAAAGAGGCUUUCAACUGGGGAUUUCCAGUUUUGCUUACCUGUUAGAUGGCCAAUUCCUCAGAAUAUUAUCAUUUACCUCAAGUGGGUCUGAGCGCAAAACGAGUUCCCACUGAAUUGGCAUCGUUAAAUUUCUUAGUUCUCUUAGUUCAGUAUUAGUCUUUAACUGUUCUUUUAUAUAGAUUGUGCUUGAAUUUUUGUUUCGACAUGAGGAUUAGUAAGGUAAGGUUCAGAAAAAAACCGUUAAACCAUUCGAUAUAGUGUAAUCAUGCUACAUUUGAGAAGACUCUUCCUCAUAAAGAAAGUGCGCCUCUAUCUGUUUUUGCAAUUUUUCCCGUUGCAAUUUAAAGAUUUAAGGUCUUUACCAACCUUAGCAACAAAGACUGACUGUUGGCUAUAACUUCGGCAUCAUCGGUGUCGGUAGAUAACUGUCGUAGAUAUUCCUCAUCCAGCAAAGUAUCAUCUUCAUUGAGAUGACGAGCGAUUUGCACUUGAAACGUUGUUCUCUACAGUAUAAGUGACUACAUUGUACGAUGACCGGAAAAGCUUCCUCAUAAUUAAAGUAUUUAAGGAUGAUAAAAGGACUCGUGCGCUCAAAUUGUGAUGUUUCCGCUUUUUCGCGGCAAAAUGUCAUAAUCUUUUAUGAUAUGAUCCGAAACAGCCUUUUCAUGACUAAGUGUAAACUUUUUUGAGCGGUUUACACAGUUUCCUGUAGACUUCCUUGUUGGGAAUGCGAUUCGUGUUUCAGUUUGUCGAGGGAUUUGAAAGUAUGUAGGUCCACUUUGAUUAUAUUCCUAUUGGACUAUGAUUAUUCUUAAAGAAAACGACUUACGACGUUCCCUCGUAUCUUAUCAAACUCUAAAGUAAGUUGGAUAAUUCCUCAAGAUUUAAAAGAUCAUAUUCUGAACACCUUCUUAUUCCAUUUAAUCAGCUGUUCGUCUGGUUAAUUCCUUCAAUUCGUCACGUUCCGGUCGGGUUGAAGUACUGUAUAACGGUGUAUGGGCAACCAUUUGUGACUACUCAUGGGACUUAAAAGACGCUGAUGUAGUUUGUCGCCAGCUUGGAUACGAAGGAGCUUUAGCAGCACUUCGUAACUCACCAUUUGGACAUGGAAGUGGCCAGAUAUGGCUGGGUGACGUGCAAUGUAUAGGGAAUGAGACUUCAAUAUUACAAUGCAGUCAAAUAGGAUGGGGAGUUCACAACGGUUAUUGUUGGGGCAGUGAUGAUGCCGGUGUAGUUUGCCGACCCUCAGGUAAGAGGAAGAUGUUUGUAAACAUCACAUAACAAACCUCAUCCAUAGUUUGUUGGUAGUUGUCAGUUUUGUUUUAAUUUUGUGAACAGUGAUAGACGAACAAAUAGAACGUCUUUGAACAGACCUCCUUCCACCUACCCUCUUACCCAUUGUUGAUUUGCUCCUUCCGUGUUCUGUUCAUAACGUUAUUUGUAGUAAAAAAAAAAAUGACGAAAACGUUACCCAUUUUGUUUACAUUCCGUACAACUUCCAGUUAACUCCGGUCCAAUAAACUCCUUACGGUUUAAAACAGAAUUAUGAUCCUCUAAGUUUUCGAAAACUAUUGCUUCUUCUGUUAAAAAAAAAAUGGUUUGGAAAAACUAUACAGUGUAAAGCAAGAGAACUCUUAUUAUCACAUUGCCAACAGUUCGUUUGGUGAGCCCCACAAAUUCACCAACAUCUGGUCGUGUUGAAGUGCUGUUCAAUGGUACCUGGGGAACCAUUUGUGACACCUCGUGGAACUUAAAAGACGCUGAUGUAGUUUGUCAUCAGCUUGGAUAUGAUGGAGCUUUAUCAGCACCUGGUAAUGCAACAUUUGGACAAGGAGCUGGUCAGAUAUGGCUGAAUGAUGUUAAAUGUGUAGGAAAUGAAACAUCAGUAUCACAGUGCAAUCACAGAGGAUGGGGAGUUCACAACUGUGGGCAUCGUGAAGACGCUGGUGUGGUGUGUAGACCCACAGGUAGAGUAACAAUGUCAGCAGUUAUUUUACUUCUAUGUUUUUUAAGCAUGAAAUAUAGCAAAUGAGAAUACGGGAAAGUCGUUACGUAUUUCCGACAACUGCUCAGCGAACCCUUAAACCUCGCGCUGCGAUCCUAUUUCUGUCAAAGUUGGAAAGUGUUACCAUUUCUUGUUAUUUUUUCAAGCGUUUGACUUCAUGACCGUUUUGAUAACCUUUAUCUGUAUUCUGUGUCAUUCUUUUCAUCAAGGCCGUGAGAUAAAUGAUAGCUUGCAUGCAUGAUAGAAAGGGAACAGAAUAUUUGUUUAAUAUGUCAAUGGUGGUCUGGCAAAAAGCGGUCCUCUCGAUUUCCUGACUAAAGAAAGUUUGCCAAAGGAAAGGGUUUGGGGAAAUAAAAGUAAUUCCUUUUUUUCCAAUUUCUUCCUUAUCUUUGCACCAAAAAAGCGAAACUUGAUUUUUGGCUAAAAAGCGUGAGAGAAUGGUAUAAUAUCUUUGUUCAACUGCAAAUCGAACAUCUUGCCUGUCUUCGGUCUCCGUUCUACAGACACCCAAUAUAACUAAUGGCCUUUCACUGAGAGUAUUCCUUUAGGCAAAGUAACAAAGGGAACGCAGUUCACUGGUUAUAUGCUUCAGACACUUCUUUUUAUCUGUAUUCUUUUUUUAAUUCUUACAUGUUGUACAACGUUCUUUAGCGCCAAACGCAAACUCUCGGAUCUUCAAACCAACGAAAAUAAGCCAGCUUGUUAUCUUGUGUGGCGUUGACUAUGCUAAUUAAUCACUUGUACUUAAUGAGCAUGAAAUCAAUUCUGACGAGAGAAGUUAACAUUGGGGUGUCCACUGUUACAUUUGUGUUUCGAUGACCACAUUUCACAAAAAGUGGUCUUUGGUACCCACAGACCCACGUUCAUUAUCCAAAAAACGACUUUCAAGAGAAAUAUCAUUUAUCAUUUUUGUCUCAGAGGGCACGGUAACAAAUCUUGCAAUCUGAUUGGUUCUCUUUCGUGAGUCACCGAGAACAUUCCUAACUCCGUUGCCAUUCGAAAUGAAUUUGUACUAGCAAAUGUGUCAUUAAAUGGGUUGACACGCGACCUAAAACAGAUUUCAGUUAACCUUAGUCUUUCACAAAGAGUAACUCAGAAAGUUAAGGCUGCAAGAUGUUUGUUUAAAAUUAAAUUAAUCAAUGGAACUUUCAUUCAUUUUAUAUCUGAAGUCUCUCAAUCAAUUUUUUUCGUUGUGCGAAGUUUUUAGUCCUACAUCAAAUCCGCUUUCAUUCAUUGCAAGUCGACCUGUUUAAUUUGGCCAUUUUCACUGUAAAUUGCACAAAAAAAACCGAUGAAUUCAACCGAGAAAAAGCUGAAUUAAAUUCCCCUCGGGUCUAGUUUAAAAAUUCCUCAUUUGAUUUAAGUUCAUGAUUUGGUGGAAAAAGGCCUGAUUUACAUGCGCCAUUGCAGCAAACAAACGCGCAAAUUCCCACAACUUCAAAACAUACAUUUGAAUUUGCUUUCAAUUACUUUCCUUGCAAUUUACAGAGGCAUUCUUCGUAAACUAAUCGUCGAUGGAAGUGAAUAAUACUCGUUGUGAAAACAUUAAAUAGUUUUGAAGAAAUAAAUGUCGUGACAGUCAUUGAAGCUGAGUUUGUUUGCCAAACCAGUAGCGUUAUUUUCCAAAAGUUUUUUUUUUCUUACGCGCUCUCUAACUGACAUGUGUCAGAUUCUGACUGAUACUUUUUAAAAAAUGUUAGAAAGUUUCUUUGGAAGCUUACUGAGUCACUUUUUACUGAGUCACUUUUAUCGCUAAACAAAUAGGGAUAUUAAGGUGAAGUCUCUCCCUUUAAUUUGCAUUAUCUCUGUUUUAACUACCAUUUGCUCACUUAAAAAUUGUUCAGUUUAAAGAAGGAUUUUGCCGUUAUUACAGCCCUAAAUCAUUAAUUUUAUUUUGGCUGCAAUUUUUUGAAGUUUUAGAUAAAAAUAAAAACUUUGUUCACCAGCCUAGGUCGGUCCGUAUUGGGAAAAACUUUGCCUUCUGUCUUGAGUACCGCGAGUACUCAAGACCUAGGGCACAGUUUUUCCCAAUACGGAUCAGUUGCUUUGUGGUAUCAUGAAGCCUCGUCAAUACUAAUGCACGAUAAUCGUGUCCAGACGGAAAAAAGUGAUCACCGUCUUAAACCUCCAGAGAGCAACUGUCACGACAUUUAUUUCUUCAAAACUAUUUAAUGUUUUCACAAAGAGUAUUAUUCACUUCCAUCGACGAUUAGUUUACGAAGAAUGCCUCUGUAAAUUGCAAGGAAAGUAAUUGAAAGCAAAUUCAAAUGUAUGUUUUGAAGUUGUGGGUUCUUGAAUUCGUUUUGUUAUUCUUCCCGACUGAAGAUUAACUGAGUUGCUCCUGUUCACCGUAAAACAGCUGUCCGUUUAUUGGAUUCCAACAAUUCGCCAAGUUCUGGUCGUGUUGAAGUGCGGUACCAAGGUGUAUGGGGAACCAUCUGUGACAAUUCAUGGGACUUAAAGGACGCUGAUGUAGUUUGUCGUCAGCUUGGAUACGAAGGAGCCUUGGCAGCACCUCAUAACUCAGCAUUUGGACAAGGAACAGGCCGGAUAUGGUUGGCCAAUGUGGAUUGUGGGGGUAGUGAGACAUCAAUAUCACAAUGCAAUCAUGGAGGAUGGGAAAAUCACAGCUGUUAUCACAGUUCAGAUGCUGGUGUAAUUUGCCGACCCAGAGGUAAGGCUGCCAUUCUCUUCUAAAGCAAAUUAUUUAGAAAAAGAAAACUUUUGUUCUUCUUCCAAUCUUUCUUUUGUUUUUUGGUUUUUGCCAACCGCAAUUUAAUGGUGUAAUAAGUUCACGUAAAACUACGCUUUACUGCAUCUAAUUUCGAAGGGAUUACUGUUGUUGAUUUUCUAUUAACGUGGCUUACCUGUGGCAGACUGCGUGGUCAAAUAUAGAAAUUGGCAACUUCCUUGAGCUUUUUUUAGAAGUAAAGCCCUAUUGGCUGGGGUUAAUCCUCGGAUGGGUGACCGCAUUAACCCGUGCAAUUAACUUUUUUUUCUCGUCUUUUAUUACUCUCCACAUGACACCUGAGUAACUAUAGAAAACGACCAAUGCAUCCGAGGUCAACGCUUUCAGGCGUUCUUUCUGUACUUUCCAUCGAAUGUUUUGGUCAGUAGAGUUACGAGGUUCGCAUUGCCUCGGUUUUCAAAACAAUUAAAUUAAACGAAACCCUACCAUGGAUAACAGCUAACUUAUUUCGACACUCUUAUAUCAACAAUAGUGCGUUUGGUGAGUCCCACCAAUUUACCAAAUUCUGGUCGUGUUGAAGCGUUCUAUAAUGGUACAUGGGGAACCAUCUGUGACAACUCAUGGGAUUUAAAGGACGCUGAUGUAGUUUGUCGCCAGCUUGGAUACGAUAGAGCUUUGACAGCACCUGGUGAUGCAGUAUUUGGACAAGGAACUGGUCAGAUAUGGCUGACUGACGUUCAGUGUGUUGGAGACGAGACAUCGAUAUUUGAAUGCAAUCACGGAGGAUGGGGAAUUCACAACUGUGGGCAUAAUAGUGACGCCAGCGCAGUGUGCCGACUGCCAGGUAAAACAACGGUUCAUAAAGAAUUCGUUCAUGUGUAGCGGGAAGUUUGGAGAGCACGAGAGAAGCGUCAGAGUUGCUCGACACGCAGUCGAAAGCAAUUCUAGCUUCUCUGUAAAAUGUUACGAUUUUAAAACAAAUCUCUUGAACAAAACUUUUGUAUAACUUAAUAUAAUAUUAAUAACAAUAUCUACCGUUCUAAAGAGUCCUCGACGUCGCAAAGCCCGAGUUGAACUCAGACAUUUUUUUUUCAGCCAUAAUUCGUAACACGUUUGGGAAUGAAGUAUCUUUAACUCCAAAGCUAAUUUUGUCGCUUGAAAGAGCUACAUGCUUAUUGUUUUUAGAAACGAGUAUUAGCAUAUUUAAUUAUUAUUUUGAGCUCCAAAAGGUCUUUCUCAAUCAGUAUGGAACAAAAAAAGAAUAUGAAAAUUUAAAAACUCGGGUCACAGUCACUCACCAAUUAGUUACCAGGGCAGAAACAGAUGAGGUUAGUCGGCUAUCGCCAUGACGGUCGGCUGAAUCAAAGAAGGGAAAGAGGCAAAAAAGGACCGGGGGGGUUGCCAUUGCUCAACAGCCUGGAGUUCUCUGACUAAAGUAACCUGGACAAAAAAUAUGAAGCUAUUAUAUGCAUAGAUGAGGACGCUGUAUACUCACCACAAGCUUCCGCCUAUUUGAUAGUUUGUUUGACGGGACUUCAUAGUUGAUGGUGUAAAAUGCUUUCCUUUACUCGAUUAAAACCGACCAGUUAACCGACUAUGUCGUUAAUGUUCGUACAGAUUGCAAAUAAAUAAAUAAAUAAAAACUUUAUUUAAGGAGGGUAACACAUAACAGUAAUUCAACCGAAGAACUAGUGGCCCUCGAUCCUAAAAGUACCAUAAUUAGAGUUAAAAUUGUAUUCGAAGAUUAUAAAUCUGGUCGACAGUUUUUCAUAAAAUAAAAUAUGCCGCUUGGGUCAGGUUAAUUGCAUUCGGACUGAAAUUUUCUACUUCAUCAUAGCUCGUAGAAAAUGUUUGUCAAAGGCCUUUCUGUUGUCGCCUCUUUCUUUAGGUUAAUGGCUUGUUGGCUCCACAGUCUUGUUGCAGAUACGCUAAAGGUCCUCCCUCCCUAGGUUUCGCGAUUGAAACGAGGACAGGCGAGAUUUAAUUUACUAUAACGACCAGUUCGGGAGUGUAGGUGUGCAUGAAAUUUGAGUAGAUCGUACAUAUAAGCAGGACAGCAUCCUUGUUAACGCUUUAAGACUAAAGUACUUUUAUUUAAUUUAACUUCGUCGUAGAAAGGGGAGCCACGAUAAAUUCUUAAAGAGGCGGUGUAGUAAAACGCUAUUCUUUGAGAUAGUUUCUUACACAUGCAGUUCUUCAACAUGAGCAUUAAAGCUUAGAUGUCGGUCAAAGGUAAGCCCUAGGAGUUUCUGACUAUCCAUCUGUUCUAUAUUUGAGUUCCCAAGAUGAAAAUUUAAUGAACCAUCGACGAUCUUACUUGUAAGGUGUUUCCCGGUCACUGAGAGACAUUUCGUCUUAGCGGCGUUCGUAACCAUCUUGUUGGCAGCUGACCACUGGGAAAGGUCUUCUAGGUCUAAAAGGGCUAAUAAGAUGCCAAGAAGUCUAUUUGUCACGUCGGAUGAAAAAUUGAGAGUGGUGCAGCAGUUCAGCACAUCGUUCUACCGUCGGACGGUAGAACGCUGAGCUGCCAAGGGUAGGUCGUUGAUGAUCAGGAGAAAAAUAAUGGGGCUCAGUAUGCUCCCUUGUGGUGCUCCAGCUGUCACAGUUCUUGGAAAGAAAUGACAUCCGUCAAUGACUACGUACUAUUUGCGUCCACUCAGAUAGUUGCGUAGUAAGUCUAGUUCGUGGCCACACAUCCCAGAGACAUUCAGUUUCGUUAGAAGGAGACCGCGGUCUAUGCGGUCAAAUGCUUUCUCGUAGUCAAUAAAUACUACCCCCGUUGCUCUGUUUUUGUCUGAGUCAAGGAGCAGCUGGUCGACUGGUCGAGUAAGGGCGGUCUCGGUGGAGUGGAAUUUACGGAAUCCGUAAUGAAAGUGAUGAAGUAACGCAUUUUCCUCAAGGAAGUGCGAAAUGGGGGUCACUUUACCUACUUUUCCCUUUCUUGGGAAUGUCUGUGUGUCGAUGCAGUACAAUUUAUUAGCUUACGAAGGAAAUCAGCAAUGGCUAGUGGUGUAAUUCUCAGCACUUUGGCACUAACACUAUCCCCACCAAUAGCUUUAUGCGCUGGAACAAAAAGAAGGUCCACAACUGUCUCCUUAGAUAUGUAUGGGAAAUUUAACGUUCCAGACACUUGAUAUGGCGCAGGAGGGGAUGCCUGUUUAGAUAUAGAAUUUCAAGGUCGUCCGCUUCGAGGUCUCCGCGUCUUUUUGCCUCAUAGGAGUUGUUUACAUAGGCUAGAAUUUCACCGUCUGUUCUCGAGACUUUUUUUAUUCCGAAAUUUUCUAAAUUCUGAAGGAAAUCUACUUUAUGUAAUUGACUUUCGAAAAAUGACCUAGCUUUAUAUGUUAGAAAAAUUCUCACGAUGUUGUGAGAAGACCUGCACUAACACCCGUUCAUUAAUCCUUAAUCCUUAGGUCCAUUUCUCCCCCUUUGAUAUUUCACAGCAUAUAAACUGUAAGAAAUAAGAUGAGAUAAGAAUUCAGCGUAUCUCAAUCGGCUGUCACAUCUUAUUUGAUAUAUGUGGGAAAUUUAACGUUCCAGACACUUGAUAUGGCGCAGGAGGGGAUGCCCUCUUCUUAUUUUCUGAUCUCGUCACGACCGGCUACGAUCCAAAUUUGGGUGGACAAGGAUGCUGAAGUCCGAUUCGUUCCGCUCGCAUUGUUUCCAUCUUUGUGAUACUUCUUGACGAUCAGUUUCGUGACUUGAUGUCUUCAAGGAAUAAUUUUCCUUGAAAAUCAGCAUCGUGAGAUAAGAAUUCAGCGUAUCUCAAUCGGCUGUCACAUCUUAUUUGACCUUCUUCAUCUAGUCGGGGUUGUAACGGGAGUGGCUUGCUCUUCUUGGGUAGUUCCACUUUGUUAACAGGCCACACCGAGUCUUCUUGCAACCAAAAGGCCAUUUUUAAAAAAUUAAUCCGCUGGGUUCUUCUCUGUUGGGACAAAUCGCCACUGCCUUGGGUCCGUUUCGGUCUGAAUCUCUCCAACACGAUUUACCACGAACGAUUUGAAUGACUGACUUCGUCCUUUUAUCCACCAUAGCACAUUUACGCUGUCCGACCAGAAAGUGACUUGAUUCAAACUGACACUAAAGGUUCUUGAAAUAGAUUCCAUCAUCCUCAGUCCUAAGACUGCUGCCAUCAAUUCCAAAUCGAGGAAUGCUAGUGGCUGCAAGUGAUACUACUCUUGUCUUUGCCGCAACAACUCUUCUCGUGGUUGUUCCGCUUUUGUAAGUUGUCCUUGAGUAGACAACAGCCCAAUGUGCAUCUUUCGAAGCGUCUACAAAGGUGUAAAACGUUUGUGACAGCAUUUCUUCCCCCUGUCCUUAUCUAAGACUCCGCGAGACCUUAAUGGUGGAUAGAUCCUCCAAUUCGCGAAACUGUGAUCUUACUUUGUUAGCCAUCUAUGUUUGGAGUAAAUUGUCCUAGUCCAUCCCCACGAGCCUCAUUUCUUGAAGAUCUUGGCUCGGAUGAUGAAAGGCGCUAGAAAUCCGAUUGGGUAAAAUGCGUUGGCUAUUUUCUUCAGAAAAUUUCGUUUGGUGAGAGGAAGAUCUUUCUCAGAAGAGUUCGAUCUGAGAGUAAAGACAACUUCUUCUGGUAACUAUGCAACACCUAAUGUCUUCACCAUGGUUGCCCUAGUACUUGCGUAAUGCACCACUGAUGCUCUACUUUCAGUUGGGAUCCUUUUGAGAACUUUGGGAGAAUUUGUGAGCCACUUGUGAACUUGCAUUCCUGCCUUAGACCAAAGCUCGUUUAACUCUUCGCAAAGCCUUACUCCCUGGUCAUCGUUUGCGACCAAAUCCAUGCUGUCGUCCUUAUAAGUCGAUUUCAAAACUGUCUCCGCGCCCAUUGGAAAUUCGUCUCUGAGUUUCUCCGUAUGCGUCUUCACAACAAAUUGGGCUUGGAAUGAAGAAGAGUUAAGGCCAAAGUCAACUCGGUUGAAUUCGUACUCAGUGGGCCUCUCGUCUUGAUUCAGGACUCUCCAAAGGAAAGGCAAGUGUGGUCGAUCUCCUGGAGCGACUUCAAUUCUCAAGUACAUCUCCGGGAUGUCACACAUCAGAGCUACAGGGUUUCUUCGAAAACGGAGCAGAACACUUUUCAGUGCUCUUUGAAUUUUCGGCCCUUGAUGGAUGCGUUAUUUAAAGAGACUCCGUCGCACUUUGCAGAGGGAUCAAAUACGAUCCGUAUCUCCGUUUUUGUUAGUUCUGGCUUCACAUCAGGAAAGUGGGACAAGUAGUACUUCUUAGAUGAAUGCUUUUCUGUAGGGUCUACUUUGCGGAUAUAACCCUUCUUAAAGCACUGGUUGAUGGUCUUUCUGUAAAUCCCUCUCCCAUCUCUGAAUUCUUCAUUAAACGCUUCUUGAUGUUUAGAAAUCGUCUCAGAGCCAUUUUGUAAUUGUCUAGCAAUACAGAUCAGUCAUCUUUCCAGGGAAUCGCCUCUUGAUAUUUGCCUUCGACGCGUGUGAUGGAUUCUUCCAGUUCCUUUACAGCUGAUCUCUCAUCUGGGGUCAAUACUUCUAACACUUUUGAUAUCCCGUAAUCUUCAAAGCAAGCUAUCCACUAACUUUAUCUGACCCUUCUCGGUGCUGUUUAACAAAGUAGAUGUGCGUAAAAUUGGUCAGCAGACUUCCGCUUUUCUGGCCGUCAACGGGUCCCACGCAGGUCCAACCUAAGGGGUUAGCCUGGCUGCUGGUUCGCCUGUGGAUUGGCUGAGGCGAUCACGUGUGAUCUUCCUGUUUUCUCUUCGUUUGGUCCUUGAGAGGAUUACAGAACUACUUGGGUCGUUUCUCUUCCUGGUUUCGGUUCUCUUUGUGUGUUGGUGUUGUUUCAGUCUUCACUAGGUCCUCACGAUUUGUGUCAGUACGGCUCUUGUCAACGUGUAAAAGUCUAUUAUGAGUGUCUCUGCAGUUGUUCAUUCUACAAAUCCUAGUCCUGGUACAUGUUUGUCCGCGAUGGUCAGCUCCUAGAGAAUGAAACAAAAAGCUCAAACGUUUUGCAGUGUCCCAUCUUUGCUGAAUUCCUAGCUUUUUGAGCUUGUUACAUCGCCAAACGCCAUGUGGUCCCUUGCACACUUUUGCAUGGGCGAAAUUUCCGAGUUUCCGACUCUUGAGAAAUCCCGAAGAAUAAUCUCUCGCCACGGGUACGUCUUGAAUCAAUGUUCUUUUUGAAUAAUUAACUCCUCGAAUAGUCUCCGAAGCAACAGUUUGAAAUUCUGCUUCCCGCAAUACAAACUCCUUCAGGGUCUCGACCAAUUCCCAGUGACUGUUUUCAAAAUGCCAGCGAUUGUAUUGGGUGAGCAUCGCCUCGUUCUAUCUUUUGCACAAAUUAAUGUACAAUGUUCCUUUUCCGAGUUCUUCGUAGCGACCAGUCUCUUUAAGGUUUACCACGAUUACGUCCAAAAAAUCUGCAAUUUUUCGAUGUCUCCCGCGUUUCCACGACGGACGGUUUUGAUGUUUUCCAGUUCUUCGAGAUGUAAGGCUAUUUUUCUGCCCUCUCCGCCAAAUUUGUGUUUCAGUCCAGCCAGCUUCGUAACCCGCAGCAGAAUAUCCUAGUGGUUCCACGAUCUUUUUUGCUUCUCUAGAAAAAUGUUGCCGUAACUGAGGCAAUUUAUACUUGUGUGUGGCUGGAUUGCCAUGGAUGCUGCUUUCCAUCCUUUGUAUGCCCUUUUGUAACCGUUAAGACGGGAAUAGAACCACGCUUUAAUUGAUUCCACAUGUCUUGUCCCAGUCUCCGUUUUUCGUGCAGUUCUUUGAUUUCAACACCUUCGACUUCCUCGUCAAUUAAGCGUUCUUUAUACUUUUGGUCUUAGUCCCGAAGGGAGAUUAAAGUAUUUAAAAUGAUUGAGACACUAAACACUUUAAUCUCCCUAAUCACUCUACACAGCAUAUGGCAAUUUGCGGCCUACCCCUACGUCUAGACAGUUCGGAAAGCCGCUAAACUCUAGAGCAAAAAUUUAUCUUCCAAAUCGACACUCUUAAUCCCAACGGUAUCAACGAGCGCUCUUCAUUCAAUUAAUUUAUUCUUGUUUUCUGGUCACCAUAUUCCCACCCGACAGGCCUUUUCACACUCCAGCCUUUACUCUUGAGACUUAAUCUCGUCCUUUACAAUUAGCUUACUUUUCUUUUCGAUGCUUUUUUCAACAUGGCGUCGAUGAAUGUUCAAUGAAGCGUCCGUUGCCAAGCUCGAUAACUCAUCCUUUCGACCGUCCAAAAAUACUUGCACUCUAUCGUUCACAUCUGAAAUUCCGUUUCUAGUUUGUCCAUUUCUUCGUCGACUUUCCUUUGACUUUAAACGUCUUCUUCAUCAACCAUGUUAAGCACUUUGUUUUUACGCGUGUAAAGGCGUACUUCUGUGUGGCUUUUUCCUGAUAUUGAUUCUGCAGUCUUUCUUCGACGUCCUCUUGAAAUGUUUCCUCGCUGCCGUCCUCCAAGGAAUCUUCGCUCGCUGACAUGACCUUUUAGAAAAGCUCGCUUUGCUACCAGAAAAUGUUCUCAAAACGAAAUUGUUCUCAAAACGAAAUCUACUUAAUCUUCUUGGCCUUCGAAAAAUGACCCGGUUUUAUAUGGUAGAAAAAUUCUCACCAUGUUGUGAGAAUACUUGCACUAACACCCGUUCAUUAAUCCUUUUGUCCACCGCCUGACUUUCCUCUCGAUGAAGCUGAAAAUCCAUGAAUACCAUAGAAGGAAUCAGGUAUUUUGUGAGAGCAAAAGGUAUCCGAUAGGAUCACAAUAUCCAGUCUGUCCUGGUAAUUGCUCGGUCGUCUUAACAUUGCUCGGAUCUCCUCUAGCUUACUAUCUAUCAGGUGCUGUACAUUCCAUUAACAAAUAUGCUGACCGUUUAAGCUCUGAGCUUGACCGGGACCAGGCUGAAUCUCUACAUCAUUAGCCAGCUGAACGAGUAAUAACAAGAUAGAGAUAUUGAGCAUUAGUCGGUAACCGAGGAGAACUCGCGUAGAGUUUGAAACGAGUCCAUUAGAUCUCGUCGCACUGGAGUUUCGUGUUUGAUAGCCAUAAGUCUCUAUUCUUGGUCUAGAGAAAAUGCUUGAAGUGUAGAAUGCUUGGCUUUGAUGUUGCUUAGAUUUCUGAGAGCUGUAGUUAAUAGAACAGAGGUAAAAAAUACAAUAUAAUGCAGACUGAACGGUGAGCUCAAAGACCACGACCACCCACCAUCUUUUUUUUUGUAUCGGCAAAGCAACUAACGACCGAUUUAGUGAAUUGAAAUUUUUGGAAAACGUAUUGGUAAGAGCUAAGAAAUCAGUGAAACUGGAGAUAAUGGUUUUGGAAAUCAAGAAACUGCCGAAAACCUAGAGAUUUAUAUGUCAUUCACCAGCCGGGAGGCCUGUAUUGGGAAAUACUGUGCCCGACGUCUUAAUACUCGAGACAGAGGGCAUAGUUUUCCCAAUACGGACUAACUUAGGCUGAUGAACAACAUCUUUAUUUUUUCUAAAAUUUGAAAUGCUUGCUAAACAAAACAUAACGCUUAACAAAGGAACCCAAAUUAUUUAGGGUUGUUAAUACAGUAAGAUCCUCCAUAAACUGAACAAUUCCAGUUUUCCUCCCAAUUGCGAGUAGAUGGCAGGGAAAACAGUAAUAAUGCAAAUUAAAGAGAGAAGCCUCUACAAAACAUUUUUAUUUGGGUAAUAAUAGAGGUUUUUUUAUAGACUCCUGAGCAAACUUUCAAAAAUUUUUUUACAAAAGUCUGUCACAAUCUUACACCUGUCAAUUGGAGACGGUUUUAAGCUGCGUGUCUUUAGGCGACCAAACUGUUUUGAGGGGGAAAGAGAGGGAGAGAGAGAGAAGAGGGGAAAAGAGGCUUAAAAAUACUGCCCAGUCGAUAACACAAAAGAUAUUUUAGGAAAAUGGCAACGAAGCUAGGGAUGGACUCGGCGACUCACGAAAGCGUUAUUGGUGUUCAAUAUAACCAACGAACAGAUUGGCGAAGCUGGGUCCCAUUUUGAUGCCCAUAGCUUCACUAUGAGUUUGCUUGUAAAAGUUGCCCCGAAUGAAAAGCAAUUGGUCAUGAGUGUUAACACUAGUUCAGCUAAGAGGAGUUAUGUUUCUGAGCUAGGUUCCUUAACAGUAGGUUUAUCGUAAAAAUGUUUGGGGGCCAGGACACCUUCGCCAUUGGGAAUGACGGUACAAAGAGAUUUAAUUUUGUGUUCGCCUUAGAAAUCGAAAUCGCGAAAGAUCGUGUCGGUUGUCUUUCGUGUGAUAAUUUGACGAUGGGUGCUAUAACAUUGUUUAAAUAGCUAGAAAUAAGUUAGGAGGGACAACUUCAAGAAUGACAAUGGGUUGGUCUUGGCUGUUAGAUUUGUGGAUCUUAGAUAAAAAGUAACUACACAAAGUUUUUAGGAGUGGCGACGGUGAGAAUUUUUGCUUUUGCAGAAGCAGGCGGCUCCUGUUUUGUUAUAAGAUCUCUCUUGGUUCCUGAAAAAAUCUAAUUUGAAAUCGGGCGACAAAAAAUAUUUCGGUUGUUCUCACGCACCGAGAUGUCUCAACAAAAAAUAUUUCGAAUUUCGUAAAAGCAUUCUACAGUUUGGUGCAGUAGCAUCUGACGAAUACUCUGUCCAAGUUUCACCAAAAUUCCACAAAGGUAAUUCGCGUAAAAACCAACUUCGAGUUAAUGGCUUCCAUGAAAUUCACAGCUUUUCUCAACUGAUUUAGCACGCAUCAAUGCGGUCAUGCCGCCAACCAAUGAAACGCUACCUCGCCAGAAAAACAAAAUUUAAUACUAAAAUGAAGGCAAAAACUUUAUUGGUAAAAACAAAGAGGAAGGUUAGCCUAUUUUCGCUCAGUCAAAAUCUUUUACCUUUGAUAUCAACGGUCCAGGCUUUCUCUUAGAUUUUUCCCAUACCAGCUUUUCACUUCUUGACUAUUUCAUGACGACUAUUAUUUUCAAUGUUUUGAGAAAAGAUAAUAGUGAACCACGUGACAAGUCCUCAACUAUGAAUUAUGAAUUUAAAAAAAUACAUACAUGUAUCAUACGAAGGGGUAAACUGUCCGUUUACAUCUCGUAACUAUCACAAAAAUAUGAAGUGCAAUUGAAAAUGUUCCCUGAUUAACAUUAUUCCUCCAUAUACCUAAAAUAGAAUAUUCACGUUUAUAAUUUUUUUGACAGUUAACUUUUUAUUAUCUUGAAACAGCUGUACGUUUAGUGAAUUCUUAUUUACCGAGUUCUGGUCGAGUUGAAGUGCUGUACAAUGGUACAUGGGGAACCAUUUGUCACCACCAUUGGGACUUGCAAAAUGCUGAUGUAGUCUGUCGCCAGCUUGGAUUCGCGGGCGCAUUAGUGGCAACGUUUAGCGCAGAAUUUGGAGAAGGAACUGGUCAGAUAUGGCUGGAUGAUAUGCAAUGUAAAGGAGAUGAGACAUCAAUAUCACAAUGCGCUCACUCAGGUUGGGGAGUUCACAACUGUUGGCACUCUUCGGACGCUGGAGUAGUUUGCCAACCUGCAGGUGAGACGAUGAUACCCCUACACAAUGGAUUAUUCAAAGUAAACAAACCCUUUUAUUAAAAUGCUGCAAGUGUGUGUGGGUGACGCUAUAGGUAAUAAACCAACGCUAGGAAAAGUUCAAUUAAAACCAUCCAUAGCAGGAAGUUUAGGUCUGCGGUUCCUGAUUUGUUUAAACUUCAUCAGAAAUUACACUUUGAAAAAUUUUAAGGGGAUUCAUUUCAUUUGGACAUACAUCACAUACCCCGGUUAAGUAUUAUUUCCACUUCAACCAGAGAUAUUUUGGCGGACUCUUACGAAGUGAAACAAGCUAACUUAUACUUUCAAUUGGGCAACAGUUCGUUUGGUGAGCCCCACCAAUUCGCCGUCUUCUGGUCGUGUUGAAGUGCUGCACAAUGGUACAUGGGGAACCAUCUGUGACAACUCAUGGGACUUAAACGACGCUGAUGUAGUCUGCCAUCAGCUUGGAUACAGUGGAGCUUUAUCAGCGCCUGGUGAUGCAGCAUUUGGGUUGGGAACAAUUCAGAUAUGGCUGGAUGACCUGCAGUGUGUAGGGGAUGAGACGUCAAUAUCAGAAUGCAGUCACAGAGGAUGGGGAGUUCACAGUUGUGGGCAUAGUAAAGACGCUGGCGUUGUGUGCCAUCCUUUAGGUAAUUGAUUAUUAUGAUAUAUGAACUCCCCCUUGACAAAUGAAUGGCUUACAGAAUGUGUUGACUUUUCGAUGGUAAAAAUGAACGGGAAACCCUCACGGAUGAACUGCAAUAGGACCAUAGGGGAGCCUGUAGAAAAAGAAGCCUUAUAUAAUUAAGGCUUGGGGUAUGAUUCGAAAAUUUGCCUCGUAGAUACUUAUUGGGUUUAACCACUCGUGGGUUACAACUAUCGAACGAUAGACAAUUUUAAAGCGCAUAGUUUUAAUAUUUGGUGUAUCAUUUCGCAAAGUUGUUUGAAAGGCACAUCCAGUUCGGAACCUUCCUAAAGUUUCAGGUGGCUUUGAAGUAUUUGUGAAGAGAUUUUAAAAUUUGAUUAAAGUAUAUAAUUAUGUGACAUACAGAUAAUGGCGGUUCAGGAAUAAGACACUAGGUCUCCAAACUCGUUUUUUGAGUCUCAGGCGCAUAUGAGUCAAAUCCAGGGUGCUUCUAAGAGGUUGAGAUGUUUACAUAAAAGUAAUCAAGUUACAGUCAGAAAAAAAUGGGAUAUUUAAUUUGAAAUUAGUUUCGAGGUAGCCUUCAUAAAAAAAAUAUAGUAGUAUCAUCGAAGAGUUCACAUUUAGAAAUAACGAAACCAAUUUGAGCCACCUGAAAUAAACUCUGCUUAGGAGUGAGUUCAAGUUCAGAAGCAAAAUAGCUAUAGACCGAUGAAAAGUGAAUUCGUCAUCCUUGAUACCAAUGAUAAUAAUCAUACGUAUACAUGGUGCAUAAUUCUAUACGAAUAUCUUCUGUUGUGCAUUAGUUACAAAAAAUCCCCUGUGAAAUUCAAAAUGAAUUUCAGGGUCAUUGGCACCCGCAUGUGCACUCAGCCCCUCUUUCAACCGUUACUCUUGCAUGCCAUGAUGUCCAGUAGCCGUCUUGUCAUCUUGAACUGUGCUAUUGCCGUCGUUUGCUGAAAGGGCAAUCUUGUUUAUUGUGUUAGUGAAGAUCUGACUUCGUAUCACGUGAUUCCUCUUAAAAACUUGUUUAAACACGUUUCAGGGUUUCUUGAGAUUGUCAUGCCACAGGAUCAGCAUCAAUGCUGUAUCUUGUUAUGAAGAUGUUGUGAAAAUAAUCUCCGUCUUGUUUUCAAAAAUAUCCUCAUAAAUAAUGAUCAUCUGUAUUAAUUCCUCUUUCAGUUAAGUUGAGACGCUUUUUUCCGUUACAGCAGAAAGAAGUGUUUACUUCACUCUUCCUUCUGCUGGGUUUGCCCUUUUAUUGAAACUUGGUUCAAUAUCAAUGAAAUCUUAUCUAAAACCCUCUCCUCUCUGAAUUCUGAAUAUUUUUUUGUUUUCUCCAACGACAAUGAAUGGUGCACUUUGUCUUGAUUUUGGUCUUGUCUCUCCAAUAACAUCUCUAUCUUUUUCAAGAGAAAGAAAAAGAAAACUUAAAGGUCUCCAAUGAAGCUGUUUCUUGUAUAUAUUGCUGUUCUAUUUGAACUCCAUUUAUUUAUAUUAGUAACACUCAAGACACUCACGGUAUGAGGAAGAUGAUCAUUACAAUGAUUAAAUUUUUAUAAAAGGAAGAUCGAAUCGCCAAUUUUAGGGAAAAAGAAAAAGUGUCUUUCGUUGUUUGAUGAAGUGGAUAUUUUGGUCUGAGUGAAAUUGUAUUGCUUUGUGUUGUAUGGUUGCUCAAUCCUGACUGGUCGAAAGCAUAAACACUGAAGUAAUAAUAACGAAGUUCUUCACUGUCUGAGUUUUGGUUUUUGUGAUACCAGCAUUUUUCCUUUUCUUUGACGAAUGCCUUGGUAAAGAGAUUUCUGUUUGCACAUUUUGACAAAAAAAAAAUGAAAAGAUUGUUUCUAUUUUUCGUUAUCUACAUACUUCUUGUUUGCAGCGUCUUCGUUUUCAGUUGGAUAGGCAAGAUCAAACCAAUCGAACUUUAACGAUACCAUUAUUCUCUUACAUGUCCCCUUAUUGGGAUUUUUUUUCUCUAAGGUGAGAGGUUCGGCAGCCUUGAAUCUACUUGCAACAUCAACAAUUGUCCAUGCAUGCCUAUAGACCUUCCUCACUCUUGGGUGUCUGUGAUGAGGAAGGAAAAAAAAAUUCAGAUUGAUGAGCUGUAUUCGAGAAUAGCCUCGAGGCAGGCAAAUAAAUCUACCAGAUGGCUAACUUCAUCGGCCAAAGCUUUGCAACAUCCUCAGACAUUCUGCCUUCUUUAGGCAACUUCUUAAAUUCAUCGGCCAAAGCUUUGCAACAUCCUCAGACAUUCUGCCUUCUUUAGACAACUUCUUAAAUGAAGGCAAUUCCUUCCAUAAGCCUUUUGAGCUAUAAUAAACUCUUGAAAUCUUUCUUCCCAUUUUAUUUGUGGAUUCACAAAAAACUACUGACAGCCAAUCCCAGACCAAAGCUCCAGCCUCAACUUAGAUCACUCCACCUUGCUUUUGUUGUGGUCUAGGCUUGUAGAAUUCAGAAAACUGUGGCUCAAGAUCUUGAUUAUGUGCCUUGUUUUCUAGCUUAAAAGCCUAAUCCGUAUCAGUAAAAUAAUGCUUUUCCUGUGCCUUGACACGGUCAUUAGCUGCAAUCCAAUCGAGGAGCCUUGUUCAAUUCUCUUUAAGCUUCUCAAAGACCACCUGAUACUUCUCCAUAGCGAUAUCAUGUCUCUCCUUCUCCUCUUAACGAUAUUCUGGUCUUCACUCAAAUACUUUGCGAAAUAGCUUCCACCAACAAAGGCAAUCGCAUUGAUGAGCGCUCCUGCAACGACUAUUACUAUUCUUGCCAUAUAUCUUAAAAGAAAAUCAUUCUUUUGACUCAAGGAGAGCUUUUCAAUAUAGCUCAUAAAAAUCUUGACGAAGCCGCCCUUCUCUUUCCAAGAUGUAAAGUGUGAAGGCAGCUUCACGAAGCAAGAAGAUAGCACCAAACUUCAAGAUCUUCUUUGUAAAUUCAUUGACCAUUUUUGAGAAGGUAACAUCUUUUGCAAGAAAAGCGGUUUCGACCACUUCACGCAGUUCAUGAGAUUAGAAACUUUCCUAGAAAUCCAUCCGAUUAUAGUUGCAGCAUUAGUCACUGUUUUUACCAGCUUAUUAUCAGACAGUUAUUUUACUUAGCAAACAAAAAAGAGUCCACUGGUUUUACUCUUUCUUGAAUCUGUGAUUGUGUUGGUUGAGGGCUUUGAGGCUGUAGUUCUGGUUUUCUACUGAGAGCCAUCACCUCUUUCCUUUGAUUGCAGAGUCCAGCCAGAUCCUGUCUUCUUUUCCUUUUCUCAGCUGCAACCCCCCUGUGUCCUUUGGUUCUGUUUUGUUCUCGGCUAAGGCCACCUUUUGAGCUACUGGUUCUCCUUCAGUCUUGAGUUCUUCACCAUCCAUUUUAUAUUUUGAAAAAUAAUUUUGAAGUUCUUACACAAGAACGUACACAAGCACUUACUCAAGUUCCUACCCAACACCUGACACAAGUAUUUACUCAAGUUCCUAUCAAGUCAUGAUAAGAAAUUGAUCAGCCUCUUUACAAGGCUACUAUCUUCUGAAGCUGAUUCCUUCACAAAAUCAACAUCCUUGGCGGUCAGAAGAACAGUACUUGCAAUUGUCAUGUACUUUCCGUACCUUAGACUCAAUCCACCAGCAAUCAUUUCAAGUUCUCUCUUAACCAUGAAGUUAUCGUUCAAAUCCUUCAGAAGCUUUCUUUCAUCAAGAGGAAGAAGACUUGACAAUGCUUUGCAUGAGAGCUCGAGAACCGUUCCACGAUGGCUUCGCAACUUUUUGUUGAGAAGGAAGUCUCAUAUCUUUUGAAGUACUUCUCAACGACUUUUUCGGAAAGCUUCUUGACUUGAUCCCGAGUGAGAGAUAAAUCAAUCGUUUCAUUCGCUUUACCACUUGCAACGGGAAUUGCAAGCUGCUCUCAAUGAUCCGAAUCAUUUGUGGCUUCAGCCUCGAGAAUACUUGUAACAUCUUAUGUGGCUUCUUGUUCGGCCGUAUCACCUUCUAAAGAAGUCACAUGUUAAAUUUCAAAAUCAAUAUUGAAGGGGUUACCAAGUGAAAAGAUGAUAGAUAAAUAUUUCGCUCCAGUGAGCUUUGCUCUUAAUUCCAUCUGUUCAUUAUUCGUCAACUCACUCGCAUAACUCUCUAAUAUGAUCUUUAUGUUCUCUCUGAAUGGUUUUGCGAUACUUGUCAUCUGCUGAUGACAAGGAGGACCGAAAUAUUUAUUCCCUCAUGUCUGGCGCCGAAUGCCAAGUUAAAGAGUUCAUUCGUCCUGUGCUUCGCAUCUAUUAAGGCAGCACAGUCAUCGAGAUUGAUCAGUGUAUUAGUUCCUCCGAAUGCUCAGAUGAUCUUGAGACAAUCAUCGAUCUCGUCUUGGAGUGGAGUCAAGACAAAGAAGUCCUUAUAACUUCCUGCAAAACCAUCAUAUGAAAUGUUGUGGAUAAAUGUCGGGAAAUUAUGAAGAAAUAAUCAACCAUUCCUCGGAAGGCGCUGCUCAACAGGUUUACCAAGUAUCUCGUAUGUCCUGAAUUGUAGGUCUGACUGUUAAUGAAGUGAAUGGAAUAUCAUCAGGAUUCAAAUUGUAUUACAUUUGAAGAUUUGAUUGAAUAGUGUCUUUGAGAGAAAGAGCUUAUUUCAUAUUUUACUAUUAUUCUCUUAUCGUUGUUAGCACUCAAAGCUAUCUUUUUGAUAGUUUCAGUGAAGAUUUUAUGCUUAUGUGAUCCGACUAUAUUCAACUUUCUCAUUCGCAUAGUUCCGUUGAAUAAACCCUCCCUAUUGUCUUCAUGAGAAAUAUUCUUUUUUAUCAAAUGUUCUUUACCCCUUUACACUUCUUCUCCUCUUUUCCCUCAAGCAUCUUGGAACUGUAAAUCUCUGCUCUCAACCAAAAGAAAUCUUCACUGAUCUUUCCCCCAGCUUCAUCUUUCAUUAUGCCCACAACCUUCUGGUUGCAUCCGGUUAGAAUACCAGAAGGGUGAUCUUUAGGGUAGUUUCCUGUUUCAAACUUGUCUUUCACAUCGUAGUUGAUGUCUUUCAAGAAGUCAUCGCUUUCAAUCUCUUAAGCAAGUCCGUCAGUAUCUGUGGAGAGCAGCUUUGCACGAUCUCCAUAUUUAGAUUUGAUCAAGUUGCGGUGAAACUCGCACAUCAACAUUUCGCUAAUAUCGAGGAUGCUCAUUCCGCAAAAGACAGGCUUAUUGAAUACUUCGUUCGCUUCACAUGGAUUUCAAAGACAUUUUCAUCGAAUAUGGUCAAUCGCUUGAAGUUUGGUUUUGCUUCAAGUUUCAAUGCCUUCAUGCGGUUUUUUACUUAUCUCACAUCCACGUGAUUCCUGGUGUUUUCCAUCGUCUUUCCAAAGACAGAGAUAUUCAUAGGCUUGAAGAAAUCCUUUUUGAAGCAAUUUUUUUCAUUCGCGCGCAACCUCGUGUUGAACUCGGUGUGGCUUUCUACCCAAGGCUCCUCUUUGAAGAUUAUUCCUCUGUAAAUCUUUUCUAUCUUCAAACCGCGAUCAAGAUAUUCUUUGCAGUUCUUAUGGUGAAUGAUAUACCUCUGUUUGUAAUUGAGAUCCUGAUUCAGCUUCUCUACCCUAUUGAUUAAAAGCCUAUCAUGAGCAAGUAGGAAGUCGUUAUGCAAGUCAUGAAGCUCUUUUAGACAUUCAAGGUCCAACUCAAGAAUGCAAGCAACAUCUCUACAAUUUUCAAGUUCAAGGUCAAUCAUCCACUUGAAAUAUCCAACAGGAAGAGAGUAACACAUUGCCCAUCCGUAUAAAUAAUUCGCACAAAGAUAGAAGAUGUAUUUCGUUGGCUUUGCAUCAUCACAUAUCAAAUCACCCGUAUAUGUGUUGUUUGCCCUUUCAUAGUGGUUUGAGAUCACUGAGACCCCUCCCGGAACUCCUUAUUUAAUCAUCAAUUAAACUGUUAACUUUUCUUUGCUUGAGAAGUGGUUCAGAUACCUGAGGCAAUGUUCUUUUGCUUUCUUAUCCUUGGAGGUUUGACUUGGGAGUAACUGUCCAUGUCACUUAUCAGGCAUUAGUGCUUCAUUUCACUAUCUGAUAUGAGAAGAAUGUUGACCUUUUGCCUACUAUUUUCCUUCUUGCCAACACUCUCAAUUCUAAAUUGUCUCAUGAAAUCUCUCAAUCCGCUGCCUGGUUGACUAAUUCUGCGUUGAUUGCUUUUAUCACUUAUCUUUUUUAUUUCUCCUUAUCGUUCCUCGUCAUCUGAUGACUACAUAGUUAUUUUGUAGAAUUAAGGCGGAAUGGACAAUCUAAUCAAAAAUAAAGUAAGAGAUCAACACUAUCUGUAAGGUACCUUAUUAAAAAGCCAAACUUAAAAAAAUAGGUGCUAAUAGGAGCUAAAAAUCCAUUCUACUGGUUGUGAACAUAGACAAAACGAUUCAGCAGCAGGACACCUCAAAUAACUUCUUAAUUCUACGAAUGCAAUAAAAGUGAUAGACAGCAAAUGAACAAGUCCUUUGGAUAUGGCUUAACCAUUUCAAAACAGAGCAGAUUUUCAGGUUUCAAUCCCCGAUUACAAUUAGCAGUGCGCUGCUCAAACAUCUUGCUCUACAUCUGAAGUGACUACAUCAUGCAAUAAGCGACAAUAGUGAACAACAGCAACCUAUUUAGGAGUUAAGGCAUUGAAGGGCUUGAAUUCCGAUAUUUCUCCUUUCUCUGUGUUGAAUUUUCGCGGGGCACUGCAUAGUAAAUACGAAUCAUAGUAUCAUAGUCAUUGUUGGGUUAGGACAUUUUUAUAGUUUGCAGUUUGUGCUUUUUUAAAAUUCCUACCGGGAGAACGUUGAAAAGAACAGUUAUGACAUAGGACGUUUUUUGGGGCGCGCUUCCACCCUAAGAAAAUUUUUUUUUUGUUUCAAUCGUCCCAAUUUCUUACCAGGAAGACAAAAUUUCAUUUGCUAGCUCUGCGUUAAUAGUUUGUUACUAUUUUCAUUCUAACAGUUAUUCGUUUGGUGAACCCUUACAAUUUCUUACGUUCUGGUCGUGUUGAGGUGCUGCACAAUGAUACAUGGCUAACCGUUUGUGGCUCUCAUCACUGGGAUUUACGAAACGCUAACGUAGUUUGUCGCCAGCUUGGAUACGAUGGAGCCUUACAAUCAUCGCGUUAUACAGAAUUUGGACGACGAACUGGCCAGGCAUGGUUGAAAUAUCUGGAUUGUACAGGAAACGAGACAUUAGUAUCACAAUGUCCUCUGAGAUGGAGAACCCGUCGUUGCUGGGACUAUUAUAAUGCUGGCGUGGUGUGCCAACCUACAGGUAAGACAGCUAUAAAACUAUACAGUACAUUGAUCAAAAAUUAAUAGUAACCUUUUGGCCCACUCACAUUUUGUUAAUUGCCCCUUCAUUUUGGUUUAAGCAACGAUAUUUGCACUGAAUCAACGUGAAAAUGUUAAUGCGACGAAAAUUACAUUAAGAAAGCUAUUUGAUAAACGUUAUAUUGAAUUUGUCGAAUUAACCCUUUUUUUGUAUUGUGUAAUAACUUCCUUAUUAACCGACCGUGAGGACCGAGGUCGUAUUCCUUGGUCGUGGCAGGAAGGACCAUAAGAAGCUUCUUAUAGUGGAUCUUACAGUGUGCGCAUCGUGGCCCCAUCAGUUGUCAAAGUGGUAGUAACCCAUCAAGCUGAUAAAAUUUGUUGACCUUAUGACCAUACUUACGGGGUGCUACUUUUAACAUGUGCAUUUCUACACCAUAGGUUUACGUUUUUAUAAGCAGGCGAGUCUGUAGCCUGACGUUCUUUGAUUGAAUUGUGUGAAUAUACUAUUUCGCUGAAGUUACCUUAAAUAUAAUGAUAUUUGGGUGGCGUUUAAAUACUCAGGCUCAGGCGUUCAAUUGUGUUAUUCUUACAAAUGCUGAUAUCCAUUCCUCGACAUAUGCAAUUUUUCACAAAAUAUAUGAGUUUUGCCUGGUGGGAAUCUGGAAAAGGAAUUAUUCUCCUGACAAGGCCAUAAAUUAUAGAGCGUCCCCAUCUUUUGAUCCGUGUGUUUAAUUUGACCUGCCUCAGACCCUUUAAUCCGUAGGGACAACGAGAUUUAGGGUUGCUGUUAUGUAUUUUGACGAACGAAGUUUAAAUCCACUAAAGGCUAAAAAGAGCUUGACUUCCCGCCAAACUCUAUACAAUUAAUGACUGGUCCCUAAACUCCCAUUAAUAAAUUCUUUAACAGCCAAUGAGGAAUUCUGAAAAAGUGAAGGGCUAACUAGAGCUUCACUUUAGGCUUGCUUAAUCUGUAUAUCACUAAGAAUAAACUUAUUUAUUUUGAAUUUGUCGGCUUUCUCGACAAAAUACAUGGCUUUCACCGAUUCCGUGGAAACAGUUCGAAUGGCAAAAAACGGAGCAACUAGGAACCAAUCAGAACACCCGAAGUGUCGGCAAGCUUCGCGGAAGGUGUGGGUCACAAGAAGCAAAUGACGAGUUAAUAAGUAUUGACGGACCUGUACGGCUCCUGCCGUUCGCAAGCGAUUUUAAACUUCUGUCUUCAGAGAUUCCCUCUAAAAAGGAUAUAUCUUAAUGAUUUUCCUUUGAAAUGUGAUUAAGUACGUUGGUUUUGAAUGGUGUGCCAUUUCCCUUUCAGUAAAAAUUCUUGAUGUUCACUGAAAAAAUUUUCUGUGUGCUACUUUCUUCGUUUUUACCUACCUUUUUAUCUACCGGAACAGAUAAUUCCAGACAUAGCAGGGUAAUUUAGUGUUAUCAACAGAGUCGAAAAAGCAAGUUGGCCACAGUAAAGAGUUAAAAGGCUGAAGCUUCGAGCGUUAGCCCUUCAUCAGAAUAAUGGGAGGAACGAUGGGUUGUGUGUGGGUUUAGAUGCAGAAAAUGGAGCUACGCUAUUGGUGGGAAUGUAGGGAAGAAAAAACAAGAAUAAAUUAGUUGAAUAGGAAGCGCUCGUUGAUACCUUGGGGAUUAAGAGUCCUGAUUAUAGAUAAAGAUAAGAUAAAUUUUUGCUCUUGAGUUUUGCGGCUUUCCGAACGGCCUAGAUUUAAUAAAAGCUGCAAACUGCCAUAUGCUGUUUAGAAUGAUUAGAGAGAUUUAAGUGUCCAGCAACUGGUUUGGAUGCUUCCUUGUUAUUUCUUUCUACGUCGCGAAGGUGUUCUUGGAAUUGGUCACUUAGUCGACUUCCUGUUUCACCAAUGAAUAACUUUUUGUAAUAAGUGCAAGUUAUGCAGUAAACGACAAUGGCGGAGGUGCACGUAAAGUGACCAGUAAUCUUAAUGGAUCUCUUGGGUUCCGACAUUUUCUCUACGUUAUGAAUAAAAGGACAAGUUUUGCAUCGUGAGCGAGCGCAUUUGAAAGUUUCAGAUUGGUCAUUGGUUUGAAAUGAACUUCUGACCAAAAAGUUCCCUGAGUUUUUGUCACGUUUGAAUGAAAUCACUAGAGGUUGCGAAAAGAUAGUGCCAGUCUCUGGAUCGUUUCGGGGUAAUUUAAAGUUUUGAAGAAUGAUAGAUUUAACUGCAUGGUUGUGAGGGUGAAAUGUGAGAGUGAAUGGAAUGCUAUAAGUAUUUUCCUUCUCAGCCGUCUGUAAUGCUGACUAUCGAUCGAUUUGUUAGGCACGGUGGUGGCCCUCUUGAUAGACAGAGACAGGAUAGCCACGUUUAUCGAAAAACUAGCACAUUGCCUCUGAUUUUUCAGAGUUAUCAAGUCUACUUGCUUGAGUUCCUUCCGAAAGCUUGAGAGAUUUUUUUUGUAAUUGAAUUUUUUUUCAAGCUGUUAUUCUGUCCAAAAGCGGUAACUCCCUUUUGGCGUUCUGAAAAUAGGAAAAUUUCUUUGCAGUUUGCAUCGUAGCGGAAAUAUUGUUCACUGAUCGUGAUAGAGGUUUCUACUAGACAUAAGAGAUUCAGUGGCCAGAGUCUAUUUCCAUUGAAGUUCCUAUAGGCGCUAGUUUGCGAAAAAUAUCGCCGAAAGUCCAUCAUUUCGGGUCGCAUUGCACUUCGAGAAUCGAUCAGUUAAAAAGGUGUGUUGUGUUUUUAUUGUAGAACUCCUUUCUCUGCCUGACCUCUUUCCUCUUCUUUUUACUGUUUGAAGUGCCUUCCAAAUCGACACAUAAAGUUGCAUAUUCACACGAGUUACACUUAUUCUACUUGACCUACAUGUAACUCAUUACAUAAAGUGUCUGCUCUUUGCUUUCUAGCACACUUUAGCGCCGAUAGGCAAAACAUUGUCAGAUGGCUUCCUCCAAUAUGACUCGAUAACAACCUUCACAGGCGUGAAUUGGUAACGCGUUUAUUUAAACAAACACCGACGCCCCGAAAAAACUUCAGUUCGCUUUUUCUUGUUACAAAGUGUUUUGGUUUGAAUUCUGGUCUUUGAAGAGUCUGUUCUCUGCUGGUAAUCGAUCGAUUUUCGUAAAAUUUGGAGAUAACCACGGAAAGACCCUGACCCUUUAUAAUAAGUAUUCAUCCAAAAAUGGAAUCAUGGGCAAUUGAUUUCUGAGGCUGCUUCUUAAAACAGAACAUGCAUUGACCAGGUAUCUAUAAGUUUGAAUGACGAAGCUGUUGAAUCUCAAUUUCCUGAUUACAAUCUUGUUGGUGUGAUACUGCGAGAACUUAUAAUGUUUUGAUUGAUGUUUUCCCUUAAAAUAAAAUUAAAAUGUGUUAACUAAUGUGAAAAAGGAGCAUUUAUAAAAAUAAUUCGAGAAUUGUUUUUAUAGAAGAUUUCUCAAAAAUGACUUCUUGUUUUAGGUUUGCUUAGUGUAUAAUUUGAAAGGAUAGCUGGUUUAUGGUCGUUUAUGAUUUAGUAAUUGAUAUCAUUAUUGUAUUUUGAGAGUUAGAAUUAUUGAUACUGAAAAAAUUCUGAUGUUAUUUUUCUUAAAUGUUCCUAAUAAUAUGCAACUAUAACAUGAUUUUGAGAAAAAAUAUAACUAUUUCUUAUUUUUCUUUUGUAGUUCACAUAGUGUUCACAACAUGUGCGACACCAUAAAACAGAUUGAAUAAAAGUUUAGUUAAAUAUAUUUUAAAAUUGAGGUUCAGAUAUUAUGGACAAGCUAAACAAAUGUUCUCAACCAUGCUAACCAUGCUACAAAUGAAAGCAGUGGCAUCUUAGCGAGUGAAUAAAUAGGGUACGAGUAUUAUCAUAGCUUCCACUACUGAUGUUAGAAGAACUGGGAAGGUGAAAUGUUCUGGAAUAAUGUGACAAUUCUUUUUAGCAACCUAUGUGAGAGGUUUGGCUUUGUCAGGCAGUUCUAUAAAUACAAACCGAUCUUAGAAAAGAGUUACCGAAAAUACUCUAAGGAAAGUCAUAACAGAUUUUUCCACGCAUCAUUGCCGCUCAAUUAAUGACCGCAACAGGAUUGAUUAAGCGAGCUCAGUUAAAUGUUGCUAAAAAUUUCUAUGUAGCAAACAUGCAGAGUUAUUAAAUAGUACAGAUUGACCUUUUUAGUCUUGUUCACUUAAGACCCAAGGCAGUUUACUCGUCCAAUUUUAACUUAAUGCGCUUAUUACUGUACUAUCCCACAAAUAUAGCUUUAGGAUACCUACCUUUUUAGGGAACAUUGCUCAGGUUCAAUGAUUCAACAUUUGUUUUUGAAAGAAAAAACAUUUUUCUUAUAAUAACCUCUCUCACUAUCUUUUUGUCAGAAGUUGAAGUUGAUUUUCUGCGAAUUUAGUUCACAUGGGGAUCAUUCCAUUCGGUGCUCUUGAAAUGUGUUAUAAAAUUGUUUUUGAUUUAAAUAGGUAAUUAGUUUGUAUACAAUAGACAGAACAUGACAUGUCCGCUUGAGGAUGCACACUUAACUUCUCAAGUUGCAGUUAUCUUUUCUUGUUCACAUUUUGACUUUUUUUUCCUUAUUCGUGAUAUUGGUAACACUAUUUGUGGCAACACUAACAGAAGUUCAUAUUAUUUUAUUUUCCAAUCGAACAAUCUGAUUAAGUACAGUGAUGCUUACACUUGAAAAGUGUUAAAUGGGGGUUCCUUUUACUUUGAUAAACAUUUCAUGGCAAUAUCAUAAGUCUUUUUCAAAAACCCUUACAAAGUGCAAUUUCCUAAUUUUAAUCUGUCAUCUGUUAAAUUUACGAGCUCUACCGGUAUAUUAAUUGGUUAACUACAACUGCUACGCUAAAAAAAGUUCGUUUACGAACUUGGUGAGCCCCACCAGUUCUCCGUUUUCUCCUAGAGGCUUGAAUUGCAGUCGUUCAACGGUAACCAAAAAGCUUCUGUAAUCUCUCUAGUUGGGCAUUUGUCCAGUACCUAUUUUUAUAUUUGUUCCAUCGAGCUAUUUAUUAAAUUCCAUUUAUCAUAUUUUUUUUAUACUUUUUAUUCAGCGUUUGCGAUAAUUACGUCAUGUUACAUGCGUUACAUAAGUUUAUAAUUUAUUAUUAUUAUUAUUAUUAUUAUUAUUAUUAUCGAUCUGGUGAGUACGUAAGUAGGAGGAUUAUUUCAGUGAGGUAAAGUGUAAUAGUAACCACAAAUACGAAUACUGAUCUAAUGCAAUGAGUUUCACUGUGAUAUUUUUUUUUAGCCAUAAAGACAUUUAAUUAGACGAACCUUUGUCACGUAAAGCUUGCUAAUGUACAGUUAUGUUCUCAUAUUGACCACAGUUCGCUUGGUGAGCCCCGGUAAUUCACCGUCUUCUGGUCGUGUUGAAGUGUUUUACAAUGGUACGUGGGGUACUAUUUGUGACAAUUCAUGGGAUUUACAGGACGCUAAUGUUGUUUGUCAUGAUCUUGGAUACGACGGAGCUUUAUCAGCACCUGGUGAUGCAGCGUUUGGACAAGGAACCGGUCAGAUAUGGCUGAAUGACGUCAAAUGUGUAGGAAAUGAGACAAUGAUAGCUCAGUGCAGUCACAGAGGAUGGGGAGUUCACAACUGUGGGCAUCAUGAAGACGCUGGUGUGGUGUGUCGACCCGCAGGUAUGGUGAAAACCUGUGCACAUACUAUUACCAUAUUGCCUAACGAGUUAACACUGGAGACACCAGCUCUACAAAAUUCGCGGUUACAACUCUGUUUUAGUCUUACUCUAACUUCUUGGUGAUAAUCAAUGAAAUUAAGGAAGUUGGCAUUUAUGUAAUUAAUAAUGCCAGAGUGAAAAAAAGUGUGUCUAUUAUUCAAUAGACUUAAUUUCCUAUGAUAGACAAGUAAAUCGCAGAUUGAGGUUAAAAAUUAGUUAAACCUUAGAUAAAAUCUAUUCGGUGUUCCGUUCAAAAUGAAUAAAAUUCUGUUCAGUCAAUCAGAAGGCUUUUUGUAUCGUUUCGAAGGAAGACACUUGUUUAAUGGGUCUCAAUAACUUGAUUUUAAGCGUAAGAUGGUUUUUGUCUUGUCAAAAGCGUAGAACAAAGAGUCUCUAUAAAGAAUCAAAGUGCUUUAUUCUUUUUAAAAUAUUCGCUGCGAGAAUCGAUACAAUCUGUAUAAUCAUUACAAAUUUAUCAAGAUUAUUGGUUCUUCAGUAACCGAUUAAUUCAUAUUUCUGUAAUAACAGCUGUCCGUAUUGUAAAUUCCCUCAAUUCAUCGCGUUAUGGUCGUGUUGAAGUGCUGUACAAAGGUGUGUGGGGAACCAUUUGUGCCGACUAUUGGGACUUGCGUGACGCUGAUGUAGUAUGUCGCCAGCUUGGAUACGAGGGAGCUUUAUCAGCACCAAUAUUUCGUUACCCAACAUCUGGACAAAACACUCGACAGAUAUGGUUAAAUGGAGUAAAUUGCGAGGGAAAUGAGACAUCGAUAUCAGAAUGCAAGCACCUGGGAUGGGGAGCUCUCGACUGUCGGUAUUAUUUUGAUACAGGCGUAACAUGCCGACCCACAAGUAAGGCGAUGAAAAAAAUUUUCUUCCUUUCUUUUUUUCGUAUGCUCCUUCGAAUCGAUGGUUAUUAAACGAAUUACAUUGUAUUCACCCAAGGCUAACCUGCGUAACGGGUGCUAUCAUGAAUCCGUUUACUUCUUUCUAAUCAAAUUUUAGAGAAGGUAUUUUGAGAAGUUCUCCUUCAUUUGAUUUAAUUGUCUUUUCGAGUUUUCCAGCUCCAUAUUUUAAAACUACCAAUAAAAAAGUAGAAAUAUAUAUAACUAUAAACUAUAACAAACAUUAAUGGUGAACCUUUAAAGCAUUGAAAUAAACUGUAGCACGUGAAGUGAGCUGCAUUGUUUUUCGCUCUGAUCAUAGUUCGCUUGGUGAGUCCCAGCAAUUCACCGUCUUCUGGUCGUGUUGAAGUGCUGUACAAUGGUACAUGGGGAACCAUUUGUGACAAUUCGUGGAAUUUACAGGACGCUAAUAUUGUUUGUAAUGAGCUUGGAUACGAUGGAGCUUUAUCAGCACCUGGUGAUGCAUCAUUUGGACAAGGAACUGGUCGGAUAUGGCUGGAUAACGUUAAAUGUGUAGGAAAUGAGACAAUGAUAGCUCAGUGCAGUCACGGAGGAUGGGGAGUUCACAACUGUGGGCAUCAUGAAGACGCUGGUGUGGUGUGCCGACCGGCAGGUAUGGUGAAAACCUGUGCACAUACUGUUACCAUAUCAAUAACUGUACACUUUGGGUGACUAACGAGUUAACACUGGAGACACCAGCUCUUCAAAAUUCGCGGUUACAACUCAGUCUUAGUCUUACUCUAACUUCUUCGUGAUAAUCAUUAAAGUUAAGGAAGUUGGCAUUAAUGUAACUAAUAAUGCAAGAGUGAAAGAAAAGUGUGUCUCUAUUAUGCAAACGACUUAAUUUCCUAUGACAGACUAGUAAAUCUAAAAUUGAGGUUAAAAAUUAGUUAAACCUUAGUUAAAACCUAUUCGGUGUGUCCGUUCAAAAUGAAUAAAAAUUUUGAUUCUGUUCAGUCAAUCAGAAGGCUUUUUGUAUCGUUUCGAAGGAAGGCACUUGUUUAAUGGGUCUCAAUAACUUGAUUUCAAGCGAAAGAUGGUUUUUGUCUUGUCAAAAGCGUAGAAAGAAUCGAAUUUUAAUUUUUUUUAAAAGAUUCGCUGCGAGAAUCGAUCCAAUCUGUAGGAUUACAACAUUUAUCAAGAUUAUUGGUUCUUCGGUAACCGAUUAACUCAUAUUUCUGUAAUAACAGCUGUCCGUAUUGUGAAUUCCUUCAAUUCAUCACGUUUUGGUCGUGUUGAAGUGCUUUACAAAGGUGUGUGGGGAACCAUUUGUGCCGACUAUUGGGACUUGCGUGACGCUGAUGUAGUUUGUCGCCAGCUUGGAUACGAGGGAGCUUUAUCAGCAUCACUAUUUCGUUACCCAGCAUUUGGACAAAACACCGGUCAAAUACGGUUGAAUGGAGUAAAUUGCGAGGGAAAUGAGACAUCGAUAUCGGAAUGCAGGCACCUAGGAUGGGAAGGUCACUGUUGGCAUUAUUUUGACGCAGGCGUAGUGUGCCGACCCACAAGUAAGAGGAUAAAACACCUAAGUAAAGAAUCAAAAAAAUUUUCUUCCAUUCUUUUUUUCAUAUGCUCCUUCGAAUUGAUGUGUAACAGUUACUAUCAAGGAUCCUUUUACUGCUUUCUAAUCAAAUUUUAUAAAAGGCAUUUUGAGAAGUUCUGUUUCAUUUGAUUUAAAUAUCUUCUCGAGUUUACCAGCUCCAUAUUUUAAUACUACUUUCAAAAAAAUAGAAACAUGUAUGUAACUUCACACUACAAACAUCAGUGGUGAACCAUCAAAGUAUUGAAAUAAAAUACAGAAUGUGAAGUGAGCUACAUUGUUUUUCGCUCUGAUCAUAGUUCGUUUGGUGAGUCCCAGCAAUUCGCCGUCUUCUGGUCGUGUUGAAGUGUUUUACAAUGGUACAUGGGGAACCAUUUGUGACAAUUCAUGGGACAUAAAAGAUGCUAAUACAGUCUGUCGCCAGCUUGGAUACGAUGGAGCUUUAUCAGCACCCGGUGAUGCAGCAUUUCGACAAGGUAUUGGUCAGAUAUGGCUGGAUGACGUUAAUUGUAUACGAAAUGAGACCUUGAUAGCGCAGUGCAGUCAUGGAGGAUGGGGUGUUCACAACUGUGGGCAUGGCAAAGACGCUGGCGUAGUAUGCCGACCUGCAGGUAACGCCACAUCUUGCGUUCAAUAUAUCAAUAUAUAUUUAUUUACUGAGGAUAUUGCUUUUACAGUUUUGCGACUUGGGUUCAGUAUCGGUCUUGACGUAUGAAUUGGCCCUUUUCACUGGGUGGUUGACCGCACGUGCAGGCUAGAUGAGGCGAAUCAUGCGCGCUCUCAUCUGCUACCAUGGGAGCUUGGUGGGGGCUUGAUGAGUACGCUACGAGAAACAAGUGUUGUUUCCAGUUCAUAUGCCCCAUGACCUUGAUAAAACAUUUUACCUUAUAAAAUGGGUUUCUAGCGUUGUUGCAUUACAGGAUCACAAAAAUUUUUCAAUGACAGUCAAACAAAGAAAAUAUGACGAGACCAGUGAAUGCUUUUAAAAAAAUCUGGCAAUUUUCCAUGGCUCCUUGCUGCUCUCACUUAAGUAAGUCACUGGUUUUACUCCUUUCAAAGUCCUAUCUGCUGGCUUUACUCCUAAACAACGAAAGAACCUAAUAAUGAGCAGUGGAAAUCGGUACUGUCUUAUUUGGAGAGCCACAUGGCUUUCGUAGUAACGUUGCACGUUUUAACCGUCCUAAGUUCAGCCUGUGUCUCCUCGUGCUAAGCUAAUCGUUUGUGAACGGUACAUUCAAAUUCUGCCUUCCCUGAACAGAAAUGGGCUACUGUUUCCUGCUCUCAAUAUAAAAUUCCUUCAUGGCCAGAGGAGGAAAUCAACUUCAUUGCCAACUUUUAAUCACAAAGCACCCAUAUCCAUGACUGUGAAAACGCUCGAGACAUUUUUAGAAGGGAAAAAUCACAACAAGCAUCACUGGCCUGCAUGACCCCUAACAUGUUACACCGAUCCAAGAUUCCUUUCCUCCACCGUCAACAAAUUCCUCACAAGAAGCUGCUGUGGAAGGCAUAAUGCAUGUUGCGACUUAUGUCAACAGUUAAGAGGGUGCAACAUGGGUUAGUAGGAUGCGCGAUGAGUCUUAAAAUCGAGGCGGGAUGUGGGAUAUGAGAAAUUUGAAAAGAGGGAUGCAAGAUGAAAAUAGGAAGGCGAGACCGUGAUAUGCUCCGUUUCGAAGGCGGUAAAGGGGAAAGGAGGAGUAUAGGCGGGAUCAUAAUUUAGCUCAAGUUACGCCUCACCCGACCUCAGAGACAUGAGAAAGUAUUUAUUUUCUUAAUAAACGAGCGAUUUGUUGGCACUUUUAUUGAAGAUUUGAGUUUCAAUUGUAGAAAUGAAGGUGUUUGAAUAAGCUUCUCCCUUUUUGGCGAGCAUGGCGGUUCUGUUCGUUUGCAAGUACUUUUGUUCGUGACUUUGAAUGAGUUUCGUCCAAGUGCUUUCUCUAGCAAGGGCUUUGGAAUGAGGGAGGCAUCUCUCUAAAAAUUCUCGUACUCGCUGCAUACUUUGUUUAUGCCUUCAACUUGCGGUAUGUUUGAGUAUAAGCUCGUAAUAUGUAUUGAAACGAAUAUCACUUCUUUCGGAAGCUCUUUUCCCUCUGAAGUUCGCGAAGUUUGUUGUAAUUGAGAUAUGAUCUUUAUUGUUGUGCGAUAGGCUACAGAAUUUGAUAGCUCCUCUGUUGGUCCUCCUAUAGAUGAAGUUCUUUUAAGCCGGCUUAAUAUGCUUAAGCAUGUCUUUGACUUUUUCCAUGAUAGGAAGAGUACAUUACCAAUAUUGCAAAAGCUGUAAUUUUUCUAUCAGUUUAAAUAAGGCGGUGAACUUGAACAACUUGGGUUUAACAAGGCGAGGUCGGGAUGGAAAUGUUCAUUGCAGCGGGAUGACGGAAUGGGAUGAAAAAUAGCGGCGGGUUGCGGGAUUGGAAAAGUCUAUUUUGGACCCUCAGUUAAAGGUUUCGAGGUACAGAUUCUCCAAUUUUCUAGUAUUGAUGAGCCAAAAAUAAGAGGAGACUCUCCGGCUGAAAUCGCUGACAUGGUUAUAGCAGUCGUUUUUCUGUCGAUCCAAGCCGUUAGAAUCGUCAACUAACACUUAUGCAUUUAUUGUGGAAUGUAGUAGACAUUAUAAUCACCGUGUCCUUGUAGGAAGCUAUUUUGCGCUACGUUCCUGAUGUCAGCAGAAAAAAACAGCGAGAUUAUAUACAGAGAGUAGGGGAAAUUUAAAAUUCCAUCAAGAGAGCUGUGUAAUAAAAAGAAAUUGACAUAAUAAAACAACAAUCAACUGCCAAAAAAAGGCGCAGAUUAAGCUUUACCUAUUGAGCCCCAAGAUGCCUUGGCCUACCAAUAUCUCAGGCAAAGAAAAGGCAAAAGACAGAUACCGCGACAUAUAGAGCUGUAUGGUCGUUUGACGACCUAUCGGCGUCUUACUCCCCCCCUACCUAAACCCUCUUCGAUUGAGUUUGCUCGAGGAAGUGAUUAACGAAGAUCGAGUGCGCUACUUUUGAUAUGGGAAUGGAAACCUUGAUUAAUCAUAAAAUGUGUAAUAAUACCUUCACACUAUUUCUAGAAUAUAUUAAGUUCGUUCUCUACUUUGUGUCCGUCUGAUUAAAUUUGACCGUGGAUAACUAGAGAUUACCACCAUUAGCCGCGAUCGUGAUACAUUGGUGACAUGUAUAUACAGGGCCAUUCCGCACAGGCUUCACUUUAAUUAAGAAACAAACUUAAAUUCAUGUGACAGCCAUUUCAAAGAAACUUUAAAAAAAAUAGCUUACGUCUAAGGUACAAUUUAAUUUAAAAUGAAAGCGAAAAUUAUCUAAAAAUUCCUAAAAUCUCUCAACAUUGUACGGGCCGAAUGCAUUAGCCUUUUUGGAUGCGACCGCUGAGUUUAGUUCAAAUGGUAAAUGCGUGGGUGUGGGACUUAAGCGAGGAGAGGACUAUUUUUGGACCAAAAAAAUAACCUACUUGGGUGUUGGCAUGAUUUGAUCUUGGAGGUAUCUGUUUUUAAAAGGACGAUUUCGUAAACGAGGACGAUUUCGUAAACGAGUUGUGUUUAAGUUUAUAUUCCAGUCAGGAAAAUGAAUCGUUUCCGUCUCUAAGGUUAAAUGGGUCCUUAUAGUUUAAUCAAAUUUAUAAAAUAAUUUUACGCGCUUGAUUGGCCAUUCCAUUUUACAUGGAAAAUGAGACACAUUUUGGUUUCCUGUUUCAUUAAGAAAUUGCAUCCUAAACACGCGGAUGGGUCCUUAUAGUUUAAAACAUUUCUACAUUUCUUCAAUAUGAUUCGUGAGACAAUUCCAAUUUUAUAUACAAAUUAAAAAAUCCGAGUUUACCAUUUCCACGAUAUCUAGUUAAGGUCUACAUUUACGAUUACAGAUGUUCGUUUGGUGAGUCCCGACAAUUCCCCGUCCUCUGGUCGUGUUGAAGUGCUGCACAUGGGUACCUGGGGAACCAUUCUUGAUUAUUCAUGGGGCAUACGGGAGGCUGAUGUAGUUUGUCGUCAGCUUGGAUACGAUGGAGCUUUAUCAGCGCCUAGCUAUGCAGCAUUUGGAAAAGGAACUGGCCAGAUAUGGCUUGACUAUGUGCACUGUGAAGGAGAUGAAAUUUCGAUCUUGGACUGUUCUCACAGCGGAUGGGGAGUCCAUUACUAUUGGUAUUAUAAUGACGCUGACGCUGGCGUUGUGUGCCGACCCACAGGUAAGGCGGUGAUACACUUUCAAAGUGCAUUGUUUAAAGUGAUUCUAUCUACUGUUUCCGAUUUUCUAAUCGACGCUAACCCAAUUCACACCAACAAAACAUAUCUAACUAAACUUUCAGGAUUAACUGAAUGAAAAUCAGAUCCAAGUAGUCACUGAUUUGUUCAUUAAAUGUGCUAAAUUUGAAGUCGUCAAACAUCGGUUUCGCAGUUUCUUUGUAGAAAACAAAUUUAAACCGUUUCUAACGAAACAGAUUUAAAACAUGUUUAAGCUUUUGUGUGAAUGGGGUGUAAGAUCCGUUUAAAGAAGUCUUAGGUAACGGCCCUUUUUACUGUCCAGUUCUUCUUUCGCUUGCAUACCAUCAUAAUAAUCUGAUCAGUUAAUUACUCGUAGAAAAGCACCAAAGAGGGAGUUCCUCCUCAUUUAAAUUGACAUUCUACUCGUCGAGUUAACUGUCAUUAUAUGAUCUCUCGAGUUUAUCGUAUCCAUAUAUUGUCUGCCUAAGGUGAUUCCUUAGAAAAAAAAAUCAUCCCAUAAUUUUUUUUUUUUUUACACUUUCAGUAAAUGUUCCCUACCAAUGCCUGUUUCCAAAAAUACAACGAGAAAGAUAGGUCAAUGAUACACACCUUAUAUCUUUAACUCUUUCUUCUCCUUGUCACAGACUUACGCUUGGACUUACGGGAAGAGUUCAAACAAAUCAUUUGAUCAUUUCCUUGAAAGGUUACGAAGUUUGGCCAAAAGCCAAUCUAUGAAGCCAAUCGCAACCCCGUACUUGAAUGGGUGACUGUUAAAAAAAUAUCCUCGUUAUGAACUUUUCGUUGUUCUUUGAAGAUACCAGUCAGGCUGGAAUCGAUUAGUAAAAACCCAUCAACAUUGCCGGAUAUUCGGGUAAAACAGGUUGCUUCGGUACCAUUAAGAAGUGGACUUCAUUUUAAGGACACUACACAAUUUUAAACACCUGAAGAGCUUCAUUUCAAAUUUACAAAUUAACUUGUAAGAAGUGUCUUUUUCUUUGCCUUUUCUAUGAAAUAGAUUUAUCUCGCUUCAGGCGAGUACAAGUCGCAUAUUUUUCACAAUUUUGAAAGUUGCGUCUUGGGUUGAUAGUUUGGUAGGUAGGUAGUGAAGUAAGUUACAAAGUGAAUGGCUAGGUGAAUGCCCGUAAACACAGUCAGGUUCGCAGCUCGUGCAUAUAUUAUGAAGGUACUAAGUCCACUGGAAGGUACCCGAAUUCCAACAUUUGAGCCUCAAAUGGCUACCUUUAUUUUCACGGGACAAAGUAGGAGUAACACGAAGAAUGUACGGCGAUAAAGAAUAAGGCAGUGGUCAAACUAUCACAUACUAAGUCUUUCUCUGACAAAGCUGAAAUACAAAAUCGAAGUGAUUUCUUGCCACCCUCACAUCAGUACGUUGUUUAAAGUUUACGGUGACGUUACAGCUUUGUUGCUCCCGAUUUUUGUUCCCCGUGAGUACAUAAUUUUGUUUGAAUAUUUCGUGCAUCAGUCAUACUUCUUUUUUAAGAUUUCCAAGUCUCUGAUUCUAUGGUUCGAGUUUGGGUCCGGAUUAUCACAAAAAUUUUUUUGUGAGCUUAGAUUUAAAGUAAGAGUGUGUGACGAAUUAGCGCAAACGAUCUGAAAUAACUCGGUUUCCAGCGUCUCUCAUUUAAAUAGAUAAUCGUGAUCUUCUUGAAUUGUAUUUGCUGCGAGCGGCGAUAAACCAUCCAAAGAUUUUAUAAAAGCAAAUCUUUAAUCGGCCAUCCCUUUAAGAUGACGUCAAAAAAAACUCUAUAUGAAACGAGUAAGCAUUUUCUGAAUCAAAACUGGUCAAACGCAGUGGUAAUCCAAAACCCUGAAUAACAACUGACAAUCUUGAAAGUUGCAACUCGGUGGCCUCAUGGUUGAAAAGACCGCCUCUGUGCACUUCUGAAACCUGAAUAUCCAGUAUGGGAACCCCGCUGGGGAGCGCGAAGUCCAGCUGCAACAGUCACUGUUACCUGCUACGUCAUUUAGCUUACGAAAUAAAGACGCGAGAAGAGUGAAACCCAGUUCAAGAGAUAUAGGAACAUUGUCAAGGCCCACUCCCUAUCUGGGUGAUGACAAGAAUCAGUAGGGGAUAGGAAAGGCUCCAAGCUCACCACAAACCGGCCCAAAGGUAUACACAGGACAAUAGUUCUGCAAAAACUUCCUGUAUGCACUUGAGUCCUAAAAAGUAUACGGGCGACGAGCCAGAACCGUGAAUCAUUUUCAUGUAGAACGCUGGAAAAAUAUCCUGCAUAUUAGCCGUCUGGACUAAGUUCCAUUGGAGGCAUGAUUUAUUUACACUUUCAAGCUGGACCACCUUGGGCGUUAACAUCUUCCAUUAGAGGCGGUUUUUAGCUUCAUAGACUGGCUUAUCAGGCGGUUUGCUCCACCACGCGUUAUAGUUACUCUCAUGACUUGAUCGGUGAUAGGGUGAUCUCGGUGGUCUAGGGGCCAGUCGCAGUUUUGAUAUCUUCAUACAUCCUUAUGGCGUUCCUUUUUACUGCGGCUUACUUUAUCUAACCAUACCUUCCAAGCUUCGCUGUCGGCUCCCUAUUUAGCGUUGACGUUACCAAGAAGGUACAUUCCUUCAAUGAAGGGGAGCCUGGAGAUUGCCUGCGAGGAUCUCUUAAUUUCGUUUCUUAACCGCAGUGCAAAUAUAUGAAUUUCAUAUAUCUAAAAUCAUCAUUUAUCACUUGGAUGGUUUAUUUGGACCCAACACAUUGAUCAGCUCCCAGUUGGCUUGUUAGCUCAGUUGGUAGAGCGCUGCACCUGUAUCGCAGAGUUCAUUGGUUCAAAUCCCGUACGGGCCUGAAUUUUUUUCAGGUCCUAUUUUCAACUUCCAGUUCAGUAGUGUUCUUAGCUACGAGGAUCUCUUAAUUUCGUAACUGAUACAAUUUGGUAACAGAUGCAAGAAUUGCCGAAAGGAGACGCAUUACGCCCUCAAGUAUUGAUUAGUUAUCGAGCCCUCUUGGAAAAAACAGCAAGUCGUAUUUCCACUGUCCAAGAAAUCCCGCCAGCUAAAUUGGCCAUACCACUCGGAUCACGAAUAUUAUUUUUAAGUCUGAAUUCCCCCUAUUUUACCACGUGUCCUCACUCGUUCAAUCAUGAGCACACUUACCAGGCAUAAGAUCCCUUUUGAACAACGAUAGUUACUUGCAUUACUAUUUUAGAUAAGAAGGGAAACUAUUCUAUACCACAGUAUUUUUCUCGCGCAAUUUCACUCGACAUACUGACAUCUUUCUUUUCGCAAGUCGAUAAGUCUUGAACAUGAGGCCGUUAAUAUAAUACGGAAAUUAUUUUAAAUUUAUUUUUUAACUGAUAUUUUUCUUUUCUCUCUAGCGGGACCCCAGAUUUUAAACAUACAAUGUCCAAGCUCUCUAGUGCAGGGAAGUAACUUGACUCUUUAUUGUAAUGCUACUGGUAAUCCUUCUCCGAAUAUUACUUGGAUAUGGGAAGAAACAGGAGAAGUUCUUAGUAGCAGUGAGGAGCUCACUUUUUCAGCUUUUAACCGUAGCCAAACAGGCAAUUAUAAAUGCCUGGCGUGGAAUGGAAUUGGUAAAAGUUCCACCAGAACAUGUCGCCUGGACGUACCUGGUAAGUUAAAAUCGUGUAAACCAAACCCUUAGGGCCGGUUAUUUAAACAAAUUUUAGCCUUUGUUUAACAAAACUACGUUCUAGGCCAUCUUCAAUUUAGCCGAACCUUUUAUCUAAGGAUCAAUUGUUUGUGAACAGUGUCAAGAGGCCGAGACUUUGUAGUGGAAGGACAUUUAUUUCUCUGAAAUCAACCCCCCUCUGGAGAAUCACCGAGGUUCACUGCUUGCGUAAAACCGCAAUUUGGGUUGGAUCAUAAAAAUUAUUGUCACAUCAAUAACUUAUUUCAAAAUCAGAAUCAAUUGUAGAAAGGGUGAAUCCAGGAAUUACUGAAAAGGAGGGUUCAAAGAAAUUUUUUUCUUAACAACUUUUCAUACGACCCAGGCUCGCCGAACCCUCCUCCACCCCACGGUCACACAGCACACCCCAUUAUCAAGUUAAUACCUUACCGUGUCCAUGAAUUGUACUCAUAAGAGGAGGCAACUGUAGACCAUUAAAAGAAAUUAUACCAGAUGAGGAGUAAUAUUUCAUCCCUUCAAUGCAAAACUUUGGUGGGAAAACUCACUAGUCUGAUAAGGGGAAGGGGUCUCCGCACCUCCCAGACAUCCCUCUGGAUCAGCCCUUGAAGUUCACCUUUAAGACCUUUAGAUUCUCAAAUGCCAUAGCGCGUGGGAUAUUUCCACUGAAGCAAUUUCUACCGAUAGGGGCUGACCUUGACGGUAAAGUGAUCGAGUCGCCGAGCAAUUCAUCAAUAUCAAGCAUUAUAACACUUAAUUUUCCUUUUUUUCGUAUAGACGAACCUUUGGUUCUAAACUUAGAGUGUCCAGCAUCAAUCAUUGAGGGACAUAACGCGACUCUUCACUGCAAUGCAACUAGAAAUCCUCCCCCAAAUAUUAACUGGAUACGGAAAGACACAGGAGAUGUUCUUGGCACCAAUGUACAACAGCUUACUCUGUUGGAUGUUCAUCGCAGCCAAGCGGGGACAUAUCAGUGCUCUGCAUGGACUGGAAUUAGCAAUAGUUCGGUCAUUACAUGUCAACUGGAUGUGUUUUGUGAGUCAAUUAACUGUAACGUUUUUAGUGCACGUAUCAGCUGAGGCGCAUGCCAAGAGUAAAUGUGAUGAUGACUAUAGAGUUUAAAACUCUACUGUAAGAAAUUGUUUCUUUCGUGGGAGCGGCAUGACAUACGAAUGGAAUUUUUGAUACAGUCGUUCCCCAAUCAGGCCCUGAUGCGCGACCGCGAGAACAACGAACUCUGUUUGUGUUGCAGACUUGCCAUCUGGGACAAGAAUGACACCUGACCUAAAGGAUACUGUCGUGUUAGCUGGAGGCAGUUUGUUCCUAAACUGCACCUCAGAUGCAAACCCUACCGUUAGUGUAUUUCAGUUGGUAUUCAAUAGUGCCUUAAUCGCCACCAGCAGCUCUGGGAUGUUUAGCGUUACUGUGAAGAAAGCUGGAAUGUACACCUGUAUCCCUGUUAAUGAAGUCGGCUCAGGAGACAGUGCUACAGUCAAAGUCACCGUCCUCGGUAAGGAGAUAUCGUCUAAACUCUCUUUUAUUACUCAAUGCUCCGGCCUGAAAUUGCCAUUUUAAUUUGAAUUAAUACAACUGAAUCAUCUAACGGAUAAUUGAGGAGGACCUUUCAAGUAGUAGCAUAACACUUAACUGGGAGGUGCUACAUCUGUAAAUGAUACUAUCGGCCGUGAAAUUAAUCAGAAUAGAUUGGAUGAAUUUGAGUCAGCGUAAAAAUCACGUCUAGAUUGCUACUGAGUUACUUUGAUGGAAAUCAUGCAAAUCUUUCAGUAAAUGUCCUUUCAUAGGAACAAAAGUCUAUUUAAAAAAAAGUGGCAAGCAUGUGCUUCCGUUCGGUGGAAAAUCUAAAAAGUUACUUCUUAGACAAGGUUGAUAAAAAAAGUAAUAUGUAAAUCAACUAUUGAGAGCUUUUGAUUUUCGGAAUAAUGGGCAAGUUUUCGGAGCACUAAUCUUGGUGCUCACCGCGCUUUAGCAGUAAGUGUGAAAAUUGAAUGAUCCGUAGAUUUGUGCAGUUCUGCAGCCCCAGCUUGAAAAUUCUUUUUUUUUUUUAAACUAAAUUGGUAUUGCAUUUCACUGAACGAUUGCUCCUGAAGACCCGCAGCCCUGUCGCUGAGAAUAAAUGAAAUGAAGUGUGAAGAAAUGACUGUCCCUGCCUUUUCACGGUCCUUUUGAGGAUAGUUGAUGAAAUUAGGUGUGAUGAAUUGACAAUGACAGUUCUGUUGUCCUGUAUUUGAAGAAUGAUUAAAUAAUAUGCGGAAGGACUGCUACCGCGGUCCCUCAGUUAUUUAGAUCUGUUAAUAAUUUAUGUACAGGUUCAGAGGAUUUUGGUUCCAGAAUCAUUAUUUUUCUCAAUACGUUCGUUGAUUAUAUCUUGUUUUUGUUUGUUUGUUUGUUUUUUUUUUCUCAAUUCCGUUUAUAUGUUUUUGAAGAUGCUCCUGGUUUUCCGGUAUUUGUAAACAACACCGUUGAUACAAUCACUAUCAGGUGGUCACCAAUUUAUCUUCAAUCUGCUACAUAUACCGUAAAUAUAAGACCUGGGGAAGAAACAACGUGGAUGAACGCAACGUGUAAACAGACUAUUUGGAAUAAUAAAUGCACGGUGACAGGCACAGUUGCGGAGGUUGUUGGUCUCGAAGAGGACUCUGCGUAUCAUUUUAGAGUUUAUGCUAACUACAGAGGAGUCAGAAGUGACGCCAGUUUACCGUCAGGAGCCUUCAGAACAGCAGGUGAUGUUGAAUUAUGUGGUUUUAUGAGUUGUUGCCAUGUAAUGGAAGUUUUUCCUUCAUGUAUUGUAUUCAGAGAUAUAGUGUUGUAAUGCGCACUCGAUCAUAUCUUAUCGCAUGCUAGACUGCGCAAUAUAAGAAAUAAACAUUAUUAUUAUUAUUAUUAUUAUUAGAGAUAUUUAAUUGAUUAUAAGUAUUACUGACACGAAGCAUUCAGAUAUUGAAUGUUCUGUUUUUUUAUUUGUAUUUCCAUUAACUUGCAAUUUGUAUUGGUAUUUGCUAAUCAAAUGAACGAUCAAAUAGCAAUGCUAACGAGGCUCGAGAACCGAGCAAGUGUAAAACAUACUGUGUAAAGAAACCCACGAAGUGGUUUUUCUUUAUCAUCUAUCACUCAAAAUAUGUUGUAUAUCUUUAUUGCGUGUAGCGACAACGACACAAUGAAGAUAAAUUACGACUCUAGUUACCUUUGUCUUGUUGUUUAUUUAAGGUAUAAGUUUUACCUUAUCUAGACAUCACUUAUUUUACCCUGACUGGCACUUUUAUAGCAAGUGCUGGCCAUGGUUCAACCUGCUGCAUAACAAUUUUUCGCCUGUGCGCGUUAGACUGUCGAAAAUAGGGAAAACGUUCAUUGCUAUACACGGGUGUGGAGUUUUCUCUUUCAGGUUUACUCUUCUUUUGUCAGUACUGGCUUUACUAAUGCUGUAGCAGAUGCCUUUCACGUUUGUGCUGGAUUUGAGUGGUUGGUUUACGGUCUUAAAGCACUUCGGGCCUUGAAAUGUCUACAAACGGUUGGUAUGGUAGGCUAUAAUUGUUGAGCCAUGAUCAUAAAAAUAGCAAUACUGUAUUAUCAGAUGUACAUAAUUUUUUUAAUAUUUCAUAAUAUGCUCCGGAAAGCAUAAAAUUUCUUCCUCCACCAUUAAAUUCCAAAUUGAAAUUAUGACACUGACUGCGUUCUGGUACCCUAAGAGUAAACCUACCUGCUAAGGUUUUCAAUUGUACCGAAAAUCAGUUUCAGUACAGAAUCCCCAUGUUGAAUCUCUCUGUAAAAUGAAGAGAGUAUCUUUAUGGAUCUAUCUCUUGAAAAGCAACUCUGACGAGGGUUUUUUUCCUUCUCACCUUUGUUUAUUUUUCCAGAACAGAAAAGCUUUUAAAACAAAAGCUGACAGGAGGCGACAAAGAGUUGGAACUUUGACUCAUGCACGUGCUGCUGUUCCUUUGGGCCUAUAGUACAACCAAACUAAAGGGUAUUGGUUUUAUUAAGCAGGCAAUGUUUUAUAACAUAGUUCGAACAAUUCUCUCUGACUCUCAAAGGCAUUCAUUUUUAGUUCUAAUAUUUUUAAAUAACUAAGUCUGCUAAAAAAGGGCAUUUUAAACGCUGCUUUUUGCCAAGAAUAAGUUAACCGACUCAUAAGUGAUAAGUGUCUGAAUUUCGCAUUGGGUGGCACACGAUCGGUUUUAAAUUUUCUGUGACAUCCAAAAAUGUUAGUAUUUGCCAGUGGUGAUUUUCAGAUGAAUAGAGAGGAACUAGAUUGACUACUGUCCUUUUUUUCGUUUUCGAAUCCUGCUCCUAUUCCUAGCAUUAUCAAGCCAAAGCUAAAAAGUUGUAUACUUUUUUAUCUUUUACCGAAGGUGGAAAAAACAUGAUGAAAAUUCCUGCAGAAAAUUUUCAGCCGGAGUAAUAUGCUAAUCACGAUGCAAGAAAAAUUCAUGUCAAUUUCGCAGAACAAGUUUACAGAGACUGGCUGAUGUUCUUUGAAAACAACGGAAUCAUAAUGUAAAAUGAAGACUGUCAAUCUAUCUUUGAAAAACGGACUUGAUUGUGGGUUUUUUUUCUUUCUCGCCUUUCUUUCUAAACCAGUUUUAUAACGUAUAACAAGGCAAACUCACUUUUUGCAGUUUCGAUGUCGGACUGAAAGCUAGAAAUUCCUGCUUCAGUUUCAUUAGCUUUGGAAUAUUAAAACAUUUUAUAUGAGGGUCACGGACACGAACCGAAACAACUAACAUAAGAUAAAAUUUAAUGUGUUGCUGAGCUUCUUCUAUUUGCUGGUUGUCUCUCAGACCAUCCACCGGUCACAAUACCCACGCCAUCUUGUUUGACUCAGGGUCCAGCGGCACUCGCAUGGAAAUCUACAAGUUCCUUGCCAGUGGUCCUUCCCUCCAACCUUCUGACGUUGUCCAGAUCGAUGCCUCACCAAAUAAAGUGAAACCUGGAAUUCCUGACUUUUCUGAUGACCCGACUCAAGUUGAAGCUUACAUGAAUCCCCUACUUGAAUCUGCUAAGCAAACUAUUCCAGAGGACAAACAAGUAUCCACUCCGAUAUUUUUGUUAGCAACAGCAUGCAUGAGACUCUUGCCUGAUGAUCAGGCAAACGCUAUUUUAGUUGAGGUUAGGAAACUGUUUAACGACAAAGAGAAUUUCCUUUUCUGUUUCAGAACUAUGGCAAUGCUAAAAUCAUCGCUGGUCAGGUCGAAGGCAUUUAUGGUUGGGUUACCGUAAAUUUCCUUUUAGAUGUUUUUGCUUUAAAAGAUUCUACAUCGUAUGGUAGUCUAGAAAUGGAAGGAGCAUCCCACCAAAAUUCUAGGGGGAGUGACAAAGUAGCAUUGUUGUUGUUAUUUUUGACGUGGCUGAGAAAAAAUAAGGGAGUUUUGUAGUUAGAUAUAGUUAUCUAGGCUACGGAAUAGAGCAAGUUUUGGCUUUUUAUCGUGUUUAAGAGAUAUAGGCGCCGUUUGCUCUAAGUUCAAGUUUAUUAAGUUUGCAGGAAAAUCUUUGUACAAUAAUCACCUCCUGCAAAUAGCGAGCUAAUCUAGGCAGGCGGUGUUAAGGACAUACAACACGAAUUACAAAAACACGAAUUAUGCGAAUUACUCGAUUUUGCAUACAUUAUUUGACAAAAGAGGGAAAAAAAGGUGAUAAAAAGUAAAUUAAUAUAUUAUGUUUGAAUUAUAAUUAAGAUGCCUUUUUAUUUCAGAAAUAAGAGUGCUAGUGUCAGCAUAACUAUCCAGACUUCCUAGAGUUGCAAAUAGUAAUGCUUGAAUUUUCUUUUUGAAUAUGUGCUUCGGCAGACUACGAUAGCUUUCGGGAAUACUGUUCCAAAUUUUAGCCCCAACGAUAGAAAAAGAGUUUUUAUGAUGAUUAAGCCUAGAAUAGUUAAUAUAGUAGUUACCAGAAGAUGCUGAUCGGGUAUUAUACUGAUGUAUGUCUUGUGUAGAGAUAAAAAGAUUGCAGAUAUUUUUAGGUGCAGAGUUAGUGGUUAUAUCAAGCUGACAACCAACUCUUGAGCACCAACUCGCUCCUCUAGUGAUUUUAUAUCACGUCGAGCAGAAUCGAGCAUUCUCUUUAGAUCCUCAUUACUUUUCCUAAGCGAUUUGACUUGUUGAUGUGACAUUAUAAGUGCCUAAAUUGACUUUCUUGAACGCUUUAAGCAGAGCUUCAAAAGGUAUGUCCGACCGUUACGCGCAACGCUCUGACUGCGAAAAAGCACAGUCAAUCCUGGUAAAAUAAGGCUGUCAUCGAAUUCAUUCUGUAAGAAAGACUACAGUGAGAUUGAUGAAAAAAAUCCCUUAUGCUAAAAAUAACUGCUUUGGGGCAAAUUAUAUAAACGCGCUGUUGACUGAAAGGUUUGGCCACGGUCGAUUAAAGGAAAUCACACUUGCUAAUUUACAGAAUGGAUUCAAGUUAGGCUGGACCUUAGAUAGAGGUCUGCUUAACACAGGCAACGCGGACGAGUAAUUCGUUUAUUUUCCAAAUUCUUGGCACAAAAGGUCAUGAGAAGCUUCAAGUGCAUCACCUUGAGAACCAGAAUAUGUCUUUACAAUGAUCUAGAGAACAUGAAUAAAGCUCACCAUAGAGAAGCAACUUCCAUUUUUUAUUUUUUGACUUUAUACAUUAUAACUCAUCAUUAUCCAUUUAAGUGGAGGACAUACUUUUGAAGGCCAGUUCUUUUGAUUAAUCAAUCGGUCGAACGCUCGACUCUAAACAGGCGGUAUCUAAGCUCUCUUCUUUAGGGUGGCAAUUGAACUAUCUUUGGAAAUCCUCCUCCAAACAUUAUUUAGUUUGGGGAAGACAAAAGAGGUGGUCUCUGUGACAGGAACAAAUGACUCUAUCUAAUCUCACAUCUUUAGGGUGGUAAUUGAGCUAUCUUUGGAAAUCCUCCUCCUCCAAACAUUAUUUAGUUAGGGGAAGACAAAAGAGGUGGUCUCUAUGACAGGAACAAAUGACUCUUACAGCGUUAAUCGCAACCAAGCACGAACUUAUCAGUGGCAUACAAAGAAUGGAUUUGCUAAUAACUCCAUCAAAAAAAUACCGCCGGGAUGAACAUUGUAGACCUUCUUCAAACUCGUGAAAUGUCUUGUCUAUCUGUCUGAUGAUCGGCCGCUCAAAGAUAAAUUUCUGAAAGAGUUGUAAGUGCUGGAAUGCCUCUAAGCUGGAAACGUCCACUGCUGAUUAUAAUAUUAAUAUUUUGAAACACCUUUGCUUGUUAGAUUGAGCUUUCUGAGUUGUUAGAUAAUAUUGAGCAGCCGUACGCUGAACAAACAAAGGGGAACGAAAAAUAUACUCGCUACCCUUUCAUUCUGAGUUUGCAAGUUGAUUUACACGAACAUAGUCAAAUAUUAGCAUAAGUAGUUUGCUGUUGCAGUUUUGCGACAAUAAACUGAACACAUUGAGCUACCAGUUGAAUUCCGAUUUUAAGGGGUACAGAAAGUUCAUUUUUAAUUGAUACAAUCCUAGGCGUCACCGCAAAGAUAACUUAACUCCCCAUUUUCAUCAAGCGCCUGACAAAAAUAAAUUGGUAGGCUGAGGCGCAAGCACCUUUUUUUUUUCUUCCCAGGGUGAGGUAAGAGUGUUCCAUGCGCCGUGAUGUAGAGCAAUUUGAGAAUGUAAAAGGGAUAGAUUGCGGCCUCGCUCACGUUGAUGGGAGGCCAAAAGGCGAUGGAGAUUUAUGAUAAAGUUUGGAUAUAACGCGCGCUGUCAUUGGUUGAAAGAGUGUGCUCUAUCAGAAUACAAAGCAUAGAGAUGAGCUAAAGCUGUCACGCCAUCUGCCAAAUUGUCGGUCCGACCUUUUCCCGGACUUCUCUUUAGCCUUUUUUUCGUUGAUUGAAACUGAAAUUUCGAACCAAGCGAGCCGGCAAGUAGCAACAGAAGAACCAAAGAAAGGUUUGAAAACAUGUCAGGCACAGUAACUGACGUUAUGAUAAAGUGAGAAGAGACAAAAAUCAUCAAAGAGAAAGCGAAAUGGACAGUCCAAGUUUUGAAGGUUUCAUGCUCAGCUAGAUUGCAAGCUUACGUAUGUUAAAAAAUCAAACUCAGCUAACACUGAAACAAAACAAACAGGAAUGAUGAAAAAUAAAGCCAGACUGGCCUAAAUGUUAAAAUUAAUACUAAUCAUGACGGUGUAAGAGCGACUGCGAUCAUGUUGAGGUCCAUCGCGGCUUACUCAUAAUAGUGAUUUCCGGUCAUUGCAGUGAAGCAAGUCUCAGAUUUUACAUCAGCUGCCCUUCGAUUGAAAAACUAGGAGCUUGCCCUGAUAUCCUUUCCGAUGACUGGAAGGCCACAUCAGUUACAGCAGCAGUUACAGCAGUUUAAGCAACCGAGCCGAGUUUUACGGCGCUGCCAUCCCGAGCAAUCUUCAUGUUCUUGCGAAUUCGGCUGUCGUUCAUUCAUAAAACACACGCCUUGAUCAUGGGCAGUUUGUUUUCCAAUUGUUAUGUCUAAAAACUUGCGCGUCUUUAUAAGCCACAAUUCAGCCGGUUUUCACUGAGAAUUUCACUUUCAGAUUCUGUAAUAGAGACUGAGAAAACUUAAGGCAAAAGUGUUAACAUCUACCUGCCGAACUAUUUCAGUUUGUAAACUAUUGCGAACUUUGAUGGUUUGACACUUUUGACAGCUUUACUCUUGUUCAACCAACCAUAUUAUUUGAAACAUUCUAUCAAGGAUUCUGAUUGGCUUAUUGUAGUGUGCUUUAUGAGAGUAUAGAGCAUGCUGACGACACUGUUGUUCGCUUUGGAAAUAAAGUUUGUUUUGAAAAUGGAAAGUAAUGCGUGGGAAGUUAACGGAUUCCUUAUCAUGAAACAAAUAGAGAGGCCUUGACUGUGCUCUGUUCUGUUGUAGAGCACUUAGGAAGCGACUAGAGCACUCAAGAAGUGGGGAGAAACGCUUUACUACGUCUUGGGUUUAUGCCAACACUUCUUUCGUGCUCUAGCCGCUUCCUGCGUGCUUUGUAACAGAACAGAGCACAGUAAAGCCUUCUCUGUUUGUUAAACAGUUCAUCGUUCUAGAUAUUGAGAUUUUUUUUGGAUGCAAUGAAAGAAAGUGUUAUGCAAAUGUCAAAACCAGCCUUGCAACAUCCAAAUAUCCGUCGUUAGACAAGAUUACUCGAUGAAAUUUUCCCUAAGGUCUAUUUAAUCGUAAAAGCCUUCCGUUAGUUCAAUAUACCUCUAUUUGUUUCCGUUACUACUGGUAUUGCCACAAACCGAAUAACCAAUAUGUACUAAACUGACAAUAUAAGGUUUAACCAAAACGCGUACCUCAUGAUGUCACCAUCAAACAACUCAACAACAUUGAAUUCAUUCCACAGAGAUGCUUGUACCACAAGUCAGUGGAGUACCCAACAGCGAACGAGUUGUGCUACAGAAGGAUAUAUUUGAUGGCUAUUUCUAAAGUCCUACUUUGUAUAUUUCUUGUCGGAGGUAAGAACCAACCACUUAAAAAAUUUUUGCGAGUGAAAAUAACUUGGCACAAUGAUGAAUAUAGUGCAGUUGAAGAUCAAUCCUGAGUCCAAAUUUCGUACUCGCUCAGUCAUUCCUUUCCUUGUCUUCUUUUAAAAGCGAUGUGAUGUGAUCAUGAUGUUGGUCAUCAUACGUACUUUGUGUCUGAUUGAUUCGCUUUUACAAAACAGGAAAUAUCAUAGAAUCCGCACAGUAAACAAUUGUUUGUGACUUUAUCUAGCAACUUAUUCAUCCCAAGCCUCGGUGAUUUUAACCAUUUAGCGUAUUCAGAUCAAUACUUGAGAAUUCUAACUUAUGGUCUGAUAUUAUCAAAUAUAGCUUCGUUUUUUCUGCAAAUGUAACAGAAGUCAAACGUUUGUUCUACCCUGGUAAAUGAGUGAUCUCUGGCAGUUCAUUCUCGAUCGAUAUCGGCUCUUAAGGACGUCUAGUCACGUAACUGCUAAUUUUACCCGAAAUCACUGUAUGUCUGACAAAAAUCUCUUUCGAUACCAAAUAUAUAGCCAUCAUUUACAUUGAUAUAUAAUUUUCAAAAGGAAUAUGUUACAUUAAGGGCUGACAAUGUUCAAAUGUUCCUCAGAUACUUCACCAUACUGGCCGAUCGCAGCUUACUUUAGAGACGUUUCAUUCAUCUUCCCCUUUCUCAGCAGAUGUGUAGAUAUAUAUAAGCAUCAUUGAUGAUAGCUCAGAAAGAAAGUUUAAACCACGACCAGAAUCCCUCUACUGUUAUUAGGAUUUAUUUUUUGUUUGUAAAUUUUUCAGGACUCUUUCCUCGGACGGGAACUGCGUCAGAUAUUGUUGGUAAGUAGAUUGACUCCGCAGUUUCAAUCCUGUCCUAAGUCCCUCAGUCAGCUUUUCACCAUCUUUGUCAAAUUUUUCGUUUUAUAUUAUGCUCAACAGUGCGAUUAAGUGGCGGUUAUAAUCGAUCUUCGUAUGGCCGUGUUGAAGUGCAAUUUAAUGGGACCUGGGGUACGUGGUGUAGUGCUCCGUGGAACCUCAAUAAUGCUCAUGUCACUUGCCGUCAACUGGGGUUUGAUGGAGCUGUUGCCCUGCGACCCGAGCCUCACUGGAUUUAUGAUGGAGUCGAGUGGAGAAAUGAUUUACGGUGUUUUGGGAACGAAACUUCCCUAACUGAUUGUCCGCAAACUGGAUUCACUUCAGUCAGAUUUUGCGCUUUUGGCUACCGGGCCGAAGUCAUGUGUAAUUUACAAGGUAAAACUAAGCAUCCGAUUGUGCACUUAUUACCCGAGAAUGACUAAUUUCAGAAUUUUAACAUUUUUAAACAUUUUUUUAAAACGUCGUUAUAAUAUAAGCAGCAUAUAGAAAAAAAUUUCAAAUAUUUUCCAUGAGCUAGAGAGGGAUAUACUGGUUCAACGUUGGUUGGGGUAUAACAAGAUAAUUUGAUUUUAACAACUGACUCGAUGAUGUAAAUUUGCUACCGUAAAGAGAUACUAUGCUGACGUUUUUUGCGUUUGCCCUUCGUCUGAGGCAAUAGAGAAAUUAUGAGUUGUGUGUGCUUUAUACGCCAAAAAUGGAGCAACGUCCGAGCGUUCGUUCAUACUGUUAGAAUAAAGAGUGCAAAUAUAGGGAAAGGCUGCAGACUGCCAUAUGCUGCUUAGAAUGAUUUGGAAAGUGUUUAGCGACUGGUUUGGAUUCGUCCUUAUCAUUCUUCUCACGUCACGAGGUUGUUCCCGGAAUCGAGAACCAUUCACCAAAUGAAUGAAUUCAAUGAAAGGGAAAAUGUAAGCAAUAAUAAGAUAGUAUUCAAGAGUUAAGCUUCACCUUUUUAUACGCGAAAUAUUACUUGCACAAUCAGAAAUUACUGCAUGGUGACUAAUCACGAAAGGGAUUAUAGGUAAUUUUAACUUUAAAGAUGACUUCAAAAUCUUCUUUAUGGUUUAGCGAUGUUAAAAGGAUGUUAAAAGGAGUUCAAUGUAGGAGGAGUUACAAAGAAAAGAACAAAGAGUGUCACAAACAACCUUGUAUUGUUAUUUUAAUCCUACAUUGCCGUUAAUUAUAUUUGAUAAAAGCAUUUUAAGGCAAAUGGUGUAAAUUUUUUCUUUUGUUUGUAUGUUGCUUAUGCUGCGUAUUAUCAUGAAGUGAAAAUAAGAGUAAGCAGUGCCUAUUGUAGUACUGUUGAGUACCGCAAAAAGUGUAAUCUUUUAAGUAACGUAGUAACAUUGUUAGUAACGUGACGCAAUCGGUAACUAACGUCUGGUAAUAAGUGGUAUUGUACGUAAGGCAACAUAAGUGGUAGCAUUGCUUUACGUUUUUCAACGUAAAUUUUAUCAGCAUUGUAUAUAAAAAAGAGAAAUUCCCGCACGACGGGCAAUCGAAAACUUUCGAUAUAUUUCAAAAUUCAACAUGGAGCAAGAGACUUCAGCCCGAUGUUCCAAAGGAUAGGUAAACAGUUGUGUUUGUGAAAUUUAUUCCCCAGGGUAUGGAAGAGUUGUCUGUGAGUCUAUACUCUUGUAGCCUAAACUCAUUCAUUAGACAACUGAUGUUUGGUUCCCAAGGAAAUUUAGAACCAAACCAUCUGGAAAAUGUGAAAAUGAAAAUACAUUUUUGUACAAUCGUCUCAAAAAAGAUGCUUCUUUGUUAAUUUAACAAACAUAAUUGACAGAUUUUAAACCUCACCAGCGACAUUUAUGGACUUCUUUUUUCCUCUGCAGUCCGCCUAGUAGGUGGGGCAUCUAACAAGCAAGGUCUGGUACAAGUUUAUUACAACAACAAUUGGCACUGGGUUUGUGGUGAGCAGUGGGACAAACACGAUUCUAAUGUGACUUGUCAGUGGCUGGGAUACUCAGGCUCCUCUGAAGCUUACACGGACACAGCACGUGACGGUGCUAAUGGUACCACGUGGAUGACCAAUGUAAAUUGCACUGGAGAUGAACGCUCUCUUUUUUCAUGCGUUCAUGAUGGAUGGUUAGGCGGGAGCUGUGCAAGCAAUCAAAUGGCGGGAGUGCGAUGCACCGGACCUGAGGGUAACACCAAUUUGUUCUUGUAAAGUUUGUAAUAUUCUUAGCUCUUAAGUUUAAUUGAUAUUAAACUUAAGAUUGAUACUUAAGAUUGAUUGACUUAACUUGAUACCUGUACUUCUCAGAUUACUGACAAUAUUGCUAUUACUAAUAUGUUUCUAUCAACUCUACCACUAUUACUACUAUUGCACUACAUUUACUGCGUUUACACUGCUGCUAUUGAUCCUGAACCAUUCCGUUGUGAAGCCAACUCAGCUGUAAAACUUAAGCGUAUCCUUAACGAUGUCACCAUGGUAAGUUUUAUUGACCUUCAUGAAACUCCCAGUUCGUGUUUUAUCCUUUCCGAAAUUUCCGAGUAACUGCCGCUUCCUUGACGUUAAUUUAUCUCAUCAUUAGACUGUUGGUCCCUCUCGCCUGAUGGGGUUAGACCAAUUUCCCAUAUCUUUGCUUAGUUUUAAUCAAUUGGUUCAAUGACAUUUAAUUCUCUCUCUUUUAAAGUUCGCUUAGUAGGUGGUGAACAUACAUUAUAUCAAGGCCAAGUAGAAGUUUUGUUUAAUGGCGUCUGGGCAGGAAUAUGUCAUGAUUACAAUUGGGAUUUUCCGGAAGCCAAUGUAGCUUGUCGUCAACUGGGGUAUCAUGGAGCUGUGCAACCCACCUACCAUGGACGGUCUGCAAUAGGAAUAGAUGAUGUAAGAUUAACCAAUGUUCAUUGCCUUGGAAACGAGACCUCAAUACUAAACUGCACACACGACUUGUUUGGCGUGGGCCGCAAUUGCUGGAGUGGAGAAGUUGGUGUGAGGUGUUCUCCAUCAGGUAAGGACAUCAGAAAUUUCAAAGGGCUUUUUGUUUAUGUUCCUGAGAAAGGGUUUUUUUUUUUUAAACGGAAACAGGCUAUUUCUAGUUUUAGUUCAACAACCGUCAAGUUUUUGUUUGUUUCUUUUAUUAUUUAGGCUUUGCCUUCGAAUAGCAUUGUUCUGGUUUGAACAUCUAAAUAGACCAGUCGCUUGCUCGGCAAAGUAAAUGUAAUAAAUAAACAUCAGCCACUGGCGAACUCCACUGCUGGAUCUAACAUUUCCCUGUUAUGUCGCUGAUUGUAAUUGUUCCUUUAAAUCUACUAACCUGGAUCAUACACAACUUUAACUGAAUUUAUUUGUUUUUCAAAUAGAGGUAAGAACAACGCCUGUGAGAAUGUGGCUAAUAAGCAAAUAGAUCUAUAUGAGAUGCCAUGAACUUCUAUGUUUUUUUUUUUUUUUUGGUUAUGUAAGUCAGAAAUCUGUCCUAAGUUAUGCCUAUGUUGUCGAAGUGAUAAUUUGAUUUAGUUAAUUACCUUACUGCUUUGCUAAUGGCGUUAAAUAUUCCCUUCAGUUCGUUUAGUUCGAGGACUGUCAGCCAGAGAAGGCCUUGUUCAAGUUUAUCGUAAUAACACUUGGGGCUGGAUCUGCGCUAAGAACUGGAAACCUGAGAAAGAAGCGAAUGUGGUUUGUAAAGAGUUGGGUUACACAGGCGCAUCCUCAGUAAAUACUUUUUCUCCAAAUGAGCAGGUAAAUGGUUCGUUGUGGAUGAACAAUUUUCAGUGUGCUGGAAACGAGAGCUCGCUUUCCAUGUGUGUUCACGAUGGAUAUACCAAUAACAGCUGUUCCACUGGCGGAAACGUUGGCAUUGUUUGCACCGGUCCAGGAGGUAUACACACAGAACAUCAAUAAAAGUUUUAAGUUAUUUCUAAGUGGUUCGUUACAAACAACAAAUAAAUUACAAAUUAUGUUUGGUGCGAGCAUGACAGGGAUAAAAAACCUGAUCGUUGAUUUCAUGAUAAUAUUACAAAGUGACAAAUGUAUUAACUGAUUUCGAACUUUGCCAUGGUAUCAUAUCUGUUAUUUCAUAAAUUCAUCUGGCCCGAAUUUUAAUUACUUGGAAUUAUAACGCUGCGAAAAUGAAUUCCUAAAGUUUCAACAUCCAAAAAAGGAACAAAGUUAUCCUUUAUAAAAACCUUGACAAAUUAAGACCCAUCAAUGAGCCCUUUAAUCAUGAAGCAUGGGAAAUAAAAACGCUGCUUGCACUUAUGAGAGUUAAUACGAGAACAUCAAGGAAGUUACAACAUGAAUUAAAUCUGACUUUAUCUCAACAGCAAGAAUCAGUGCAAAUGACUCGCAUAGCUUACACUCCCGCGUGGAAAUUCUGUUUGGAGGAUUCUGGGGACCAAUUUGUGGUGAUCAUUGGGAUCAGCAGGAUGCAAAUGUAGUUUGUCGUCAGCUAGGUCACGAUGAAGCGUUAGCAGCUCCUGUUUUCCAUGGUAUUUCGGGGAUCGCAGAGGUAUGUCUGAGAUAUUUGCAAUGUACCGGAAACGAGACUUCAGUUUUGAGCUGCUCGCACCAAGGAUGGAAAUGGGUCUUCCAUGACAUAUAUGGUGAAACAGAACCUCCUACAGUUGGCAAUGUCAUUUGUACCCCUACUGGUAUGUUCACUUGAUUAGUGAUUCAGCAAAUAUGGUCGCUAAAUUUAGUUUUCGUGUAAUUCAGUGCGCGGUAACCUUUCUAAUGUUUAUCGGUUCAGAAUUAUUCAUCGUGCGCGUUCUCUCAUUUAUUAUCGCACACUUGAUAAUAUUUUCCCGUCGCCAUUAGAGGAGUAGUCUGAAAAAUAAAUCAUCGUAACUUAUUUGGAAGUAUGUCUUGGGAAAUGUGUUAAAGUUUUACUGCUAUAAGUAGGCCUUCAACAAAUCAGGCAUGUGAUUUUGUGGCUUUUAUUUCUGAUAUGGACUGAAAAUUAUACACAACCUGACGCUAGCCUGAAAAGUUUUACCAUUGUCUAAGAAACAUGCCUCGCUAUGAUUCCAAUUGGCAGUGGUAAUUUAUCCAUUUGAUAUGUUAUGUCCAGCAAGAGAGCAGCGUGGAAAAUGUUUUGACUAUAGCAAGAGAAAAAAUAAAAACAGCCCACUGACCGUUUUAACUCGUAAAGACAAAUUCGGUAAGUACUAAAACCUUAGUGUGGCUAGAUACAGCUCAGGGUUGAAAAGCACUUCUUCGAUGUUUUCCUUUAAAGGAAUAAUGACUAGCUUUGUCGCCUGCUAACAUGCCGCCAUAGGUCAAUUAAAUACAAAUUCUACACAUUUCAGUGCGAAUAGUUGGAACAACAGCAACGCCAGGUGAAGGUUUAGUACAGGUUUACCACAAUAACAUGUGGAAGUUGGUCUGCGAUGAGCAAUGGGAUACAACAGACGUUGAUGUAGCUUGUCGGCAGUUAGGUUACCAAAGCUCAUCUACAGCUCUGAGCUUUCCAAUUUCUAACCAGAGAAAGGAGCAUUGGACAGCGUGGUUAAAUAAUGUGCAAUGUGUUGGUGAUGAAAGCUCCCUUUUGUCAUGUAAGCAUGGUAGUUUGCUCCAGAAAAGCACUUGUACAACCAAACAAAUGGCUGGUAUGAAAUGUAGCGGGAGUCAAGGUAAAAUAUUAAUUGUUGAUUUCCGUGAUUAUUAGGGUAAGCUUCUGAAGAAACUGUGGUGCUGCGUGGGUGGGAGAGUAUAACAGGGUAAUUAAGUAUUAUCAAGAGCUCUGCUUCGCUCUAACAAAGGGCUAACGCUCGGAACGUCAGCUUUGAAACUCUUUACGGUGGCAAAUUUACGUUAUCAACUCAGUUGAUAAUACUAAAAUUCAUCCGUGAUUAUCGGUUUAGUCAGACAUUUCUGUUGGGAUCAAGGACUUAGUCUAAUGUUAUUACAGUAAUUUCACGGCUGCCGUCCGCCUCAUUUGUCGGCCGCCUUAAAAACUUGACUUGACUUAAAGGAAACCUCCUUACCUUGUUUUUAAUUUGAUUUCAAGUACUAUAUUUCCUAAAUGCUCUGAAUUAUCCAUUUAGGUAUUCACAAAGGAUAAAGAGUUUGUCACGUUUUAACUGCAUGUAUAAAAGAUGGUACGGCUAUGCUUUGGACAAAACGACCCAAAAACAAUCUUUGACUCUCUUGUACUGACAAGAUUAUAGCAGUCAAAAUGAUAUAGAUGAGACAUACUUACAUCUUUUUCGUAACAGUUAGGUUGGUUGAUAUGUGUGAAGACUCUUUACGUUCAGGAGGUGUCGUGGAAGUUUUGUUCGGGGGAGUUUGGGGUACAGUGUGUCGUGACUCGUGGGAUCUCAACGACGCCAAUGUGGUAUGUCAACAACUGGGCUAUGAGGGGGCACAGAGUACUUUUGAUCCCUAUGCAUGUGAAGGGGAUCCACCUGUCACCUGGAUGAGUAAUGUACAGUGCAAAGGCAACGAGACCUCACUGUCACAGUGUAAACACAUGGGUUGGAAUGCCACUAGAUCUUGCCCGCCCUAUUCUCCUGCAAGUGUAAUUUGCAUCCCUCCAGGUAUGUUCAUUGUAUGUCAAAAUUUAAACCGCCAGACCAAGGUUCAUGGAGGUUAGACCAGAUAUGUGAGAUCCCGACUGAAGUAUACUGUUAUUGACCUCGAGUUACCACGUUAAAAAUCCUCUUGCGAACGGUGAAAUAUGAACUUCAACUAAUUGACAAACCUUUCUUGAGAAAGUAAUUGAUUUUAACUUUUUUGUAAUAUUAUUUUCCUUCGUUCUUCGCAGUAUUAUGAUUCAGCCAUUCGUCUGACUUCGUUUUGAUCCAUAUUUUCUUAGGUGCCUUAGGACCACCGGAAUUUGUCUCAAGCGACUUCGUAAAUAUUGACAUAUCAUGGAAAUCUUCAAGGUCCUCAAAGUUUACUGUGCAGAUGUGGAACAAGGACACCAUGACAUGGGCCCCUGCGCACUGUAAGGAAAGUUUAAUCGCUGAUUCCUGCGUGAGGGAAAGCCUGAAAGCCACUGUGGUGAACUUGAAACCAUCCACAACAUACUACUUCAGAAUUUUUGUCAGCAGAUUGUCUAUUAGUACCCCAUCAGGACCAAUGAAAACAAAGAAUCUUGGUUAGUUGAGGAGUUUUUCAUUAGACAAUAACAACCAAGACCCUAAUUAGCAACCACCAGAAUCUAAUUUCUCAAUUUCUUUUAGAAAGUGUGAGUUAGGAUAUGUGUCAUUUAAAGAUAGUGAAGACAUUCAAAGCAACUAACCAUUUGGUUGAGUUGUUAUUUGCUUUCGGUGCAGUUCUUGAAUGUACAGCGAAAAGGCUGCCUGAAAUAGAUCUAGUACGUACGUACAAAUUAAUGAUUUGUUUAUCGCUGAGAAGUAACUGGUCAUUCUACUUUGAGGUUACGAUGAAUUCAAUUAAGUUCACUUUUGAGACAAGUGAAAUGAUCUUCUUCUCAACUAAAGCUCCUUGCUUUGAGCGAGCUUUUACAUUGGAACAGUAUAUGACGUAUAUGUACAUUAUGAUUUAAAGUAAUAGGUGAAAUGGGUACGUUGUUGCGGCUGGAUGGAUUUGCAUUGCUUUAUUUUGGGAGCAAAAAGAACAUCUAAUCAUUUGUUAUUACCAUUCUAAUGUUUUUAGAUCCACCCCAGAAGCCUACCUUCAUGGGAAGUACAACAAAUAGCAUCACUAUUAAAUGGAAGUCGACUUCUUUGCUUAAUGUGACGUACGCAAUUCAGAUUAAACGUCAUGAUGAUUACUCGUGGGCUUGGGCCAAAUGUGACACAGAAAGCCUGGUACCAAACAUCUGUACAGUACGUGGUACUAUGGCACGGGUGACUGAUCUGCAACAUAAUGCUGAGUAUUACUUCAGGGUGUGCACCAUCUCUGAAGAUGUCAAGAGUGAAUUUAGCCGACCAUCAAAGGCAUUAAGAACAACAGGUGAUGUUAGAUACACUGAUUCUAUCAGUUGUUGUGUCUUAAGCUUCGUGUUUUUACAUUCUAGCUAUUCCUAGCUAUCGAUAUUUUUCGACAAACCUUUUUCGCCAGCGUCAAAUUAGACUUGAAGUUUCGUGCAACAAUAUCCAAAGGUGUACUUCUGUUGAAUACGAUCGUCUGAUUGAGGAGCCAAAUAUUUGUUCGAACUAAAUGUCACCAGUUCACUUAGCACUAAAAAAGUUAUGCGAGUCUUACGUCCAGUUAAACAGAGACAACGUUCUGAGAAUAAUAUUUUUUAUGAAUUCGGAGGAGCUAUUUCUUGUCACCCCUGCGCUACGUAUGAAAAUUUUGCCAAUCUCGUACAGUCAAAUACCAAAUUGGACCCUUUCAACGAAUAUUUAAAACGAUUUUUAAUCAAGGAACAGGUCUCAGUGAGAGGCACCGGAAUGUUUUGUCGAGCUUUUUUGGCCGGUUAUAACGGAAAUGAAUCACAAAAAGCAAUGAUUUGGAGCUACGGUCGAACGUCUGUAACCACCGUUUCAUCGAACAUGGGAGGUAACGGAAUCUUCGGUUGUCAAGGUGUACAUACCGUUGAGUUAUCAUCUCCAUGUCGUUAGUAAUUACAUUAUGUAUUGCAGAAGAAUAGUGUAUUCACGGUGAACAUUACAACGCGUGAAUGCCCUUUUCAGUUUAUCUUUCUAGCUGUAUGAUGCAAAGCUAAGCUUUGACCACAAUUAGAAAUAUGAGAGGUUUGACUUACAGAUCAUGAAUAGUGGAAGUGUGAUUUUUCAUUGCCACUAAUUCAGAUCUAAUAUUCCAUAUAAACAGUUGUUUUAUUUCACACUGGUAUGCUGUGAAAAGGAACAGACUGGAGAGAAAGGCACACUUCUCGUCGCGUGCAGUAAAUUGAUAGUUAUUUGCCUGUCAAAAUAAAACAAAUCUUUACUGAAAAAGACUAAGAUAGCAAACAGUUAAGUGUAAAGGGGAACGUGCGACCGCCUUGGCCACCAGGGAUCUGAAAAUCUGACGUGUACAGUUUUUCUCUUUGAAUUUUUUAGGGAGCCCUAUAACUCCAGCUUCGAUUCAGUUUCCAUCCGGUAACUCAUUGUGUAGCUUCGUCGAUCCUGUAGAUAGCAAAAUGGAAAUUUUUUUUUUAAAUGUUUAAAGGUUAUCCCUGCUAGGUGUCUCUGUUUUGUUUUGCAGAUUUACACUAGUGUCGCUGAAGAAUUUUUAAUAAUGCAUCCAUGUUACAUCCAUCCAGCUGACUUGCCGUUUGUGGUGCAAUUUGCACUACUCAUUCAUAACCACUGGAAUGGAAUAGUUAGCUUGUGGUUAGUUAUUUCCUGAGGCAUUAUUCCAUUUCCUAGAUUUAAGACUGUGUUAGCUUUGAAGGUAAACUUAAAACAGGAAAUAGUUUGUUGUAGUACCUCAAAGAUCGAGCACAGGUGACGACAGUCUGACCAUACUUCUCAACAAAUCACCACACACUCUAUUUCUACGCAAACUACCGAAAAACUUGACAAAAUUAACUUUUUUCGAAGCAACGAAUUAAGAAUUGUUGUAUUUUCUCCUUCUUACAACCGUACUUUUGUGGGGACAGUGAUAAUUCAUCCGGCAUGUUGAAGGGAAGCAUUGCAAAAUGAAACAGAUCCUCCCUUUGUCUUUGGUGAACUUGCCUCACAUUUUUUCCUCUGUGCCAUUUGAUUUCUUCUAGGUUUUGUAAGAACGGCCUGAUCAUGUUGAAAUUGCCUUCUAGCUCCCAUCCUCUGGAAAAUAAACUCUUCUUAGUGUCAGCCAAAUACUUG